GCUGAAUUAUCCAGUUAUUCCGAGAGCUCCUGUCAUUCCUCAUGGUAAAAAAGUGAAACUAAACUCUCAGUCUUUUUGAAAGCUUCUCUUUAAGGUGAGUUUGGAGUGGAAAAAAGGAGGUUAAUUGGACUUGAGGACUUGUUGGCGUCUUUCUCCGGCGUUUUGACGCGCUGCGCACCUGAGCUCCUCCGGCGUUAACAUGACUGUGAAUCAGCUGAUCUCCUGAAACCACCACGGUGACUUUAUGAGCCGGUGACAUGCCUGCUGUGGUGAACCUUGGUGCUUUAUUUCACUGUGGAAUAACCACCGGAGUCCAGGUGUCACCGGGGAGAGCUGAUGUGGCCGUUUGGAGGAGCGCACCAGUUUGAUGUCACCAGCUGGGAUUUGACAGAGAGCAGGAGUUUGGGAUGCAAGAGAAACCCUAGAGAGACAGUGCUCGGCUUCUUUUACCUGGAUUCAACCCGGAGUCAUGGCCUCUGAGGUGGUGUGCGGGCUGGUCUUCAGGUUACUGCUGCCGGUGUGUCUUGCAGCUGGUGAGUUUUGGAUUUAAUCUCCACUUUUACGCACCAGAAUUAACCUGAAAUGCAACUUCAGCUCCAAGGUGAAGAGGUGAUUUGUAAACUAAUAGAUUAACUGAUAUUUUUCAAUGAAUGGAUGAACCAAACUCCAUUAGAAAUAUACAUUUAGGCUUUCUUUUUCUACAUUUUUGUCUCUUUUUUGGUACACCAAACACUUAUCCCUGAUCUUAAAGUCUGAGCACACCAAAACAAACCAGAAAUAUUAAAGUAGUUGAUAAUUUGGAUGAUGUUUUGUGUCAUUGACCUCAUCGUUCUCGAGGUCAAAUCUCCAUCCAUCAGCAGUCAGCACACAGUCAUACCAGAGGACCUGCAUUAUCCUCCACCUGGCUGUCACCUUUUACUGGAUGUAGUUCAGGAAACACAGCUGGGACGAGCAGAGAGUGGUCCAAAAAAAAAGCUUUCAGACUCCAUGCACUUUGCACAGUGUUUAUGCUUCUGUUUGCAUAAUCUGGAAGAGUUUGAUGUAAAAAAAUCAAACACAAACUAAGUGCAUCUUUAUGUUUUGAAUGUCUGAAAUGUGAGUACAAUCAAAUCACGAACCGGUUAAUCGGAUUUUUCUGCUCUUCUUUGAAUAAAAACUGAAAGUAUUUCUUCGUCUUCUGGACAAGAACUCAAACUUCAGUGGAAUUAGAGAUGAUUUAACGUUGUCUGGAGUCUAACUUUGAAUAAAUCAUCUGUGUUGUUAUUGAUUAUCCAGCUGUUGACUGAUCAGCGGUGAUUGGCUUAUUACUUUACCCUCUUCCAGCUUCUGUCGCUGUCUUGUGUUGCUUCACAUUCCUCCGAGUCGUAGUCAGCGGUGGAGUUUUCUGCUUUGUUUACAGCACUUGUAACUUUGUUAAGAAAAGCACUCGGCACGCACGACGGUCGGUUUGAUUCACUCCUUUGCUAUGCAGAUUGAGAAGAUGGAACCUGGCAGAUGGGUUUGGACUCCUGGGCGGCUGUUAUCGGCUUUAAUCAAACUGGGAAAGUCUCAUCUUUGACAGCUCGGAUACUUCACUGAUCCUAUAAAAUGCUGAUGUAGUGAUAAAGCUGUUGGUAUAUGAUCACACCUUGGAUGCAGACUCUAUUAAAUGCUGGUUACUUUGUGUUUUAAAUCUGUGGUAGACCACAAGUGCGAAAUGCUUAACUGCUGCAAAGACUUCUGAGGCUGAGGUACUUUUAAAGCUAACAGCAUGCUUUCUAUAGAUAAGACCCACUCAGUACCCCCAUAAUGCAUCACUUGACAGCCCGACGCCCGCUUUAUUUCCAAAAGCAACGGUGAGGCCCAUGCAUUGUCUCCAUUAAUUCGUGGAAAGUCGUUUUAACAGUAUGAAUUAAUAAUGCGGUUGUGAGGGGAGAGAAGAAUUGCCUUCCCCUUUUAUCGUAAACAUACCUUUAAUAUUUUAUGUUUUUUCAAAGUGCAAAUGAGCACUUGUCAUUUACUGUGGCUGUGCGCAGAGUAACGGACAGGAAGGAGGAAAUGUAAAGUGGAAACAAAAGGAGGUGUAUAUAUAAACGGACAGAUGAGAGAGAGAGAGAGAGAGGGUAUUUUUGUCAUGACAAUCACCUGAUGAUGAUCGACGCCUGAUUUUUUGCAUGUUUGAGUCAAAAAUCUCAUCUGAAUUAGAGCUGAAUGGAGUUUAUCUCAGGAGACUAUUUAAGGUUUUAUCUCUCAUCAGUCCGCUGUUUUUUGAGUUUGUAUAGAGUUUGUCAUGAGUGUGUUUUCCUGGCAUCACUUUGUUGAAAAAACAUUAAGGCCUCUCUAUGCAGCACUGCAGAUGUUAUCCGACUCCCAACACCCUAUAGCAAAUGUCCACUAGUGUUCUAUACGUUUCACUUGGUUGCUUUUCUCUUGUCCUAAUGAAAAGACUUGUCUACCAACGUUACAUAGUCUGUGUUUCCUGUUGUCCAUCUGACAGCACCUCUAUUGAAAAGCACAGAAAUUGCCGGGCCUCGUGUGUACACAGCUCCACACACACACUCACACACACACUCACUCCUGCACACCGCUACAGACUGGCUGAUCAAACACACAGCUGUUUAUGUGUUUACUGGAAGAGUUUGGAGUGUGGACACGAUUAUGAGCGAGCGUGCACUUGCAGCGAAUGUCUGAUCAGAUAUCAAAGUUGUGGUGUGGAUGUGCAGACAGAGCAGCAGGAGUCAGGCAGAGAAACGCUGAGGAGGAGGCUUUUGAGAGCAUCUCUACAAUCCUGAUCAGAUUGAGAUUUUCACAGAGUUUGCACACCUUGAGGAGGAUGAAUUUGGCAACAGAGAGGCAGGGAGUAAUUUUAUACAAAUCAUCCUUAAAACCAUGUGGUGCUCUGUUAUGAUAAACAACUUUUAAUACGCUUACAGGCACAAAACUGUGAGAAGAAGAAGAGGUAUCUCAAAUUUUGAUACAGCUUUAGUUAGUGGUCGACUCAUAUCAGUUGUUAAACAGCUGAUACAAAUACUAAUAAGAUACAAACAAAGGACAGAUAUAUAAUGUAGAUAUCAAGUUGUUGUUGAACUUGAACACUGAACCUGCUAUAUUCAUCUUUUCUGGGCUCAGUUAGGUCUCGCCACAAGAGACUUUAGGGUUUCUGUCCAGCUAUCUGAAAUUAUUGGGAUAGAUUGAAGAAUUUAAGUUGGAUAUUUGGAUUAAAAUAAAAUGAGUCAUGAUUAGAUUUGAUAAACUGUCAUUGGUGAUGGGGAAAAGGAGCUUUUAUUCAGAAAGAAUAAUGGUGAUGUUGGCCCUGUGAGGGAAAACGCGGAUAUGAUGCAGAUUUAGUCAAAGUGUCACUAAAUUGUAGGGGUGGGAGAAAAAAAGUGAUACAGCAUAGUGUCGCGAUAUUUUGUCUGGUGAAAUAUCGUAUCGUCUCAUUAACCAAAUAUCGAUUUUUCAAAUUAAUUGCUAAUAUGAAGUCAAAUCUAUGAUAAUGGGAAAAUAAAAUCAACUGAUUGUCCAGUGAGGUUGGCAGAAGAGACAUCAUAGAGCAGCAGAAAGGCAGUACAACAAAUAUAUGUAUGUAUAAGGUUUGAAGGAUGUGCUACAUGAAAAUAAAAUACAGCGUAAAUAAGACAAAGAUAAAGGAAAGACAAAUGCUAAAUUAGCUAAACAGUUGAAAAAAUUGUAUCAAUCACAAUAUAUUGUAUUGCAAUACUCAAAAAAAAUUGCAAAAUGUUAAAAAAUCACAAAAAUCCAACCCCUACUAAAUUGGCCUGAUUAAUCACCUGAAAAGUCAAUUGGUUUAUCCCUCAUUAUAGUGUUAAAGGUUAUGAUAGUUUGACAACUAAAUGUAGGGAUGCUAAGUCAGAAUUUUACCGUAGUUUAACAUACAGAUAACUCAAAGGCCUGACUUUACCUGAUUAAGUCGCACAUAACACAAUGAAAAGUUCGAUAAAACACAAGUUUGAAAAAAAGGAGGGAAAAAUAUUUUAGUCAUAGGAAGCAAAAUUUAUUCUAAACCAUCAUUUUUUAUUGUUUGACGUACCAUGAUAAAUUUAAAAUUGCCAAUAUGUGGUUUACUUGAAGCCAACAGCUUCUGACUGUUACACCAACCAAGAGCACGUCUAUGCUCAUGAGAUUAUCCAACAUUCAUGUUCAGGGGAUAAAUUAAACUACGAGAGGAUUGAAGGUUGAGACGAACGUCAGGUAAAGGAUUUCUGUUUCAGCCGAAACUCGAGCAGAACUUGGCCUUCACCGUGAGCCUAAACAGUAAAAUGAACUCUGUCAGGUUGAACAGAGUUUGUCUGUAGGUAGCAUGUUAGCGGUAUUCACACAUAUCUCUAAAAAACAGUAAAAUUAUGGAAGGACUGGAAAGAAUAUUAGUUUUAGUGUUAAUUCUGGUUCAAUUUCAAAACAAAUUUAUGAUUUAAUUCAGAUUAGAUGAUAAAACCCAGAAUAGUAAGUGUUUUUAGCUUCUUUAUCUAUAGGUUUCUCAUACAUUUCUGCGAUGAUAGUAGCUAAACUGUGCAUGUUUGGGUAUUUAAUGAUAUCUCCACAGUCUUUUCACAACCUUUUUUUAAACUAUUACCAUCAAAACAAUCACCUGUAGAGAAUGAUUGGAUCAGUCUGUAAUAUUAAAGCAGUUAUCUCGUUUAAACAGGUGUAUACUGUCUCACUUUUGUCAGACAUUUGUUUAAAAGAGCAGCACACUUCUGUUCAGAGAUAGUCCGCUCUUCAUGUGGUAUUGGCUUUAUUAUUUUCCUCGGAGGGUUUAAAUUCCUCUGUUAUCUCCCGGUGCUCGGUCUGGCCAGGCACCGCAGCAGCACCUUAUCUCAUUUCAUGACAUUUAUGUUUUUGGGCUCGAACCCUGAAGUCGGUUCGCCUUGAUUUCACAUUUAAUGUUGGCUCGCUCCUCUCCUGUUUAAGGUUGUGUUACAGUAAUAACAGCUUUGUCUGGAGGAGACAAAAGCCUGAUUCAGAUGUGAUCGGGGAGUUUUUCCUGUAAUCUGAUGUAGGAGAAAACAACGGCGGCAGUUUGUUUUCGUUCUCGGUGUAAAAAUCGUCAGAUGGUGAGUCAUAGAGAGAAAGGAAAACGGUCAGGAAGACUGCGGUCAAGUGUCUGCAGGCUAGCGGCUGGAGCAGAGCCACACAGAUACAGAUUAUCUGUGUCUCUUUGCAGCACAGAUAAAAGGGAACUUUUAUAGAUUUCUAUCCGAACAGAUGAUUUAUGGGAGCAGCAGGUUUGAGACUGUGUAGUUUGGUAAAAUCGGCAGGUUUAGAGCUUAUUUAAUGCAACAUUAACUGAGGGAUUAAUAGUUAAAUGCUGUGAGUUUGAGACUGAAGGUAAAAAAAUCUGAAUCUUGACCAAAAUCAUAAUCAACCCUCUGAAAACCUGACCCAAAGUUCUGAUAAAGGAUAUUUCACUAUCUUUAUGUUGACCCUGGACUGUCACACUCAGUAAUGGUUUUCUCAAAGAUGACAGGCCCCCCUAACAUUUAUUUAUCGGUCUUAUUGGUCUGUAUCUGUGUGCAGAGGAACUCACUGUGAACGGCUCCAGCUCGAGAACAGCCUGAGCCAAGUCAAAUGUCAAUGAAUAGGUCCAUUGAGUGUGCAAAGAUAAAUACAAGCACCAUUUUUCAGCAGUUAAGUGUAAUUUUUCUGAAGUUCAAGACCAGCAGCUGAUCUCCGUGACUCAGAUGGUAACUCACACGGCCGGCGGGGUUAUAAACUUUGCGCUUGUUGAUUUAACCGCAUACAGAAAUUCAGGAGGUCAGCGUGUCCACAUUUUUUUGUAUAAGGUUCCUGUGUGCUUCCCCGAACUACCUCCUGACCUAUAAAUGUUCAAAGAGAUGUCAGACAGGAGGGAGAUAUCACGAAAACCUGAAAAACAUGAACUUAGACGUGGUGUGUGAAAUACUGUCAGAUCGGGUCAAAAACGCACGGGUUGGUAAAACUCCAAAUGCGCCUCGGUUGGAAAGUGUGUGUGUCUCAUUUUGGUGCGUUAAUUGAUGUUCACUCAGCAGGUGAUGGGGCCGUUUAACUGGUAAAAGCAGCAGAUGGUCACUCUGACUCUGGGAAAUGAGGCGCGUUUGGGAUCGAUACAUCAAUUAAUGGUUUUUGGAAGUCAUGUUUGCACUUAAGCGUUUUAACUUUCAUCAUGAGCUCAAAAGACUUCCUUCAUGGGCCUGGACCGAGUGUGUUUAUACGUGUUUGUGUGUGUUUGUGUUUGUGUGUGUAUGAGGAGAGCGAGCGGGAAAGGGUGAGUGUGUUGAGUUACAUAAUUCAGUGUGAUGCUCAGUGACACAUCCUUAAUACUGAAAAAAGAGAAAAGUAGGGCUGUUGUUUUAAUUACUGUUUAGUCUAAGUGUUAUUUAGAAGUUAAUUUGUUUAUUAUGUGGGCUAAAAAUGACACAAAUAAGUCAGAAAUAACACUGCGUGGUUUAAAACUUCUUAGAAAUUAAGGAUUAAUGAGUAUCUAUCAGGAGUAAAGGGUUAAUUCUUUCAUUUAAGAGGCUGAGACUAGAAAAAGUCUUCUUUAACUUUUUGUUAUUUAUGAAAAUAGCCCAUUAGUUGUUGGAUUCAUCUUUACAGAUCUCAUAAUAAGUUUUUAAACACAUAGUUGCUCUAAAAAUGACCAAAAUAACAUUAUCAGUCUGUGUUUGAUGGUUUAUCCUUAUAGCUGUAACAUCCAAGUGUACAAACUGGAUAAUAUUAAAGGCACUUUAAGGAGAUUUUAUGUUCUGUUGAUUCUGGUGAUGAAAUCGAAGUGUUUUUCCAGGAUGAAGACUGCAUUUGUUUUGCUUUUGUUGUUGAAAUGGAUGAACUGAACCCAGAUCGUCUUUUUAACACCACUUUCUUUGUUUAAGAUGGAUAUUACAGGAUAUGGGGCGAUGAGGUCAUGUUUUGAUUUCUAGCUACGUAAAACUAUCAAUGGUAGUGUCACAAGGACCAAACUUUGUAAACUCUCAGGAUAGAUGUCCAGUUUUAGAGGUUUAGGGUUAGGCUCCAGUGUCCCACAAAUUACAAAUGUCUGUGUAACAUGAAUAUACUCACAGUUUCACUAUUUAUUCCUCAAAAAAGCAGUAGAGCGUUUACUUAAAAUCCUGUCUUAAGCUAUUUUUUUUUACCCUUUUACACAGCAAACCCCUGAUUGGAGAGUUCCUCCAUCUAAAGGACGUCUUUCAAUCAAUCCUGGUAUGGUCUCAGCCAUAAAAAUGAAACAUCUUUUCUAAAGAAAAUUUUGAAAUAAAAAUGUUUCCUCUUGUUUGUCAAACUUUAUCAAAGUUCUUAAUAUAGACAGCUCUGGGUGACGGCUGAAUAUUGACUCUUUUUUCAGUUGAAAAUCUGACCUGAACACAGUCAGUAAAAUUCAGAUUAGAUAAAUCACAUUUUCUUGAAAACAGGUAAAAACUCCUUAUACUGUCUUCAAACUUGAAGCUCCUGUGAGGGUUUAUUGAUGUUUAUAAAAGAGACUGAAAUUCUUAUUGAUGACUUUUUUAUGAUAUCAAAAGAAAACAAGACCAUCCUUGACAAGAUCAAUAACUUAUAUUUAGUUAUUUUUAACCCUGAAACUGGUGUGAGUGAGUAGGUAUCAGCUAAACAAUUAAAAAAAACUUUUGGUUUCACCUUUAGCAAAUAAAAUAUUAAUAAUAAAUUAUACAUUUUACUGUCAGCAGGGUGAGAUUUUUUUUGUUAAAAAUCCCGACUUAAAGCUCCUGUGAGGAACUAAGCAAAACGAACCAGUUUUUGCUUAUUUUGACCUUUACAUUUGUAACUUUUACCUUGUUGACUUUCUAUGGUCAAAUGUAUAUUUCUUAUUAUUAAUAUCUUUUAUGGAUUGCAAAAACAGGGCUGUUUCUUUAAGUACUCAGCUGACACCUACCCCCUCACACUGGUUUCAGUCAUUAAAAAUGACAUUCGUUUAUCUUGUUGUCAUAGAAAAGCUUUCAAAUGAAUUUCAGUCCAUUUCUUAGUUUUCAAAAAACUCCUCACAGGAGCUUUAAAGGUCACGUGAGGUUAAUCGUAACAGUUAAACAAACCAUACAUCAAGAUGUAGAAAAUGUACACUGAGGUAGUUUCAGUUAUUUGCAUAUAAUCCCACAGAUUAAGACAUAGAGAACAAUAGAAAACAGCUAGUCUUUGUGUUUGCUAAUAAAGAUGCAUUAAUAAUCAUUGCAGGGUGUUUUAUUCCAGCUAAAAUCUCCUUAUUGAAGCUUUCACAAAUUUAGGGGGUGAUAGAAAUGGAACAAAUAGAGAGGAAAUAUCUCCAAGGGUUAAAAUGACUCAGCAUUAGCUGUAAAAUCUAAUUUUAGUCCUCCAUCACCGACACUAAAACUGAAGACUGAGUUCUUUCAGACACGGGGUCAUGACAUUUCAAACUCCUGUUUCUGUGUGUGUGUGUGUGUAUGCGUGUGUGUGUCUGUAUUUCAUUUAAAGUUUUGGCAACUAAAAGUCAUUUUUCCUGUUUUUCAAACUCAGCGGUACAUCAUGCAUUUUAGGAGCAUCUGGUGCAUGACACCACAGUUUUUGCCUUUUUAGAGUCUGAUCAUAAAAGCGUGCUCCAGUAUCAGUAAUACCCACGAUCCAUGAAAGGCCAUGAGGGUUAUUAUACAAUAAAAUCCUCACAUAUGAUAUUGAGCUGACCGCAGGCUGCUGCUCAGGCACUUCAUCGUCUCUUUUAACACCCUCAGACUGUCGGGUGAUUACUGUACUUCAAAAUAAACGUCAGUCCCUCUUGAUGAGUGGAUGAAGCUCCGGCUCUUGGUGUGAUUCAGGCCAGAUGAACAGAUAAUGAGGCUUGUGAGUGUAAAGUUUGGUGAGAGGAAUGUUCUGGUUUUUUAUUACUCACAGAUUUCCUACACCAGGAACAUUUUUAAUGAGUAUUUCACCACGUGUUUCCCUCAAAUCUGUGUUUGGUUUAUCUCAGUGACUGCUCCUGACUGAGCGGCCUGUUACCACAGCCAGCUGUAGCACUUAAAUUAUUGCUAAACAUUAUGUAAUACACACAGAGCAAUAAAUACACCAUUCUGUAAAAGUUUGUGUCUUUAUUCGUGAUGUUCAAUCUGCUCUUCUCCCUGCAGCUUGCCUGUUCAGGUACAAUGUCCUGUCCUUCGUCUACCUCAUCUACCUCCUGCUCAUCCCGCUCUUCGCCGAGCCCACAAGCACAACAAUGCAGGGUAAGUUAUUUUCAGAAACUCUAUAAAUCCUCAGACUUGCUUUGACUUUCCUGUCCGUCGCCUGGAGAAUCUUGACUGUUUCCCAAAAGCCUUGACGUUGAAUCGUAAUAUUGUUCUCUGUAAUGUAAACCAGCCCUUCUCCAGGGGACUUGAAAUUCCUUGAAAUCAUAAUGGAUUUGGCGCAUACUUCAGUCCAUGAAAGGUAAUAUCGGUUAGUGCGGGCACGAGUCCAUCUGUAAUAAUACGAGCCAGUCAGAUUUGAGAUAGACAGGCGCGAUCCACGAGAGCCAGAUCUGAUGUCCACUUGAUAAGAAUUAACAUUUUGAGACUUUGGUUUGGUGUUUUUGCUCGAAUGAAUCAUGAAAAAGGUCGAACACACGGGCGCUAAAGCUGAGGAAAGAAACCCAAUAUAGAGCGUGAAAAAUCCUUGAGAGAAAGCGGUCUGUUUUUGAUAAUGAAGAACCACUUCAGUGAGUCAAAGCUGCUCCUGAGGCUCUGCUUGUUAUUGAAAUGGGUCUUAUUUUCUAAUACAAGGAUCUGAGCGCAUUUGAAAAGGUUGUUAGUUAAUUGUGUUGAUGUUUAGGGUUGUGGUUUUUGUGUUCGGGUUUAAAAAAACUUAAAAAGAGCGAGCUUUGACAUCCUCUCUCUAUGUAAAUCUCAAGAAACACAAAUCACCGCGAGGUUUACGUCUUCUCCUUACAGGUGAUGAUUGUGGGAUUGCGGUCGCCAGCUUAAGCCGCUCCUUUAUGCUCCCCACUCACCACAAAAAUACUAAACAUAAUGUGGGUUUCUGCUGAAGACCACAUGCAGUGUUUAAUAAUACAUAAAGCCAUAUUGGCGGAGGGAGGGAGCAGCAUCCAGCCGGAGAGCCUGUCUCUGCUCCUCUCCAGCUGAAAUAACAAUCAGGAAGUAAAAGAGGAAGAGGAGAGGCAGAGGAGGGAGCAGAGUGGACCACUUACACCCUCAUCAAUAGUUAAAGAGAGGAGUCUUCUAGUAAAGCUCUGUGGUCAUGGAGCUGAUAACGCGGUUUGACACGUGACGUUUAAAUCUGAUUUUUUUCUAUAAAUGUGAAUCAGUUUAUUAAAAUUUUGCAGAAACAUGAUAGAAAAACAUCUCAGGACACUUUUAAGUGCAGUUCAGGUCAAGAGAAUCCACCUAUGAGCAAGCACCUGGCAGCGUUUGGCGAGGAAAACGUCAAUUUUAAAGGUAGAAACCCUAUGAAGAACCAGACUUAUGGUGAGGAGCCAUCUGAGGUAGAAGAAGGGAGAGAGAAAGAGGGAGGUGGAUGUAGACGGAGACAAACAAACAAUGUUAUAACGGCUGAUAACCUCAGGUUAGGGCUGGGCGAAAUUUACGACAAUAACCGGCAUCAUUUUGCCCACAUCGGUAUAUUCUGUGUCAAAAAAAUAAAUAAAUACCGUGAUACUGAGAUACUGUGACUAUGGACUUACAAGCAUGUCCAUUUCAUCACAGAUGGUUACAGUCUUUUAUAGAGAGGAGAGGACCCAUAGUCCCCAAUAAAACCACUCAUUAGGGCUGGGCGAUAAACCGAAAAUUUACUAAUACAGAAAUUAAGACAAUAACUGACAUCAUUUUUCCCAUAUCGGUAUAUUCGGUGUCAAAAGAAAAAAAUAAAUAAAAGUUGGUUUUGGAUGUGUGUAGGUAGGCUAAGGUCUCAUGUCCCUUUUAAGACGCUGUCCUAUGUCAGAGACGUGACUCCGCCUCAUCCAGUCUGUAACAAAGAGGGAAAGACAGGUGAGGAAAUGGAGGAUGGUUCAAAAGUUGUAGCAGCUGGAGCGGCUGCUGAAGUAGAGGAAGUUAAAGUGGGAGGGGGUGAGGAGCUUGUUGAGUAGUUAUCGUCCAUUUAUUGUUAUUGAGGUGAACUGCUCAAUAUAUCGUGAUAUUGAUUUGAGGCCAUAUUUCCCAGCCCUAUCUUAGGCUCACACAACAGUGAAGUUAAUUUUUGCGGUAUAAGUCAAGCAGGUCCACGGCUGCGAUGAGUCCUUCACAAUCAUCCACAGAAACCUCUGUGGACAUGAAGUAGGUCUGUAGAAGAACUAUCCUGUCCAAGAAGCAACUUCCACAGAAGCAGAAGUGCAAAAAAGUUCGAUCAUCUCCUGUCCACUCCAGAAAACUUUGUUAAAGCUCAUAUUAAAAUGCUUCUUUUCACCAAAGAGGCUCAUUUCACCAGCCUGUUUAAUUUUAUUUAACCUGAAAAUCCUCAUUGAGAUUAAAAAUCUGUGUUCCUGUCUGAAGUUGCAGAGAUGCUGCCAUAAAUCGAGUAAAAUUCAUUUAGGCCUUUAUUGUUUUCAUCCAAAGUACAAUAAAAUCAGAGCACAUACAGUGAUAUAUCAAAGAGUUGCAUUUUGGCUUUGGGUUGUAUAAGACACAGUAAUCCAUUUUCUGAAUGAACAGCUGUUCAUGGCUCUUCUCCUGAGGUUGUUUUAAUUCCUUUACAUACAGAGUAACUCACUGACUCUGCAUUUAGAGACGAGAUUAUCACGUAAUGUUGCUGAUCAUCGCACAGAUGCCUCCUGACCUCCUGUCCUCAAAGAUGUAGAAGAAUAAAAUCCACAAACAACAACGUCUGCAUGAAGAGCCUUAAAAGUUGAGCUUAGAGUUAAAAUUAUGUGAAAACUUUUGGGUUUAUCCAAUAAAAGCCAAGAACAACUGUGCUCAUUAUUAUUAUUUUCAGCGCCGUUAUCUUGUGGGCAUAACUGAAAUACUUUGCACUUUCGAGAUAACAAAGCUCAUAACAAGAUAAUUCAUCACAAAAACAGAGUGAGUGUGUGAAUAAGUCGAUCACACUUGUUUUUGUCUUUUAUUUUAAAUGAUAAUGACGUGCAGACAGCACUAAUAGAUUCCUGAUAUGCUCGGCAGUGUAGACGCUCAAUUGUCUGACUGUUUCAGCUUUAAUCAGCUGCUAAAGUCGUUAAAGCUCGAUCUCUUCAUGCUGGUAUUUAACACUCAAUCUCUGAUAAAUAGUAUAAAGAGUUGUAAAAGGAAACAGCUGAUUGAUUUGUCAUCAUUUAUCUGCUCAAGAUAACACAGCUCCUUUUCUCACGAGCUUAAAAAACUUGUGAUUUCAGAUAGGGCUGGGCGAUAUGGCCUCAAAUCAAUAUCACGAUAUAUUGAGCAGUUCACCUCAAUAACGAUAAAUGGGCGAUAACUACUCCACAAACUGCUCACUCCCUCCCACAUUAACUUCAUCUACUUCGCCCGCUACAAUUUCUGAACCGUCCUCCAUCUCCUCACCUGUCUUUCCCUCUUUGUUACGGACUGAAUAGGGUGAAGUCACGUUUCUGAUGUAGGACAGCAUCUUAAAGGGACAUGAGACCAUAGCCUACCUACACACAUCCAAAACCAACUUUUAUUUAUUUAAUUUUGACACCGAAUAUACUGACAUGGGCAAAAUGAUGUCGGUUAUUGUUGUAAAUUUCGGUAUCUGUAGAUUUUCGGUUUAUCGCCCAGCCCUACUUUCAGUGAAAAAGCAGCGAAAUGAUGGCAGCUCUGCUUUUUAUUGUGUCUGUACAUUUAUGUUCAACCACAAAUGCUUGGGGUACAUUUUUUAUUACCUUGUUUGUGAGCCUCUUGAAAUUGAAUUGCAUCACGGCUCAUUGCAGCCUGUUUCAUAGCCUAUCAAAAACUCCUUACUGUAGCUUUAAGAUGCCAAAACUCAGUGAUCAGAUGUCCAUUUUAACCCACACUGUUUAUGUUUACUACUUUGAUGACAAACUCUCUGAAGCCCUGUCUUAGGUAUCUGUUGAUAAAAGUUUGAGCAGGUUAUUAUGAAGGUAUUAAAUUUCAGAUUGUGAGACGUUCAGAGCUCUACCUUCAAAAACAGCUGAAAAGAAACCUUCUUAAGUCGUCUUCAAAGGCAUUUAGACACAAAUUGAGUUAAAUUCAGUGUUUGUUUUGAUGGUCCGCUUCAUUUUGUCUCCGAAUCAUAAAACACACGUGGCUGUCAAAUCUGUGAGGUUAAUUUAGACCAAAUGUUCAACAUGAAUAAUUCAAUAGCUGUAAUUUUUCUUAAAAAGCCACAGCCCCCUGAGGACGUGUCCGAGCACAGGACUCCCAAUCUUAAUUUGAGACAAACAAUAUCUUAUGUAAGCUGUUUUUGUUUUCGGGUUUACUCUCUAAUGUCUUAAUUGCAGUAUUUGGCUCCUCAGCUCUCGGCGGAGUUUAACUAAAUCCAAACUGCAGCUCUCUGAGGGAUGAGGCAGUUUAAGAGUCUUCACAGUGGGUGCUGUUCGCUCCGCUGAAUGGGAACUGACAUGACCGUGUCCCUGUGGGGAGUGUUUUAGUACUGUUGCAUGAAUUUGUAUAAAUAUUUGAUGUUAUGGGUGAUUUAUCAGGUUUAUGUUUCAGCUCAUGGAGAGUGUCUGAAUCAAACACAUGCAGUUUGGCGUUCUCCAAAAAUCCCUCUUUACCGAGGCCCCGUUUAACUUUUUUGGCAGAACUUUUUAAAGAGAGCAAACUUUUUCAUUUUUUGUGUAUUUCCCCAACUUUGAUUGAAAAUGACGCAAAACUGGAUGAGUUAGUGGGACUGGGCAAAAAUAAAGUUUGUCCGAUCUUGAUGAAACUGGAUGUGGCAUUGGCAAAGGAAGACGCGUUCAAUUUUCAACUGGAUCAGGAUUUACUAAUAAACAAUCUGCGCUAAUCGGUCCCAGGAAUGAGCAAAUAUUGGCUGAUUUAACUGGAGAACAUGCAUGUUUUAAAGGUUUUUUUAGGCUCUUAUUUAGAGGGUAGGACAGAAGGAAACAAGGAGGAGAGAGCGGCUGAUGGUGGACUUGGUCUGCUCGCCGUAAGGAUAACAACCUCCAUACAUGGUGCAUGGUUUAACCACAAAGCCAAAGUGGCGCCGCACGAGCUUUUAUUUUGACUAAAUUCAUCAUUAUAUCAUUACAGUAGAGGCAUUUGAUCUUUCAUAUAGAGGAAUACGACCUUACUGCCAAACUGAUCUUUAUGGUUUUUUAUGUAAUUUAGACCCCUCAUUUAACUGAAUAUAUGCAAAGACAGAAUUUCAGAUGUUGAAACUGCAAAAUGUAUACUCUUUAAAUUUGAUGCCAGCAACAUUUUUCAAAAAUAUAAGAGACAUGUUCAUUAUCCUUUCAUGUGGACUGAGGAGACCAGGUUGAGGAGUUUUUAAAGUGUAAUGGCAUCCCAUUUUUCGCCUGAUAAAGGAUUUCAGCUGCAUAACAGUUCAGGGCUUCCUUCGUUUUAAUGAUGCACCAAAAGUUUUCAGUGGGGGACAGACAGGGGUCACUUCAGCACCCAAAUUCUUCUGCUGUGGUGCCAUGCUGCUGUUACACAUGCAGAAUAUGGUCAUUGUUUUUAUAUUUUUGAUUUGCAUAUUGGAAAUAAAAAUUAAGGGCUCUAUUAUUGUGCCUCGGUGGUGGCGUGGUGCAGGCGCGGCGUAAGUCAGGUCCGCCGCGCUGACAAGGCGUGACCAAGCACAUUUUGGUAUUUUGGUGAGCGGCGCAGCCCGGCGUAAGUGUCCCCCCUUCCUGAGGCAGCUCCUCCCAGCGGCAUAAGUCGCAGAGAGGGAGGAGAGAAGGCGUGGAGUGGGUUUAACACAGUCGAGACCUGUUUUUUGCCAAUCAUACCAGCUCCUCUCCUCACCUUUACAUCUGCCACCGGCGAGGCGUAUUACAAUUUUCCUGCAGCUCCUGGAGUCCAUGAAAAAACCACCCAUCUUUAUUUUGGUGGUCUUGUUUCUUUUUAAAAAGACAUCAUUAUAAAUUUCAGACUAUAUUUCAUAAAUGUCAAAAACUCUUCACAGGAGCUUCAAAUAACUUAAAUUUACACAUUUUCUCUGACAGGGAUUUUUUUUUACAGUUUUGUAGUCAGAUCUAAAUUGUCCGACUGAUUAGGGGAAAGGCAGCAACAAUAAAGUGAACGAUGCCCUAAUGUUAAAAAACACACAAUACUAUUUCAAUGUGAGCGACAGACUCGGAUGGCCGCCCAUCACACAACAAAAAUGCUUCAUCGCAAAUCGGAAAGAGUGAGGAAAGAGCCGGAUCAGCUGGGUCGAACCAGUUUGGAUGCAGAGGCACGCUAACUGUUCUCAAACCCCGUAUUUACAAGCAUUCUUCUCCCUUUUGGUGAAAUCCCGGGGAACUGCAAUGGGAAAUUAGCACAAAUUGUUUUCACCUCGGUAUUUAAUUUGCCUGCUGCGGUCUAUUGUUGCACACAUUCGAUAGAGCCUCGGCUCUGGAUGUCCUGAGGCUCAGCAGUAGUGCUUCACCUCGGCCAGGAUAUUGUGCCAUAUACCACAAUAAAACUGUUACGUGCUCCCCCUGCAAGGAUGCAGUAAAUUUAAUGAGUUGGUGAUGUUGCUCUAUGAGGAAACCAGCAGACCAGAGCGUGCAGGCAAGUGGGACAAUUCAGUCCUUCGGGGCAUUCCUGUCAUCUCCUCCUCAAAGAGCAGGAAUCCUAUCAGGCUUGUUUUUCCCUCAGGACCAGCAUUUUCAAUUUCCCAAUAAGAGGGGGUCCGAGGAAUCCUCCUGUAGAGAACUAUCACCAUAACAACUCCUGAAAUUAUCCCAAAUACCUGUAGGUGCACUAUAAAGUAAGCAUGUGUGGAGCAGCUGUGGCAGCUCCUCUGAGUGUUCCCAUCUCCCCUCUCAAGAUCUGUAAUGUCCGCUGACAGCAGUAAUCUUAUCUAAAUUAAAGAAAGACGCUGAACGGGGCUGGACCUUCACUCUAUGUUGCCUUUAUGGUCUUAGACAGCAAAGUUUUUUUUUUCUUGUGAACAUGAUCAGCCGUCAAAUCCAGAAACCCAAGAAUCAAAUCAGGUAUGAAGGCUUGUUUUUCUCCUACGACGACGAAUUAGAGACUUAGAGGUCCUGCGGUCCACCAGAAUGUUUAUUUGACUUUUCAAAAGAAAUAAACUUGGUUUCAUGGAAGUGUUGCCAGUUCUUAACCAGGAUAUGUAUUGUGAUCCACAGAAAAUCCCCUUUGGGUGCUCUCCCGGUCACCUUUCCCUUUCUUACUAAUUCAUUCAAACCAGCUCCAGACUUUGCUGCUGAAUAUAAAUCGUUGUUCUCCUUUCUCUGUUCCUGAGAGUGCUGAAGAAUUCAUGAAUGCCAGACACUUUUACAUGUUUCACAACUCCACAAGAAGUUAAAAUUUCCCCGUGCAGUUUUCUGAGUCUAGAAAAACAGCCUUUUCUUUGUGUAUCAUGCAGAGCGAUAUGGGGUAACAUGUGGAAAUCCUUUGGCUGAGUGCUUCUGCUGCUGCUGCUGGUGGUUCAGGGCUCACUGUUUCUGCUCUCUCCCUCCAGGACACACAGGGCGUCUGCUGCAGUCCCUCUGCUUCACCAGUAUGUCCUUCGUGCUGCUCCACAUCAUCUAUCAGAUUACACUCACCAGCCUCCUAGCGGGGGACUCCAUCACCUCCGACUUCAACUGUGAGUACACCGACACCCCCCAUGAUCAGGACUUUAAAGAUAUUGAGGUUUUAGAGAUGGAAGUCAGGGCUUAUUGCUUAAAAGUAAAACACAAAUUAGGAUGUAGAUGGACUCAGAAAGUCCCGAUCAGUCCCUAAAACUGAGUACUAAGUUGUGAUGGUUGCAGUGUCUCCAAAAAAAUGUCCCUACAUGUCAAACUGGUUUUGCCAAAGACUUAAUGAAGGAACUGUUAUUGUUGCCUGGAUUAAAUUUUCUGGAAAACAGAGUCAGAUCUGUGGUGAGUGAGUUUGGAGAAACCAGCAGAAAGUAAACAGAUUUAGAAAGCAUGCAACCCGAAAAAUUGCAGCUCUUCCUUUAGGGCCGCACUCCAGAUCCACGCUGGCUUAACACAAGUAUGCAGCACUGCAACAACCACAACUGGAAGAGCGGUACUAGAGAGAGCGCACGGUGCGUUAUACCUUACUCUGCCAGUCCUGUAGCGCUAGCUUGCUAUGCUAUUUCCUGUAUCAGCUUGUGGAAAACUCAAAUGUUUGUUAUAUACAAGUAAAGUUAAUUCAUAUGAUGAUUUUUUCAGACUCAGGAAGGUAUAGAGGUGCUUGACGAGCAGAAUCUUAAAAUCAAUACAGUGUUUGACUGGAGAGAGAAACUGUUAGUCUGUUAAGAGAUGAUUUGGUACCAAUGAGGAGAAGCUCGGGUUUGCCUCUUUUUAAUUUCAGGAAGUUGUAGGAGAACCAUUCUUUGGUUUCUUGGGAAGAAUGAAGUGGGUUUGGUGGACAAGUAGAGCUGGAUGUCAUCUACAUAACAACAAAAACGUUGGAAGUAGAUAGAUGAUGAAUAGAAGAGGCCCCAGGACAGAACCCUGUGGAACACCAGAACCUUUUAAAUCCUAAAAUCUAAAAAAAUGAAAAUAGUAUUUUGUGCAAAAUCAACUGAAAUGACAAAAGAAACUUUCUGAAGGACAAGCAAACGCAAAAAAGGAGUGUUAUAGAAGAAACAUUAGAGAGAAAGUACGAUACAAGCAAAUAAGUGAACGUCUCUGUCUUGUCUCUGUUUUAGGAGUGUUGCUGUUUCAUAUCAAUACUGUAGACACAACGUGCACUGAUAUACUCAUCUGUGGUUAAGUAUUUAUGAUAUAUUUAAAGCAGCAGGUCUCCCUGAUGAUAAUGAAACCUUUGUUUUUUAAAUACUACAGGAUACUUUAACCUUUUACUGCCCAAGUGAAUCCACAGUCGUCUCAUUCGGAAUUGCAAAGUUUUUGUGAAAAUAGUGAAAUAAACAAAACAGUUUUGCCUGACUGAAUAAAACACAAUAAUUAGAAACUACAAUACAAGUGUUUAUUAUGUAUACAGGAACCUGGAGGAUAUAAGGUGAGGUAUGAAACUGUUGAGGAAGUUUAUCGUUUGCUCUGGUCUGGGAUGAAUACAUAGAGGAAGAGUACCAGAAGUUGAGUCAUCAGAGUCCAUUAUGGAGCUGGACAGCAUCUGAAUAAGGAGAGACAAGAGGGAUAUACACGGUAAUAAAACAGAAGGUCAAAGGAGGUAAGAGAGGAGAAAUGGAGGAUUAGAGGGCUGUGCAGGGAAAAGGAUGAGGUGUUGUCUUCACUCUUAAUACUCUUUGUUAGAUCACUCUGUGUUUCUGUGGCCACCAUGGGUCCCACUUUAAAGAGAUGAAAACAUAACCUACUGAGCGCCAAUGACACCCUCAACAUUAGCAUCAGCAGGAACUGGAGUCUGUCACAGUACACUCGUGUUGAUGAUAACUGUGUGUUUUGGUUAAUAAAAUACUGUUAUUGUGCUAAAAAUGAGCAUAUCGUAAUACCGUGUAGGACAGUGGUUUGUAGGAGUUGUAGUGGUUCUUAUGCAGGUUGCCCUCCACAUAAAACUGAGGAAAGAAGCAGCAACAGCAGCUGGCUAGCUAGCUUUAGCAGCCCUCUAGAAAAUGGUCAAAACACAUUUAAAAGUGGUGCUCCAAGAUUUAUUGCAAAUCCAAAAACAUACGAGUUUGUGCCUCUUAAGUUUAUCAUACUUUCUAAUUGUUUUUUAGCUGUUUUCAUUCAGUUUAGAAAGUUGUGACCUGUACUGGAAUAAGAAUAUACUUAAUACAAAAUUAAAGCAUGUUUUCAUAACAGGGAAUAACGCAAUCUAAACGCUUAAGCAGGGUUGCAAAUUCAAAGUAGUUACAAUCAAGUGUCACUUAUUUGAUAGAAAAGGGAGAUUUCUGCAGUGAUAUAUUGAAUAUAACCGAUGGUAUUGCAAAGCUAUAAAACAUACAGAGGUGAGCAUAUCAUUAAAAUUAUCUUAGUGGACAUGCGGUCAUGCAAAGUUAGGAUGAGGUGAUUAAAAGUGGAAUCGCUGCAAGAGGAGAACAGAACAGAAACACAUUUUAGACUCGGUGUACAGUUUUCUGCAUACUUGUUCAUAUUGAUUAAAUAAAAGCAUGUCCGCACGGUCAGAGGCCAGUCAGGAGCGCGACCUGGGCUUAAUCAGUCUGACGACAUAAAAACACACACAGAGGAGACUCCGAUGUUGCUGCUGUACAGAUUUGUAUGAGCUGUGUUAGUCGGAAGACUGUAAAAAUUUCAAAAUAAAAGCAUCACAGUCGUUUUUUGAGAAGUUUUGGUCACAGUGCUGGUCAUUGUAAUAAACAUAGCUUUAAAUAUAGUCAGAAACGGAUGAUGAUAUAUGUAAGUUCCUUCAAUUAGCUGAUUGUGUUGCUUUUUAGUUUUCCAUAAAUAUCCUAAUAAUAUCAUUCUAAUGAACGAAAAUAAACAGUUGACACAAAAGUACUUCGUCAUGGUGGUGUUAGCAGAAAUCAGUGUCCCAACACAUGAAUUUUUUUUUGUAAUAAUUUCUCUCGUUUUUUGCUCGAAGGUUCAACCAUGAGGUUAAAAUCUGUGCUUGUUUGAUGUUACAUGUUCACGGCGGUCCGUGAACGCACACGUGUGUCCCAUCCAUCACACAGGCUGUUUUAUGGCCAAACUCUGACCUGAGCCAUUGAUGUGGAGUUGUAUAUCAACAGAGACGUUGUAGUUUUUUUUUUUUUCUUCACAGCCUCAGGGAAAGUUUCCAGCCAGAAAAACUCAGUGAAGACAUGCUCCAUUUAUAGAGCCGGGUGAAAUGUGCUCUCUAAUAAUUUCUAGAAAUAUCCCCACUCUUAUUGCACUUUUGUCACAUUAUGAAGAGUUAUGAAUCGCACACAUUGCUUUAUGUAAUUAGCUUCCUCAUGCGGUAUAGAGCUGCUGAAAAAAGCAGAUCUUGCAGGCUGUAAAACAAACACUGUAAGCUCCUGAGUAAGAGCUGGGAGGUGUUAACAGUUUGCCUUGGGUUUCUCAUGAAACUGUAUCAAACUGUAAAAUUUAAAUGCGUCUAGACCGUACAGACCCUGACCUUGUCUUCGUGUGACUUGUUCUUUAGUUAUUCAGUAGCUUUUCCAGCGCCGAUGUACAGCCAACUCUGCUCAGGAGGCAGAACGGACCUUAUCGCCCCGGGCAGAAACACAGAGAGCCGUUCAGAGAGGGAACACUAAAUAUUCACUGAGGGAAAUCUUUAUUACUCAAGAGCUGCAGAUUUUGGCAGAUUAAACCCUGAUCUGAUCACACAUAACUGCGUACCAAUUUACCUUCUGUAUUUAUCUAUUUAUUUAUCGGCCUGCAAAGUAGUUACUUGCAUCAUUACAGGAUGUCUUUUACUUUUAAAAGCUUUCACUUCUGAUGGAGCAUUAAGGCCAAAUUAAAGAAAAAGAUAUCAUGCAAGUAGAGCUUUAAUUUUCAAGGACGGAGCUGUUAUUACAGGAGAGAAAAAGCUGUAACUUCUGAAGGGAGCUGUCAUGAGCAUAUGGCCAAAUUAUAUUGAGGUAUGAAAUGACCUGAUAGGUGGAGAAGGUCCCACACAAAUCUGGAUUCUGCAAAGAUGGUGCAAAAAAAACGAAGGGCCUGAUUCUCAAGAGGAUCGGAGAGUUUUUGCUUCCACCUAACCUCUAAAAAUGAACCAUAAUGACAACUUCACCAAGUAUACACAAAGAGUUAAAUGUCUGUAAACAUUUAUUACAACUUUAUUCUUGAAAUCUCCACAUGUUCCCAGGUGGCUCUGAAACACUCUGCUUCAAACUUAGUCGCAAACAUACUGUUAAUCCGUGUUUUAUUUCUAGUAGAUUCAAAAAUGAGCCUGAUUUGUUCUCAUCUGAAAUAAUUCAUUUACUGUUUGGUGAUUUUGUAAAGAUAUUCAUGGUUCCUAGAUGAUAGAUCUCAGAUAGUUUAAUGGACAUCUGCUGGUCCAAUGAAAGUACCACGGUCAUGCCAAAGUUUGCCUCAAUUUCUGCUAGGGCUGGGCCAUAAACCAAAAAUGUAACAACACUGAAAUUUACGUCAAUAACCAACGUCAUUUUGCCCUUAUCAGUAUAUUCAGUGUCAAAACAAUAAAUAAAUAAAUAUAAGUUGGUUUUGGAAGUGUGUGUGUAGAUAGGCUAUGGUCUCAUGUCCCUUUAGGACACUGUCCUACAUCAGAGACGUGACUCCACCCCAUCGAGUCCGUAACAAAGAGGGAAAGACAGGUGAGGAGAUGGAGGACGGUUCAAAAGUUGUAGCUGCUAAAGUAGACAAAGUUAAUGUGGGAGGGGGUGAGCAGCUUGUGGAGUAGUUAUCGUCCAUUUAUUGUUAUUGAGAUGAACUGUUCAAUAUAUUGUGAUAUUGAUUUGAGGACAUAUCGCCCAGCCCUAUUGCGAUUACAUGUAGUAUUGAUUGUUAUUCACCCAGGCUGCAGCGUAAUCAUUCUUACUAUUAAAGAUACUUGGCAAACAUCACUAAUACUCAGCUAUACUUUGUUUGGUGAUAGAAUAUGUGGAACAUUUUAAUCUCAUGAACAUGAGCGUUUUUUGUCUUUGUGGAGAUUUUGAACAGUCUGAGACUUGUCCACAUGGCGUUGCAGACCCGUUGAGUAUAGAUUCUCUCAAAGCCAAAGAAUUCAGGGUCGAGUUUCAGACAGUUUAUCAUAAAAGUUCAUUGGCACUUGAACGAAUACCAUCCUGAGUCAUUAUCUGCAACAUUUAACUAUAAAGUCUUUGUAGGCAGUCUGGGCUGCUUGGGAAUUAUUUUAUAAAGAACAGCCGGUGGACCGGAGCUGUUAUUUCACAAUUAAUGAGGCACAGGGUGUAGAGACAGGACUUCACAUCCUCAUGGUAGAUAAAAAGAACUUCUAAUGGAGCAACAGAGACACUGAAAGACUGUGGCUGAAAAGUUGAAGUAAGUCUCACAUGUGAAGGUUACUUGUAUCUAAGUGCCUCUGUAUCAAGAAAAAUCUGUUUUGUCCUUGCCUUUAUUUGUACUCUUUAGUUAUUUAGCUUCACAAUCUUGUGGAAAUGGAAGCAAAAAAGUCUCUGUAUUAGUUAAAACCUACAGAGUGAUUUUAAUUGGUUCCUGUGGUGAUGCAACAACAGGAGUGAUUUGCACAAGCAUGCAAACAAACCCACUUCCUUUCCUGGAGCACUCGCCAUGUUUGGUGUUUUUCAACCUCUGCACCUCCCUUUAAACAGCAUUCAUGCAGCAGACCAAUGAAAUGUCUCAUUAGCAGUGGUUCUCAACUGGUGGGUCCCGACCCGAAUGUGGGUUGCAGACACGUUCUGGAUGGGUUGCGCACAGCUGGUCAAAAAAGUAAAUAUUUAAUGCACAUCUGAUGUUUGACAUGUCUUUUAUUUUGGAAAAUAGCAUAUUUUGAAAGGCACGCAUUAUGUCGUGGUCCUCUUCGGCGUCUUAUUAAUGUGGCCUGAAUGCAGUAAAAAUACAAUUUUUUUUAUGGUCUUUAUUUUGUGCAAUUUUAUAUUUAUUGACCUUUGUUCAUGCUGUUGCAUGGUCCUCCUCAGGUUCUUCUGAAUAUGCUCUGAAUGCAGAGAUUCAAAUAAGUCAAAUUUUUCAUUUUCAUGUGCUCUGAAAUGCACUUUACUUGAUAAAAUAGGUGUAUUUUGAGUCUUAUAAAGUUUUUUUUAUAAGAAAUAAAUUAGAUGGUUUGAAUUUUAUAAAAGUGGGUCACGACUUAAGGACCAUGGGAAAAUGUGGGUCCCAGAGUCAGACCAGUUGAGAACCACUGUCAUUAUCAUGGAAACCCCGCCCACUAAGAUCAGUGCAUAGAUAAACUGAGAGGCUGCAGAUCCUUUAUAAAGGCUAAAUUGUGAAUUCAGAACAAUAAUAUCUGCACAAUGAUAUCUUGAACAUCUGCCUCUGCCUCACUGCUAUGAUUAACGCUCAUAUUGUUUGAAUUUUCACUUCCUGAAGUCAUUCACCCUGGUCCUAUUUUUGUUUUUGGGUGAUUUGAAAUAGGAAACUAUCCAUCACUUUUUGUCCCCACCUCCCACAAUCCGAGAAAAAGCCUUAUCUCAAAUGUUUCUCUCUGGUAUUUACCCUCUUGACACCCUUUUCCUUGAAGCUGCCAAGAAUAAACAGGGAGUCCUGCGUCCCGGGCAGGCAGUUAUCCUCCCUCCAGAUAACUUCAUGUAAUUUCCUCUGCUCGCAGUCGCCAAACACACCAUUAGGGCAGCGAGAUGAGUUUGAGUGCGAAAGAGACAACCCUUUCAGAAAAAAAGCCGACACCUCCAGCUGCGAGAGCAGGUCAGCGGCUGGUCACCAGAUGAUUCAGGGUCGGCCUCAUCUGUCAUUCUUCUGUGCUGACUCAACAAGCCGGGAACUGGGUUAACAAACAAACGUGGGCGUUUGUAUUAACCAUCAAAGAGCACCAGAUGGGUGGAGCUUACUCUGUUUCAGAUAAUAUUAGUCAGGUAGUGAUAGAGAAAACACACUUACUUUACGAUUAUUUUCCUGUCAUUGUCUGCCCUGGCAACCCCCUCCCAUCUGGCAACCAUGUAGGAUAAAACAAGCAGUAAAUAAUAUGCAGUAAUGUUUAUUCAAUCAGCUCAUGUAUCUGCUUCCUCAAAGACGGUCUUCUUUAGGACCAAUAGACGGCAUUGUUGACCUUUAUUGCUCUGUCUAUCCACACUCACCCUGCCUACCAUUCUUUGAAUAUGAGUCUUUUACUGAAAUCUCCUUCCUUUUACCGAUAGCCUGAUUAUCAUAAUGACGUGCUGAACUCUUAAUGCUCCGUAUCGCGACUCUCUGCGGAAAAAGGGAAACUGGUAUUAGGCCCCAGAGAUAGAGGAGAGAGUGCAAAGAAAAGCUGCAGUGAGAAGUUAACGGCCCUGCAAGUACAAAGGGAGUUUUAUGACGUUCACAUAAAGAGUGAGGACAGGUAUUUUUGGUGCUCAGCUGGGGUUGAAAGCAGCCUCGCCUCACCUCAACGCACAUAUACACUCUCGCUCUCUUUUCUAGAAAUCUCCAUGCUGAGUAAAGGUUUUAUUACACAACAUUCCCCUCCUCAUCAUAAGGAUCAGAUCAGACUGGCCUGAUUCAACCUCUGGCAUUCCUUGUGUAUGAUUUCACACACACACACACAUUGAGGAUGGGUUUCCUCUCACAUCUGUGCGCUCAGCUCGGGCCAGGUAAAGUUGAGUUUGUUUGAUUUGGGGCAUGACUGAAGCUGACUUUAUGUUGCCUGUGGUCUCUGGACUUACAUAACAACAUUGAGUCUAAAGGUGAGAAAAUGUAAACGAAGGCUGUCUCCGUUAAAGCUCCAGUGAGAGACUUUCUGUCCCUGGUUGUUGAUCGUGAUGUUUUGCCUUUAAUGCUGCUCUGAUUGUGGGUGGAUGCGUAAGGGUGGAGAGAUGUCUUCUUAGUGUUUUAGCAGAUGAGUGGAGGUGGUCAGUGGGUGCAGUGUCUGGUGUCAGAGGUUGUGUCAGGGGGUUGACCAUGCAGGCUCCUCCCAUCACAGAUGACUGGACGUUAAAAAAACGGACCAUCUGUUAGGGUUGAAGUUCCCUCUGCAGCUAAAGCUGUUUCUGAUGAUGAGUCGGUGCUGAAGGUCCAGUAUUGUUUCAUUUAAAACAGAGUCGGACUCUGAGAGCCCAAAACUGUGACUCAGUCCUCAUGAAACUUUUUACAGUGAAGACCUGAAAGAAAAAAAAAACUGUUAGAAUGAUCAGACUUCAUCAGAGUCCUCUAAAGUUUGAGCUGGACAAUCAUUCUUUACUUUUACUAGCUUUUUAUUCCUCCUUUCUUUCUUUCUUUCUUUCUUUCUUUCUUUCUUUCUUUCUUUCUUUCUUUCUUUCUUUCUUUCUUGCUUUCUUUCUUUCUUUCUUUCUUUCUUUCUGACCAUUUUUUCAUCCUUCUCUACUGACCAUUUUUUCAUCCUUCUCUACUUACUGUCUUUUUCCUCCGUCGCUGUCUUUUUUGUUUUCUUAUUAUUUUGUUCUUUUUCAAUUUCUUGCUCUUUUCUUUAUGGAACCUAUGCUUUUUUUAUCUGUUUGUUUAGCUCUUCAAUUUUCUGUCUUUUUCUCUUUUUAUUUCAGAUUUUUUUCUUUCUUUUGUUUUUUCUUUUUUUUCCCUUGUUUUUUCUGGCUUUCAUUAUUUUAUCCUUUCAUUCUUUCUUUCUUUCCUUCUUUCUUUUUCUUUCUCUCUUUUUUCACUCUUUCUUUUUCUUUGUUUCUUUCUUGUUUUUUCUUUCUUUUCUUUCUGUUUCUUUCUUUCUUUCUUGUUUUUCUUUCUUUCUUCUUUUUUUCUUUCUUUCUUUCCUUUUUUCCCUCUUUGUUUCUUUCUUUCUUUCUUUCUUUUCUCUCUCUUUUUUAUUCUUCUUUCUUUCUUUCUUUCUUUUUCUUUCUUUCUCACUUUCUUUCUUUCUUUCUUUCUUUCUCUCUUUCUUUCUCUCUCUCUCUUUCUUUCCUUCUUUUUCUUUCUUCCUCCUUCUGAUUCUUUCCCGCUUUUUUAUCCAUCCUGUCUUUCUUCUCAUCCGUCUGUUCAUUUCUUACGUUUAUCUGUUUCUUUCUUCUUAAAUCAUUCGGGGGUUCAGCUCUCUCCUGAUGGAGGAGCAGACUUUGUUCGUACGGGAUCAUAAAGUUUCGGUGUUGUUGCUCUUUCUCGCUCGAGUCAAACGCCGUCACUGAAGUGUGUUUAAGUGUCUUCACUCUCUCCUCUCUGCGCUCCAUAAAACUCAAACUUCAACACCUCAGCAGCAGCUCAGCUCCCAAUUACCCGCCUGAUACACUGACAAAACAGCCAGAUACAUCAGUGUCACUCGCUGAUGUUUCGUCUUCCUCUGGCAGAAAAACAAAGGCCAGCUCUUCUCGGUGUGCCGAUUGAAUACCUGGAAAUCUCUUUCUGAGCAGUGGAGUGACGUUCAGGAACCCUUCAAGGAGUCUGAGUUUAGGAAACAAAGCCUCGGUGAAAUGUUUUACUGCAACGUUUUUACACCUGAGUGACGGGGAAAGAGCGAUUGAUUGUUUAAAAUCAACACAAAGUAAAAAAACAGCCGAAAUGACACUCAUUCUGACGUUUAUAAAUGACUUGAGUCUGUUAAAAGGAUUUGAUUCUGCCUUUCUCUGGGACAAAAAAAGCUCUUUUUCAGUGAUGAUUCAAAGUGCUGCGAAGGAGUGAUUUGAUGUUUCUCUUUCUUCUCUUCUCUUUGACUGAUUUUUGUGCUUUUGUGCAGGUUCCUCUUGGGAGAAAUCCAUCAGACAAAUUGGCUUUGAGAGGUAAGAUAAUGACGCAUUCAACACUUUUGAAUAAACGCACCUCACAAAUAGUACCGCUCAUAUUUUAAGCAACAGCUUGGAUUCAAAUCUGUUAAAUUUUCUGUUAUGAACGCAUAAAAAAGUUGAUUUCUGGGAAGAGUCGACCCGAGGGGAUUUUAGAGAAAGAUAUAAAAAAAAAGCACCAAGUAGAAGGUUUGCAACAUGACAAUAUUGACACCAUGCAAAGAAAAAUGUGCAAAAGUUGUUUUUUGAAUAUAAAAUCAACACUUGAAAUGCAGGUUUUAAAAGAUCCAGCCUUCAGAGAUCAGUCAUGCGACUCCUCUGUGUUGUUGUUUGUGCAAAGUGUCCUAAAUAUAGCAACCCCACAAUACAAUUAACCACCACUUUUUGCAUUUAGCCACGCUGGCUCGUCCUCUGACAAGCUUUCUGAACCUGUCCCCGUGUGGAUUCUCGAUGAACAAUAAACCCUGUUAAGCCUGACGAUCAGCUGACAGGGCGAUAUUUCAGAGCUUCUGCUGCCGUGUUUUCUCCUCACACCCUCCGUGAUCAUGUUAGAUGUGGUUUCCUAAGUACGGGAAUGUCCAAACUCAGCCACAUCCUUUUUCCAGUACUCAACCGCCCCCUCGGUGGAUAGUAUACUGUAAGUGGCGGAAGUAGAGCCGUAAACAUUUUAUCCCGCCUGCAUUUACCUGUUUGUGUCGAGGGUCAUAUACAGAAUAUACAGUCUUUACAGCUGUGUUUUCUGCUUUCUUCUCUUGAGUGGAGGAAAAAGCUGCAUUUUAGUCGGACGCAUAAUCAACCCAGAGAAAUCACAGCUGUGUUAGGACUUCUCACACGGGCGGAUCCUUCAGGUUUGACCUUUACGAAUCCUCCAAACACACCAAAUAUUUAAACACUUCAGAGCAGGUUUUGCCGUCUCUUAACUUAUGGUCAUGCAGCUGAAGGCAGGACAGGUCCACGCACCGCUGAUGAUUUUCUAAUUCUCUCGCAUGAUAAACAAGGGGAAAGAAGCGUCCAUUAAAGUUGCUGGCUCGACCUCGUCUGGCUCUGUCCGUUUCCAUCUCUUUCAUCUGUGCGAGGAUGCACAAAGCCUCACAACAAUAAAGCGCACAUGGAAAAAAGACGUCCUCCACGAGUCGCCAACGGGAGCCCAAGGCCCUGCUAUUUAUCUGAGUGUGCGUUUUCCAUCAUGUUUGUUAGCACCCUGUUUUCAACUUGUUAACUUUUAUAAGCUUUGCAUCCAUUCAAGGCCAGAGCGGGAUUAAAAUGACCGGUGGCUUUAUAGCUCCUUCCAAACAAUUGGCCAUCUUUUUCACUGCAGAAUCACCGCUUCAUUCUGUUUAUUGUAAACAGUUUAACUACAGUCGGAGCCCAGCAUGAAAUGUAAAGAAAACACUCUGCCGUCCAAACACAGGAUGCAGAGUGAUUGUCAUAAAACCGAAAUAGAAAUUGCUUCGGACGAUUAAAGUGAGUUUUAAAGGUUUUGAAACCUGUUAGCCAUUUUAAGGACAAUUUUUAUUUGCUUUAAUUGUACAGUGCAAUCAUGACACCUCGUAAAGCCUGUCCUAAGGCAGCGCCAACACAUCUCAGCGGUUCGUUCGAAGCCCGAUGUUACUGCUGCUGUCAUGGCAACAGCCGGCUGCCACUGUUCAGCUUCCUGUUUGAGCAACCCUUGUGGUGUUUAGUUUGAGGUGGGCAGACUAAUCACAUAAGAAAGUUACAGAAGCUUUGUCUGCUUACAGUGAACAACAGGACUUUAAAAAUCUGUCAAAUUAAAGAGAUUCAAAGGGAAACACUCGCUCAGUAAAAUCAGAUUCAUUUGUAGGUUUUUAUUUUUUUAAUACUUUAUUCAUUUUCAAAACAUAAAGGUACAAAACAAGAUGACAACAUAAAAAGCCAAACAGUUACCUUUUUCUUUCCACACCCUCCUCAAAACCAGGUUGGAGGAAAAUAAAAAUAAAAUAAUAAAAAUAAAAAAUAAAUGAAAAAAGGUGAAAGCUGUGCUCUACAACAACAGUUUCUAUGGCCAUCCGCGACUGUGAUAAAAUUAUCCUUUUUAUAAAGAAAUUGCAAAAUAUUCGAACACAAUCAGGACAUUAAGGUGUCAUGAGGGUCUUCUCUGUGCAAUAUGAUCAUUUGUAGGUUUUUGUAAUCCACACACAGGCUUUGUAGUCAUAUUUAAUCUUUCAAAAGGCGUUGUUCAUUACAAAAGAAACACACAACCCUGCUACGAUAAAGUUGGUACACUAGGGUUGAGAUAAAACCAGACUUGGAAAUCAUACUCGAUAUUACAAUAGAAAUGGAGCAAAUAAAACAUCUAAAAUGUCAAAUCUGAACCAACAACAAGUUUAAAAAAAUUUAGUACAAGUUGUGAACUGCUAAAAUGCACCUAAAGGAACGUCCAUCAGCUAAUAAUGCUAAUAUGCAACAGGUUAGUAACUCAGUGGGUAUAAAAGGGGCAUCGCUGAAAGGCUGAGUCCCUAAAAAGUAAAGUUAGGAAGACAUUCACCACUCUGUGAGAAAAGAAGUAGGAGUGUCCUGAUCCAAUAUUGGUAUCAGAUAUCAGAUAUCAGUCCGAUAUCAACAAAAAAUCAAAUAUCGGAUUAUAUCGGCCUGCAUCUAAAUCUCCGAUAUCAGCACUCCAAUACAAGCAGUCCAUUCGAGACUCCACUCCUAUUGUUUUCGACAACAAUAAUUCUCCUCGAUGGCAAACAGCUGCUGGAUUUCACCCUCUACUCCAUCGUUAAAAGAUUUUAGUGAAUCUGUAGAAAUCUCUAGAAAAAAAAGACGAGUUCUAAAACUAAAACUGGAUUGAUGUGAUUUUUGACUCUCAGGGGAUGUCGUAUUAAAAACAGACAUGAUUCUGGAGUGGAAAUUGAAAAAAACUCUCCAAAAAACGUCACUUUCAGGGAGUCCAGGAGCUGAACUGGUCUGACUACAGUCCCAGUUUGACAUCCAGUGAAAGGAUUUGGUGCAUCAUGAAUAAAUGAAGGCGACUCUGACUCCAAACUCCAGAAACUGGUCUCUUCUGUCCCAAACAUUAAAAGUUUGCUUUUAAAGGAAGAACUAAAUGAGUGAAUGUAUUUUUGAUAGAAUAAAACUUUUAGGUUUUAAAACAUGGUAAGUUAUAUUUGCAUUAUUUCCAGUUUAAUACAGAGUUUUAAUCAUUUGCAGACAAUCAACUUCUGCUUUACACAUCGUUCCAACUCUUAAAGAACUAAAGUUGUGUAAAGUCUGACAAAUUUCAAUCAUUUUCCCCUUAUUUCCUUUUAUUUAUGAUGAUAAACAAGUUCAGGGUGUACCUCGUUUUAUUGUGAACAAAGGCUUUAAUUUUCAGGGGAGUAAACAUGUUUUUUCCUAAUUUGGUUUAAAAAGAUCCCACACAGCCUCGUGGCCAUGUUUGUUUGACUGGAAUUUCACUCGCAUUGAAAUCCAGCGGGCCAGAUUUCAUUAAAAUGGGUGGUACUCCAUAUAAAAGCUGAAGCAAUCAACACAGCGCACAUUAAAAUAACAGCUGAGUGGUGGAAAAAUGCUGAUUCCCAUGCAUCCAUGUGAGCAGGUAUUGUUUUUCCUGAGAGAUAAAUCACUGCAGGAGUAUCUGCUCUUAUGAGUCCAGGAAUAUAACGCUCACUGACAGCUCACACAAGCCUCUAUAGUUUAUUAUUUUAGGAUUACUGGAUCAUUUUAGACGUAUUAGGACCGAGGCAGAUAGUGAGUGAUAUGUGACAAAUCUCCCGGGCCAGAUUCACCCACACAACAGCGCAGUUACUUCUGGGCCUCGUCCAAGUAAACUCCACAAGCAACCACAAGUCCCUGGAUUUCUUAGAAAAGCUGUUUCAUAUUAAAAGUGAUCAUCCAUGGACAGUUCAGAUUGUUGUACUCCGUCCCAUUUUCCAUCACUGCCUUUUGAUCCUAGUUUGCAAGAUUGCUCCAAAUCCCAAUUUUGGGACGCCUUGGAUCUGAUCCGACUUACAGGAACCGAGCCUCUGCUCUGAGUCAACGCGUAUGCUUUGUUUUUGUGUUUGUCCUCAGCGUGAUUGGUGCAGAUGCAGGCAACGGCAUCCGAGUGUUCAUCCCUGACAUCGGCAUGUUCGUGGUGGGAUUGGCCAUCUGGCUGCUGUGUCGUAGUCUGGUCCAGAAGAGGCCGCCUGAGGACAUGGCCCAGUACAACGCUGACUUUGACGCAGAGGAACAAGUGGGUUUCAUUUAUGGUGGCAUGUAAAUGUCUAUUUACUUCUCUAUAUAAACUUAAAUACAUUGAUCCUAUUUGUCGUUUGGUUUUGAAUGCUCAUAUGCAAACCCCUGCUUUUAAACAGUAUAGAAAUAAAAUUAUGGAUCUAGUGUAAACAUCUAUACAUCUGUAUCAUCCAAGCUAACAUUCCUCUAUUUAUCAUUCACUCAUUAAUAUUUCCAAUCAUUAAAAAAUGUGCAGAAUAGGGAGCAUCACUCUGAAUGAUUUUGCUGUGGAUGAGGUAAGGUUAUGUUUUAUCCCUGCAACAAUUUCAAAUGUUGUAAACCAGAUAAAAGUUGCACAUUAUUACAGAUUUAAAAUGCAGGAAAUUAAAAAUGUACCUAAUUGACUUGAUUGAAAAGACGACCCAGGCUGUGACGCAACCCAAGCUUUUGGAAAAUGCUUUUUGAAGACCAAAUCUUAAAAAAAUCACAUAUCAAACAAAGAAAUAGUAAGUCAGUGUAUCAGAUAUUUUUUAUGAGAUUUAUUUUGGAGGCUUUUUAGCUUUUAUUUGACAGGACAGGACAGUUUAUAGACAUGGAAGAGAGACAGAGUGGGGAAUAACAUGCAGGAAAGCAGACACAGGCUGGUAUCAAACCCCUGCAUAUAUGCGGUUAGGGUUAAUGUAAGGAUGCCUAGCAGGUUCACACUAAUUAAAGAGUGGAAGGUCCACACUAAUAAUCAGUUUCACAAGCUUUACUGGUUUCAGAUGUGGGUUACAGCUUCAGGUUUAUAUAGCCGUCCACGUUUCCAAACAUUCUGCUCACAUCUUGUUGACAGUAUAGAGAGUCCAUAUAGAGUUAUAACAAAGCACAACAUAUUUUCGGAGCCUGAGUGAUGGUGGACAGGUGCAGAAGGUCCUCGUUUAGGAUGGUUUUCAGAGGCCCGUGGCUUCAGGAACCAAGCAACAAAAUAUCUGAGGUAUUUGAGUUACACAGCUCCUCCACCCUUACGGCUGACUUGACUGGCUAAAUAAAAUUAUCCCAACAGUUAGUCACGCUAGACUAGGUGGAAAAAGUGUUUCCAGUAACUUAAACUAAAGUUGUAAGAUGAAAAAAAAGUUCAUGUGAUGGCAACCCUGGCUUCUAAAUGGAGCCCUACAAGUCAGCUGAUUGAAAAUACAGCCUCUGAUUGGACAGCAGGUAAAAACAAGAUGUCAGCCUCUAGCUAGCAACAGAAAUAACACCAUACCAUUAAACUUUAUACAUAAAUCAUCACUAGUUACCUUUGUAUUUGAGAAAUUGGAUCUAGAAAUUACUCUGAUCUUCUCACUGUGAUAGAAACACCUCUGGAUGUUGCAGAAGAAAACAAAGUUUAUGGACAGAAAGGCAGUGAUUAGAUCUUUUUAUUGAAAGUGGAUCACAGUCCGAUUAACACUUUUGUUUUAAAACAUAUUGUCAGGUGCCCUUGACACAGAUAAAUAUUAUCUUCCUCCUGUUUUUGCUCUCCAUACAAACUGCUUUUCAUUCAUUAACCUGCUGAUUCAUGAUUUAGACUAAACAUGCACUGACAGCAGACACCAGAUCACCUUAAAUACCAAAAACAGCCUCUAGAUUCAUAUGCAGAGACUCAUCUGUGUGUUGAUUAUGAUGGAAAACCUUCCCCACACUCCUGAUAACCACACUGUAAACACACACAAACAAACUGUUUCAUAUUUCUGGACGAGCAAAGGAAAACGGGAACAUGAGCUCGCCGUUAUUUACAGACCACAGUCAUGUUGACUGGCAGGUAUGCAAACAAGUCAUAACCGCUCAGAUUUCACUCUUAAUUUGCUUCAGCGUCCCCUCUCUCCGUGCAGUUUUUUUUUUUUUUUUUUGACUUCGUAAAGUGGAGGUAGCAAAGUUUGUGUAACUUGUUCCCUGUGCGUGUUGAUGACUUGGACCACAGCCUUCAUCUGCUGGCAAAUUGUACUCACUCUUUAUGACUCAGUGUUAAUUAAAUCCACAUUUACUUUCACGUCUACUGUGCGGCUCACACUGGCUCAGACGGACCUGCUUCCCAUUAUGGGGAAGAAACACCGGGAAUCCAUGUGAAGAGACCUGCCUUUUCUCCCUGCCAGCUGAAACUGGUGUUUUGUUCAGGCAGGAGUUUUACCACCUGCUUCUUCUCUUUGUACAGUCCUUUUUUUGUGCGCAGUGAAUGGCUUAUUAGUCAUUAUGUCUCUGUUUUAUAGCCUGGAGGAAAAAAGGGACACAUAGUUUAGGAGAAGGAGCAGCCAAGAAGGAGCUGGCUGGAUUUCAUCUUACACAAAAAGUGAAAAACAUCUGCCAGGAGUGAAAAAGGAAAGCAUGUAUGUUUGAAUAAGCUGUAGUGUAAGGUGAACAUGCUCUAACACACCCUCACUGUGCGAGUGCUACCUGUACGUCCGAGUUUUCAGCACCAUGGAGAGCUCAGACCUUCAGCCCUCACUGUCAUUCACUCAUGACUGAAGUUUCAUUUAUGUCACCGUCCAGGAGGAAGAGGAGAAGCUGAGCCUGGACGACAACAUCCUGCUCGAGGAGGACUACGAGGCGGGGUACGAGGCGGAGGAGGAUGAAGAGGAUGAGGAGCUGGAGGAGGAGGAAGAGGAGGAGGAAGAAGAGGAGGAGGAGCCGGCGAAGGAGAGCACCAAGAUGAAGAUCCUGCGGCAUGUGGCGCAGGUCGCAUCGAAAGUGAAGGAGGUGAUUGGGAACUUGAUCACGACUGCCAGGCUGGUGGUGGUCACCAUCCUGUUGGGCAUGACAGGUGAGUAUAAAGGUUGAAGUGAAUUAAAUAAGUCUUAUAAUAAGUCAUAGGUCACUUAUUUAAUAAUAAAUAAGUCUUAAUGGAUAAGUCUUGUUUGAGUCUGAUAGUUUCCUUUCAUCCUGCACAGAAAAUCAAACUCUUGUCUCCCGUACUCUUCUGUUCCCAGGCAUCAUGCUGCCCUCGCUGACCUCCGCUGUCUACUUCUUCAUCUUCCUGUUCCUGUGCACCUGGUGGUCCCUCUGUCGGACCUUCGACACUCUCCUCUUCAGCUGCAUGUGCGUGCUGAUGGCCAUCUUUAGUGCCGGACACCUGAUUGUCCUCUACCUCUACCAGUUCCAGUUCUUCCAGGAGUCCAUUUCUCCAGACGACAGCUACAUCAGGUCAGAGGAGAAACCCUGUGUGGCCUCUUAUAUGUUUUUUCAGUGUGUCUAAAUAGGGCCGGGCGAUAAACCAAAAAUUUACCGAUACAGAAAUUUAUGACAAUAACCGAGGUCAUUUUGUCCAUGUCAACGUAUUCUGUGUCAAAAAAUAAAAAGAUAACAGUUUAGACGCAAAUAACUCACAACUUCAUAACAUCCAGUAAAGGCAGAAUAAACCUUGCUUUUCAUGUUUUUAUUUUUUUAUUUUUUUAUAAUUUUUAUAUAAAUCUACCGUGUUUCAAAGAGUCUUUGUAGAUUUAGAUAUAGGCUCCUCAAAAACAGAGCUUCAUUAACCGACUGUGAUGUGUAAAGAAGUUUUCUUUGUUAAAGUAUUUAAAAAGUUUGGGCGCAAAUAAUUCACAGCUUAAAAACAACCAAUAAAGGCCGUAUAAAUCUAGCUACUUCAUGGUUUUUAAUUAAAUUUUGUAUAAAUCCACCGUCUUUCAAAGAGUCUUUAUAGAUUUUCUCAACCUUUCUCAACGGUUCAGAAGUUGUAGCCCCUGAAGUAGACAAAGUUAAUGUGGGAGGGGGUGAGCAGUUUGUGGAGUAGUUAUUGUCCAUUUAUCAUUAUCAAGGUGAACUGCUCAAUAUAUCGUGAUAUUGAUUUGAGGCCAUAUCGCCCAGCCCUAUGUCCAACCCACAUUGAGCUCUAGUUUGGACAUAGAAGAAUCAGAUUUUUCCACGUUGUCAGCAUUAAAAAAUGAGGAUAAACUUCCACAGUUCAGGAAAAAAGUCUCAUCAACACAAAGUGAAAGUUUGAUUUGUGAUAAACAUGAAUAGAAAAAAGCCCAUACUUUGUAGUGUCUGGCGCCUUAAUAACAUGAAAAUCAUGAUGUGAUCAUGAUGAUGAUGAUAGCACGCCGCACUCAGAGCUCUUCUGUGUUUUUUUAUUACGCCCAUGGCAAGUUUGUUUAAAGGAUAAUAAAUAUUUACUAUUGUUACAAACAAGAGGGGAAAGGUAAACGCAGCUGGAGGGGGAUACUGUAUAUCCACAUCUACUCACAGCACAUCAAUAUCAGCAGCAGCAGAGCUUUUAGGCUCUUCACUACGACAGUGUUGUUUUAUUAUGCAUGAGAAAGGAGACAAUCAGCUGUCUGUGGCUGCAGCGGUGAAACCUUGUGGUUGGAGUAAAGCCACACUGUUGCGCAUCUUGCCAACAUACGUUAGUCACAGCUGAGAUGAAUACAGACUCGGCUCGCUAAACUCAGCGUCUGACAGACAGAGGAGGAGCUUUAUAUGUACAGUAAAAAUAACGGAUUUUAACCUUUAUUCUAACUUGGAAGACAUUAUGGUGGGUUACAAAAGUGGAGAAAAAGUCUUCAAAGUUUUAUCACAUUGUAAAUUGUGGACUGUGUAGGGAAAAAGCCAAACCUGAGCUCUGCAUUUUCUGAUUUAUCUGCAUUAAAGACGAAAAAUUAAAACUGUGUUGAUUUGGGAGGCAAAUAAAUGCAAUCAAGUAUAGUUAAAUAAUAAAUUGAUCUUACCUUAUGGCAGCUAUUAAAAUAUGAUGAUAUCAUGAUUUUAUGGAAAACUUAAAAUUAAAAAAGCACAAUUAGUAGUAUGGAGGAACACAUUACUUCAUAAACUUUAUUAAUAAAUACAAAGAACUUGGUCAUGAUUUAUUUAGAUAUUUUUCUGUCUUCAGUUUUAGUGACUUCAUUUCGUAAUCGUAAUUUACAGAAUUGAUAAAAAAAAACAGUUAAAAAAAAAAACGGGAAGUAUAAAUAAUCAGCUGAUUAGUAACCUGAAGAGGUACGAACUCUUAUGUUUCAAUUAAUCUUGAGUAUCAGUUUGAAAAGUGCCUGGUCUCUCUAAAAUCUCGCCGUCAGUCUGCUACUACUUUGCCUGUCCUUUGUUGACACAUCACGACCAACAGGAAGGAAUUAUAAACUCACGAUAUUACUGUUUGCUCAUUUAAGCACAUUAUCAAUAUUUAAUCUCCUUUAAACAAGAUUAUUGUUGAUACCGGUUUAUAUCAGCAGCCCAAUUUGAGAUCUUUUAAUUACUUUUAACUCAUCAGCUGAUCUGCCUCUACAGUUUCAUUUUAAAGUGCGGUGGUGUCACUAUUUUCAAUCACUGCAAGAAGCAGGAAGAUGCUGCAGCAGCCUAACUACGGUGCGCCAGAAAGGACAUAGGAGCACACACACAAAAAACUCUAACGUGCAUUUGGACAAAGAAAUAAAAUAAAACUGUUCGGAAAGGAAAAGAGUCUCAGUAAUAAUUGACUCUGUGUUUUUGUUCAGUUGUUUAAUUAAGCCGCAGCGUCUUAUCUGCAUCUCUAAAUCAUGCCGCCUUUUAAACUUCAUCCGCAGCACUUUAGCUGUUGUCUCACUGUAGCUUUUGUCUCAGUGCCCUUGGUUUCGGAGGGUUUUUAUUGAUCUCACCAUUUCUCGUUUGAAAGCUGUGCUGCUGCGUGUCAGGAGCGAGGCUAUUUACAGCUAUGUUUAGCUGAAACUGCCUUGGACAAACCUUGUGUCCUCUUCAUCGCCCUCCCGCUUCAGAUGGUUGAUAAGAUGUGAUUACAGUGCGGUGCAUUGAUGGGUUUCUAGUUAGAAAACUCGUUAAAAUGAAAAGAACCCUUUCACACCAUCAGCACACUCAGUAACGGUCUAUUAAAACUGUGCAUGCUUAGUAUACUUUACUGUAAAGAGUUCCCCUUUAAGGAGCUCUGCAGCACCGAGUGUGUCCAACUUUUGGGUGGAGACGACUGAGACAUCCUGAGAUAAAUAUGGGAGCUGACAAACUGGAGAGAGAAGAGAAAUCUGAAACUCUAGGAAUUGGAUACUUCUGCUUCUUUUUGCAGUUUUUGUCCAAGAAAAACACUUUUUUUUUUUUUUGGAAGCAUCAACAGAAUCAAAACAACAUGUAAACUCCUCACAGAGCCUUUAAAAUAAGACAGACUGUGUCGCACUCUGAUCCUGUAUAGGGCAGGCUAAUAUGGGAAAAAGUUCAUCAUGAUAUAUUUUUUUUCCAUAUAAGUCAAAAUAAUAAAAAAAAAACCCUUGGUAAUAUAAAAUUUUCCCCAUUACUUUUAAUAAAAUUUAACAUGUACUCGACAUAAUUUGCAGUGCACAUUACUCUGCUUUAUGUCCGACCUCAAAUAACCAAAAUACCUCCACACCACCGGCGUUUUCGUGCCAGCGCUGUCAAUGUUGUCGUCAACUGUUGAGCCUUCAUCUGCAUUUCUCCCGGAGGUAGCACUCAUUUUCUUUUUCUCUCACCAACAAUGCUGUCAGCGUCACGUGUUCAAGUUCUAUGGUUGCGUGUAGCUACAGCCUGCGACUACGCAGAUUCUAAUUCAGCACAUGAUUGGUUCAGCAUGGCGAAGACCCGAAGCAACUCCUCUUUUAAUUGGCUAUUCGUAUAAUAGCCAGUAUUUUCCUGCCAAGUAUUGUUUGCUGUGUCAUAUUGUGCUCGAGACUAUAUGACGCAGCAAACAAUUGUUUUUGGAAAACUGUACGGAUCAAUUGCGAGUGAAGAUAAAAAACUUAUGCUGAAAAUGGCAAAUAGAGCUCGGGUUCUGUCUCUGCUUGCUUUCGUCAUCUCCAUCUUACCACCGGUGAGUGACCAUCGGAUGGUCACUACAUUUUGCAAUACUCUAUGGGAAAUUUUGAGUCCCCUAUACGUGGCAUUGGAGUUGAUCACUCAGGUUUCAGACACCCCUCAAAAUGGCGCUAACCUCCAUAUAGUCGCCUAUAUAGCGUUAAGGGAUCCAUUUAUGACACAGCGUAUAUUUUAUAUAAAUAUUGAGGGACAUGAAUUUUGAUAUAUAUCAUUAUCGUUUUAUCGCCCAGCCCCAAUCGUAUAUAUAAAUAGAAACUUUAAUCUCCUCUUCAUCUUAAACUUCUGACAUCAUUUGCACUGAAGUAAUGCAGUCAAGUCGUGCUAAACAGCUGGUUACUGGAUUGUCUUCCUCUCCUGCUGCUCCUUUUUCUUCCCCCCUACCUUCUAGAGCAGGUGGCAACAAAUGUAAAGACCUGCUGUGAUACUGACCCCCUACCAUGAGCCAAUUUGCUUUACAGAAGGCCAAUAAAAUGGAUUAAUCUAAGAGUGUGCCAUCUUGGCUCUGCUUCUCUGUGUACACUCACCACCAUCGUCCCAUCCACAACUCUGUUUGCUUCGAAAACUGGAAAGUUGUCUUUUCAUGCCUCUAAAUAUCUCUAAAUGAGACCAAAACAGGAAACCAAACUGCUAAUAACCCUCCACCACACUGAGGCCAUGUGUUUUGACGGGGGUCCAAGUGGACCGUAGAGUCUUUAAGUAAUGUGGUCCUUGUUUUGAGAAGUUUCCCCCAGGUUUUUUGAUAGCUCUUAACCUGAACAGGAGAGCUAUUUCAUCAUCUCCCAUCUCUGCGUGUCUUCAUGUUGACUUUCCACGGCUCUGAGGUAUUUCUGUUUGCUGCUGCGUGAAAACUGAGGCCCAAAGUCACGGUUUGAGCGGCGCGCUGUCCUCUGAUCUUGCCGGUUUUCUCUCUGCACACUCUCAGGGAAACUCUUACAGACGUAAAUAAGUCCAGCCCCCCCCUCCAACAAUAGGCCACCUCAGUGCCUGCCCUAAUUGUGCUUGUUGACAGUGACUUUGGCCUUGCUGUCAGCCGAGCGUCGAGUGAGACUGUUGAGAGGCCUGGCUUCCACACCACUUCCUGCCUCCCUUCCUUACAAUGGAAGUCCCCAGUCAUGUGAUCAGCUUCGUGUGGCCUUCCCCAGCUGAGGCGAGAAGCUGUUCAGGAAGCGUGGUGAGGUCAGAGGGGGGAGUUCGCUCCUCCGCAGUGCAAAGAAAGAAAAAAGACUCAGGAGACAUCUAAAUCCAUGUGGUUGUCACUGGAAGACGUCAGCACGCUUCCUGUUGAAUAGAUGACCUUUAUUCUGCUCGGGGGAAGAGGAGUGAGUCACAUGGCGUCCUUUGUGGUGCAUUGUCCAGAUUUCAAGGUUUGAGAGGGGAGGGAAUUUUUGCAGGAAUGCUUUAAAGAGUCGUCACUAAAACCGGACACUACAUUUAAAUUCUGAAGCAGUUUUUUUGUGAGGGCAAGCCUGGAACUAUAAAAACUAUUUAAAACAUGGCCUAGUGGCCUAGAGACAUAGUGGUGUCUCCCACUGGUUUCUAAAGAAGUCCAAAGAUGAUGGUCUCCAUAUUGGAAAUGCUAACUCAAGCUGACUCUCUGCUAAGCUACCUGGCAAGAGUUGAGGCUUUUUUGUAGGGUGACCAUACGUCCUCAUUUACCCGGACAUGUCCUCUUUUUGGGGGACUGUCCAGCCUUGUCCAGGGGAGUUUAUAAAAUCCAUCAAAUGUCCGGGGUUUUGUAUGAAAGUUUUGAGUUUGUGUCACGUGAACUAACUGAGUUAGAAGCGUGUAAAAAACACUCAAUUUGACCCGCAAAACUCAAAAUUUACAACUCAGGACUCCGGGACUCUGCCCCUCCAUAGUCGUGUCCUCUUUUUGGGGAUUCAGAAUACAAUACUUUGGCUUUUUGGGACCAGCCAUAAGAGGAAUUGGAGUCUUGUUGGGUUUUUUUGGCUUUUUGGGACCAGCCAUAAAUUGCCCCUUGGUAUUUUUCACUUUUUUGACUUCUUUCACCCAAAGGAAAGUCGAAAAAGUACUUAAUUUGAGGAAACAGCUCAUGCAGUUAGGGGUAAAGUUCCUCUGUUUUCUGGCAGAGAGUCAUAACCUCAAACUAAGAGUGGCUGACUCUCAUCCUGACGACUUCAUGUGUGUCUUCAAACCACUGCAGUUUACCGUAAAGACUGUGGUUUGAUCGAGAUAGCAGAACCACAUCGUCUACAUAGAGUAGCAACUCUCAGUUCUAAUUGAGCUAUAUUAGUGAUUAUUUCUUCCAAUCUGUUGAUCUGGUGAGGUUUGAAAAGAAUAGUAAAUUGACAUGAACCCUUUAUGACUUUUCUAUCACAUCUUUCAACCUCAGCGUAGACCUGAAUAUCAAACCUUUUCCCUUCACUCCUCAUCAUCCCGUCCCCACAUGAGUUUUUCUUGUGAGCCCUCUGGAUUGAAUAAAAUAGUUGACCCAUCAGAAUCAACAUGACUUUGCAAGUUCCUGCCGUUUUUAGUGAGGUUUCCAUUACCUCAUUCACUUUGGCUUUACUUCUGGAAUCAAUGAAGAGAUUUAUAAGCGAGACCUCCAAAGACUCCCGCGCUGAAAUGAAUGUGAUACAGUGAAUUAAACUCGACACUUAUCUCAAUGAGAACAACUUAAGCUCUGAUUAAUGAUAUCAGACCAGUUCACAUAAGAUUUAAGCAUCUGUAUUCAUGAGUUUUUUAAAGUUUGAUAUGUCUAAUGGUGGUUAAAUGAGAAUCUAUGAGUUCAGCUCCUGUAGAGUAAAAACAGAAGUAAGACAUCAGAAAUUAAAGAGAAGGAUUGUUUAAGAUGCAAAGGCAUUUCAUACCAAGGCAACUCAAUGUGCUUUACAUAAAAACAUAACAUUUUUUUUAAAAGAACAGCAUAAAAACAAACAAACAAAAAAACACACAGUUAAAAGCAGGUGAAAGAGAUAGUUUAAAAUUAUCAAAAAGACCUCAGCCAUAAGCACAUGAAAAGAGAAAUGUAAAGAAUAAAGAAGGUAAUGAUAGUAAAGAUAGUAAUGUCAUUUACUUACGAGAUAAAUCUAUCAAGAUACAAAAGGAGAUGGUAGCUCACAUUUGAAUAUGAUACUUUGAGAUAAGAAUUUACACAUUUAGAUUAAGCGCUUUUACAUCACAUGUCACAUUCACCCAUUCACAACAAUAUUAUCUAGUAACAAAUAAAAAAUUGCACAUUAGCACACAGCAAAGAAGACUUCUAUAUAAACAUUUAGUGCAAAAGGAUAGACAGACAUAGAAUAUAGAGCGAACAGAAUCGCUGUGUUGCUGUGUUUGAUAUUUAUUAAAAGAAAAAAGACUGGAUCGGCGUCAUUCAUCAGAUAUCUAAUCCAGUUAAUUUGUCAAUAUCGGAGCCGAUAUCCAAUCCAAAUAUCGAAUCGGUGCAUCCCUAUUUCUUACUCAAAAUCCAUUCACAGUGACUCCUGACGAACAUGUGUCUCUGUUUACCUCAAUAUAAAUUGGUUUUGAAGCUCAAACUUCACGUUUCUGCAUCUUAAAUCAGCUUUUCCUCACGCCGCUGUGUGUUUGUCUUUUGCAGUGAGUUUGGCAUCUCUCCCAUCGUUCAGAGCAACUGCUCCCACACAUGGAAGCUCAUUGUGCACCCGCAGCGUAAGUGGUACCACUUUGUCAAUCCCAUCAUGCUGCUGAUUCUCUACUACACCCUGGCCACGCUGAUCCGCCUCUGGCUGCAGGAGCCCAUCGACCAGCUGACGGUGAGGACAGCAGACACAAACACAAUAAAAACACAUGAGAGUGGAGCCUCUCAGCGUUUAGACGUUUGCUGGAAAACAUGUCAGUGAGUCUAAAACGGUCUUUCUAAUCCUGCAGUGAAACUCAAACGUGACCUGCUGGAAAAUGAAGUAUUUUGUCACCUCUAGGUUAAAUAAAACAAACAACUUUCACUCAUCCUUCUGCACCACAUUGAAUUCACAGUUGAGGUAAAACUGAGGCUGAUGCAGGCGUCAAAGGUAUUAAGCUGUAUUUGGCCCAUAACACCUCCACAUGGCUCCUCAGUAAGUUCCAGACAGAGAACCGAAAUAGAAGCAGAUUGGAUUAAACGGGCAGCCAGGUGGCCUCGUGAGCAGAGAAACUGCAUUGAUGGGAGCUUACAGGAGGAUCGAUCCGUCCGCCGUAGCUCAGGUGUUAUCCGAGACACUCUUGUUCUAAUUUUGACGGAGAGGGGAGGGAGGAGGCAUCUUGGCACCUUGUUUCUGUGUUACAGAUGAAGCACUGAUGGGCAGAUGUUUAGAAAGAAGCAGUCUGGACCUGAAAUAUUGUGUCAUGUUUUUACUCAGACUCAGGGUCCAGGAAUCUUAUAAAAUGUUGGUUUGAUCGAUUUACGCAUUUAUCUAUAUCUGCGUUUACUAUCAUUGCCACAGCUGCAUUUGUUGUCCUUGCUCCCUGAGUGGUUAUCGGUUUCUUCCAUGUGACAUUGGACAGUUUGCAUGAUCAGCCGUCCUUCGCUACCCCCCUUACUUGACAUCGUAAAUAUUGAACAUGUUUGAUAUUUAUGAUUCAAGUGGUAGAUGCUCCGAUUGUCCUCCAUGGGGACCAGAGGGAAUAAAAUCACUUUAAACACACCUCACAUCACAUUAGAUAAUCUGGCCUUUACCGCUCAGUGUGGGAGGGGCGAAUCAGGUUUCUUUACAAUGAAAGAAAACAGAAUAAAUUCUCACAGGCGACUGAUUAUUAUAAAUCUGCUUUAUUCUUUUGUUGUUAAAACAUGAUAAGAGUCUGGGAUCGAAAAUAAUAGGAUAGAUGCACUUUUUUUGUAUCAUACUGGUCAUUAGGUUGGUGAUUGUUUGCAAAGGGAAACUGUUCACAGUAAAGUCAUGAGAUGAAAGUCGUAGUCAAGGGUCAAAGGUUAGAAUAAGACGGUUUAUAAAAAAAGAAACUGUGAGGACAGUGUAGGUGAUAAUGUGCUUUAAAAGACUGAGGGUCAAAUUAAACCUGAGCUGCCUGCUUUAAAGGGAUAUCCAGCGGCUGCUGGAAGAGAGUAGGUGAGUUGUUCUUAGUCUCUUUGCUAAAGAAAUUAGGCAAAGUUAAAAGGAUGUUUGGUGGCGAGUACUAUGGGUGGGACCCAAUAUGUUCUGUUGGUGAAGUUAGGUGCUGUUCUGAGCAUUAUUUGUGGCUACAGAGUGGCGUUUUGGUUGAGCACGUGGGGUGUCUAACUCGGUGUUAUGGUGUGUUUGACCCUAACUAAAUUUUACAGGACUUAAGGCUCUGAACAUGGGGCCUAGGAUUUAGACACUGAGCUAAACCAGCAUCCUGAUUUCAGUAAAAUAUGAAAGUGGUAUCAGCAGUGAUUGAAUGUUAUUAGAAGGAAACUACAACCCUGUUUCCAAAGAGGUGAAAUGUUCAUAAACCCUCAUCAUGAUGGUUUUUAAAUCAUUAAAACCUUAAAUCAGAAGUUUGAGGUUCCUGAAAAAAUCUUCAGAAAAUCGCCUGACCGCUCUGACAUGCUGAGGUGAUGAUUUUAUUUAGUGUGAACUGACCCUUUAAUCAGCUCCACACACUGAACCUGCUGCUGCUCUGAAUGAAACACGUCUCCCCUGAAGGAGGUGUGGGACUUUAAAGCCGGGAGGUCUCCUCCUGCUCCUGAUUCCUCUCAGAGCUCCGGGCUCAGCUCCUCUGUCCUGUAAUGGAGUUAUAGAUUAGUGUUUUUAUAGUGGGGUCAAUACUUCCCUGUAAACCUGCAGGACUGUAUGCAUUAUUGAUCCUCCCACAGAAAGUGUGUGUGUGUGUGUGUGUGUGUGUUUUCACCAGGGCUAAUAAUAAAACAUGAUUACAGGAUAAAUCAGCAGCUGGCAGGUUUGUUCGAAAGUGAUGAUGUCGGAUUAUGAUCGACUUUAUCCUUUUCAAGAAGACCAAGAAAAAUCUGGAUUCUCUGUUUCCUUUUCUGAACGGAUUUAGCGUUUUUGGUUUGUAGUUUAUCGACAAUGUUUAUUCAGUCACACUCAAAAAAUAAAAUAAAAACAGCAAAACCAGAAAGAUUUAAUCAGAUUAAUUCAGUAUCAAAGCAAAACUAAGAUCAUUUCUUUCUAAAGGUCGCUGAGUUUCUGCACUCCUCCGCUUUAAAACAACGUUCAAAAGGAGCCGAUUAAAAACUGCUUUUCUUUACGGUAUCAUCUCUCGUUGCACAAUCCUGGACUGAGCUCAGAGUCCAGCGGUGAAGAUGUUUAUCACCCCGGCUGACUAUCUUUGUUUUUCCAGGACGACAAGGACGGCGAUAUGUGCGAGGAGGAAGAUCUGGAUGGAAACAGAACGAAUAACUCGGCCAACAGGAAGAGGCAGAUGUGGUGGGAAUCACGCCAGGGCACGGACGAGAAAAAUGUACGCCAGGGUCUACACACACUCACACACACACGUAACAGGUUAUUGAUUAUAAGACAGGUCCUGACAUAUGAAAUCAUUGUUUCUGCAGCCCACCACUACUACAUGCUGUCAUUCUUAGGACACAAUCAGAAAUUAUCUUAAAUUUAUGAGGAAAGUAUUAAAAAAACUAUGAAUAUUUUAAUUUUCACCUCUGAGGUGUGUAUUUUAUCCAACAACCUUUGCUGCUAUGAAUUAAAGCUCCUGUGAGGAGUUUUUCUAUGGUUUCCACAGAGCUACAAAUGAAAACAAGACCAUCAGCAACAAGACUGACUCUGUCCAAAAAGUGUUUUUUUGAUGCCUAGUAGUGUCACCAAAGGGUAGGUUACAGGCGAAGAGCUCUUACUUACACAUCAUGAAACAAAGAUUGCUAUCAGGAGGAAGUUGCUGCUCCUGCUAAGAUUAUAGAUGGAACUUUGUGUCUUUAAAAUGCUGUACAACAGCGGUACAAACUAUAAUGCUAAUGUUACAAGGGACGGAAAGAGUCUGACGAGAGAGAGGAAACAACUACGGGGCUGAGAAAUUAGGAUCGAAUCAUAAAAGGUUUUAUAAAAGUUUGAAAGGACUGAAGGAUUUGUUAAAUCUGCCACCCGUGAUAAAAUAUAAGCAGUAAAAGAGCUUAAAUCCUUCAAUUAAUUAUGGCACAGUGUAAAAACACUUCACUAGUCUUUUAAAUUAUGGAGUGUUUUCACCAAAGUUAAGUCAAAGCUCCUAAAGUAAAAUGAAACUUGAUGCACAGUUUACUUUGGUGUCUGACUUCUUCAAAAAUUAGAGUUAAAAUAAAAGAGAAAAUCUUAAUUUUUUUUCCUCUUAUUGCGUUUUUCAAAGAAUUAAGAGUUUUUGAAAUUCAAAGAGGUUUUAAGUAAAUGUAUGUGACUUAAAUGUCAAAUCAUGGGUAAUCAUUUUUAAUAAUUAUGAUGUAAGUAUCGGUCAAAAUGAGUGAUUAUGUCGAGCAGCUCUAGUCCAGAAGGGAAACAAAAACAGAGAAGCUUGAGGUCAGAGAAUCCUUCAUUUUUUUCAAUAAAAUAAGUAAAAAUAAAAAGUAAACCAGGUCUCUGUUAAACUGUGAACUCAGCGGUAGGUAUUGACUCAUUUUAACCCGAUAUUCGGCUUUGUAAGACUCGUUCCUGGACAGAUUUCAGCUGUAAAAGUACGCACACUUUCUCCCUCACUCACACAUUCUGACCUUGUUCCUAUAUCAAGGUCCGUAGUCUGUCUCCACCGGCCACCUCCUGAGGUUUAAAAGCUUUUAGGAUGUGCAGACACAGAUGAGUGAUGGGCUCGAUUUACAGAGUAGUGCAGCUUGACUUUGUUCCUGCUUAUCAGCGACUAUAAAGGAGGAGGAGGAGGAAGAGGCCUUAGUCUUCAGCAGCUCGUCGAUAACACACCUCACCUUGCCUUGUAUGCUCUUUUUUCUUCUCCUAGCUGCUCUCCACCCAGGAUGGCAUCAGUACAACCGAGGUGGGGCUGCUCUGGAUUCAAUCCGUGCAUCUUAGUCUACUUUACUCUGCUGAGGAAAAGAAAUUACUACAAAAUGCUUUUCACACUGCAUGUUGAAGACAGUCAAAGUUAACUUAAGCACCCAUGUCCUAAAAGUACAACAUGAAACAGAGCUGAUUUAAGUGAAUAUCAAAUAAUUUAAAUGGAUUUUUUAGCUCUGAUAGUGUAAAUGAGUGGAUGCAGUGUGAAAAGUAAAAUAAGAUCCCUCUGUAGUGCCCCGCGAAGGUAAACAGCAGCAUUAAACAACCGAAACUAACAAAACAAAACAAAUAAUCGUCUUUUUUUAGUGACAUAUAUUCCUGCUGUUUGUCUCUGUGGGGCUGAAUGUUGCACUGUGCUGUGAUCCCAGAAAAAUCAGCUCCCAAAGUACAGAGAUAUAUUGUUAAUUAAUGUUGUAUUGAUCCGCAGGCUGUUCCCACCUCAAACGGCACAUCUUUUGACUUUGUCACCACUGAGAACGGACCCGUCUGUCUAGACCUGUACUCAACCCCGCAGUACAAAAUGGACCCGACCGGUGACGGUACAGGUGAGCAGAGACACAGUUAAAACAGAGACACAAAUAAAAACUCUGGAGAAGAGGGAAACUUUCUGAGAAAGUUACUUUCUAUUGUACUCUUAGACCAACUUUUAUUUUAAUGAGGGGAAAUCUUAAUAUGCAUUCCAGGAUAGGGCUGGGCGAUAUGACCCCAAAUCAAUAUCACGAUAUAUUGAGCAGUUCGCCUAAAUAAAUUGACGAUAACUACUCCACAAGCUGCUCACCCCCUCCCACAUUAACUUUGUCUACUUCAGCCACUGCUCCAGCUGCUACAACUUUUGAACCGUCCUCCAUCUCCUCACCUGUCUUUCCCUCUUUGUCACGGACUGGAUGGGGUGGAGUCAUGUCAUGAGACCAUAGCCUACCUACACAAACUACACAAACUAACUUUAAUUUAUUUUUUUGACACCAAAUUUACCGAUAUGGGCGAAAAGAUGGUGGUUAAGGUCUUAAAUUUCGGCAUCGGUAAAUUUUCGGUUUAUCGCCCAGCCCCAUUACAUUACUUCUUGUCUUUUCUACAGAGACCAUACAGUGUAUGUAAGUGAAAGGUGUAAAUACUUUUUUGGUACCUUUUUAUUCAAUACCAUUAUUGUUGCUUUUUAAUCUCACUAUUCGUCAUUUUUUUAAUACUUUUCUCCACUUUUUUCGUUCCCUUUAUCUCUUCUCUAACUGGGAGGACAGAGUGGGAUGAAGGACUUAGGGCUUCAAGGACAUGUAGAUAAGUUGGAUUGAACUGCUGAGCUCUACUGGUGCUCCAGUAACACUUCAAAAGUUAUGAGGUUCUUUUAUAGGUUGAGAAAAUCUAUAAAGACUCUUUGAAACACGGUGGAUUUAUACAAAAAUUAAUUAAAAACCAUGAAAUAGCUAGAUUAAUACGACCUUUAUUGGUUGUUAUGAAGUUGUGAAUAAUUUGCGCCUGAACUUUUUAAAUACUUUGACAAAGAACUUUUUAGUUUGAACUUGUCUUGUCUCUUCCCUUGUGCUCUUACAUGUGAAGACGCACGUCGUUGAUUUUACACGUCACAGUCGGUUAACAGCUCCGUUUUUGAGGAGCAUCCUGUGAAAACAGCUGUUUAACGUCUGCUGCGGCUCUAAAAGGAGCUUUACUGAGAAAGAGAGGACAACUCUGGGGUUUUUAAGGGACAUCACUUAAGUGCUUUGUACAGAAGUUACCUUUAUCUGUGUAAUCUAGAUAUCUCAGGACAAACAGGAUAUUUUGGCCAUCUUCGCACAGGUGUUUUAAAUUUGUUCCUUGUGAAUCGUCCCCAACUUUCUGAAGGCUUCACACUAAAUCACCCGAGUGCCUCUCCUAACUUUAUAAGACCGCUGAGCCCCGUAACUAACAGUGAGUCGUGUUUCUGUGUCCAACCAGAGAAGAAGGACGAGUGUGUGUAUGAAGUGUGUCUGCCUCUGGAGGACUCGGCCCUGGAAGGAGCAGAGGAGAAGUCUGAGGACACGGAGGAUGGGAUCAAGAAAAGAGGAGUCAGUACGAUGGUGAAAAUCUUCCACUUCAUCAUGAAACAGAGCUACAUCUGUGCUCUCAUCGCCAUGAUGGUGAGUAAUGCAGAGCUACGGGAGCUGGCCUGUGGACAAAAACAAACAAACAGUCGCUAAUGAAGAUUUGACAGUUGUUUUCCAGUUUGUAUUGACUGUUAAAUUUGACAUGAGUUACAACCAGGGGAAACAAGUCCAGAGCUGCUUUAAACAUGCGGGUGCGAUUAGUAAAAACCAAACACUCCUGCCCUCUUGAUCGGCUUCGAUUAGGACACCUUUGAGCAAGGCACUGAACCCUGCUGCAACCGCUGGAUGACCAGCAGGAGGAAACUGUGGUCGUAGCGGGCAGCUCCUGUGGCUGAAUAUCUGGCAUGAUAUAACUCACAGAGAAGCAUCUGUUCUUAGUUUAAAGAUUCCUGGAUGAAUCACAGUUAAAUAAAUUUGACUAACAGCUACUUUUUGACUCGACGGUGGCUGGGGAACACACAGACGCUGAAAUUUAUUAAAUGGCACAUGGAAAGUGGAUUCUUCUUUUUUUUUUCAACGCAGAAAAGAAAUGCGAGUGAAACUCAAGAGUGUUGUAGAUGAAUCACGGCUUCAACUUUGUGUGUUUAGAUUAAGAUUUAAGUGAGUUACAUUGUUUGCAUCCUAACAUAAAAGCUAAGUAAGGGAUUUUAUUUAGUAAACAAGUGUUGGAUGCUUUUUUCCUGCAUUAUCAUACAGGCUUUUAUUUUGAAAUUACAUAGCCGACAUACAAAGACUACAGCCAUAAUGAACGUAUCUAGACCUGCUCUUUUUUUGGGGGGGGAAAGUGUCUUGGGAUAACAAAUGUUGUGAUUUAGCGCUAUAUAAAUAAAAUUCGAUUGAUUUGAUUGAUAACUCCUCAUGUCAUUCCUGCUAUAUUGACAGUUUUAUCCUCUAAAAUGGUCUAAAAAAUAUAUGUAUACUCAUAUGUAUAGUAUAUGUAUACUUUGAUGUUUUCCAUGUGGAGUUGAAAAAUUUCAUUAAAAAUUUAAGUAUAAAAAAAAAAAAAUACAAAUACCAGGUCAUGUCGUUAUGGAUCUUAUAACCCUGUGAAUUGUCUGUGAUUGGUCCUCUCCAGGCGUGGAGCAUCACAUACGUCAGCUGGCUGACAUUCGUCUUCCUCAUCUGGUCUUGCGUGCUGUGGAUGGUUCGGGACCGGAGGCGGUACACGAUGCUGUCCUCUCCCUUCAUGGUGGCGUACGGAAACCUGCUGAUAGUGCUGCAGUACAUCUGGAGCUUUGAGAACAGGCAAAGUGUCUCGGGGCUGUUUGUCAAGAAGAACAACCCUUUCCACUCGCUGUCGUCCAAGGUUCGGGAGUUCAAAUGUCCUCUGCAUACAUGCGCUCAUUAAAACUGACCUUUAAAAUCCAAAAACACAACUCUGAUUCUUGAACGCAGCUAAUGGAUUUUUCUCCUCUUUAAGUUUAACAUUGUCAGGCUGUGUUUCCCGUCGUCCAUUAAUUCAAACAGAGAGGGAAAUCAUGCAGUGUAAUCCUGAGGAGAAGGUCAGAUUAGUCCUGUUUUGACAUGUUUUGGAAGAGUUCAGACUUUCAUGUUGGCCGCCGCUGAAUCUGACCUAAAUGAGUCUUGAAUGAGAUUUUAUACUAGAGCAGGUCACCACACUCUAGAUGAGUCUUAGCUACUUUAUAAUCAAACUGUCCAAGUGUUUUAAAGAUGUUCAAACUGAGGUCAAAGGUCAGAAAACUCAUUUAUAAUCUGUUUAGAUAUACCUGUCCUUUCUUUGUUCUGGCCACCCGUGCUGUGCUCUCAGCAGGUUAAAGUAAAUGCAGAUGAUUUGUGAGUCCACGUCCUCUCAUCUUGCCGCUCAUCUGUUUGUCUAAACAUCUUAUUUAUUGUGUGAAGGUUCUGUGUCUGCUGAGCUUCUGGCUGCUGCUGAGACAAACUCUCAUGGAGAGAGAGGAAAAACAAAAAGAAGACAGCGCAGGUCUCUCAGACGUCCAUGUGGAGGAUCAGAAGAAGAAGGGUAAGCGCUUAUUUUAUUUAUACCUAAAAAAUUAGGGACCUUCUUGUAACUGUAAAAUGUUUUAGACCUGCAGCGAUGGAAAUGACCUUUUAUUUGAAGGUCUUUGAACUCAACUCAAGAGGUUUGAGAGCCUUCAGCCUCAUUUUGGUUUGUUACUCCUGCAGACAAAAUAUGCUCUGUGGUUUGUUUUUGCUGAGGCUGUCCUGCAGGAGAUCAGGAUUUCUACCUCCCCUGUACAUGAGGGCAAAAAGGUCUGAAAACCAGUCAAGAGACAAGAUCAGAUCAGAAUCCAAGAUCAGAUAAAACUCUUUCACUCAAAAUACAGUUGUUGUAAUUCUCGUCUACCGAGGAGUCAAAACAUUUUCACCUUUCAACGGGCUCCAAAAAUCUGUCACUAACUUAUUGAAGACAAACUCCUGUUGAGUGUGAAAUAUCUUUGUUUGAUUUUCGUAACUUUGUUCUUUUAUUAAACAUUUAUAGGGACAGUUUUUAUAUUAAAUAUAAUUUAUAGAAAACUGGUGAAGCUGCCCCCGUUCAUGACCCAAACUCCUGUCCUUAUUUAUGCUGUCUCUUUGUGUAAUCGGAGUAAUAUAUAACAUAAGCUGCCUGUCGGCUCCUCGGUGUGUUUGUGUGUUUUGGGCUUAUUGUUCACUUUAAUAUUUUUAUUUCUUUUCUGAAUUUAUUGGUAGUGCAGCACUCGAGUCUAGGAGUGUCCUGAUACAACUUUUUUACUUCUGAUAUGAUACCGAUAUUGUUGCCUUCAGUACUGGCCGAUACAGAUAUUGAUCCGAUAUUGGCACAAAAUUGUGCAUUACAAGUUUUGCAGUCAGCUGUGACAUCUUUUUUGGACUUAAACAAAAAAUGCUGCCACACAGCCGGCAUCACUCCUACUCCUUGGUACUUUUUUAGUACACACUGUUUUUGUGAUCAUGUGGGUUAUACAUGCUGGGUCCAGGCACUGCUAGAUAGAGGUGCUGAAUUGGAGUCUUAAAUGGACUGCUUGUAUCAGAGUGCUGAUAUCGGAGAUUUUAGAUGCACGCCGAUAUAAUCAAAUAUUCGCUUAUUUACUGAGAUUGGACCGAUAUCUGAUAUUGGUCUGGUAUUCGUGCCAAAAAGUAUAUGGAUUAUCAUUACACAUCAUAUAACAUAUCCUAUCAUAUUGAACUUUAUUGUAUAGUAUCAUGUCUAAUCAUAUAGUUUUGUAUAAUUUUGUAUUGAAUCACAUUGUAUCUUUAUGUCUUGUACCAUAUAAUAUCAUAUGGCAUUGUCUCCAGUUACAAAGCAUCAUAUUGUAUCAAAUUGCAUUGUAUUGUAACAAAUUGUUCCGGAUUAAAUUGAGACAUUUGGUACCGUCUUACAUCAUAUCAUAUUGCAUCAUAUCAAAACAUAUCGAAUCGUAUUGUAUCAUAUCAUAUUGUAUCGUAUCAUAGUGUAUUGUAUCGUAUUGAUCAUAUCAUAUUGUAUCGUAUUGUAUCCUAUCAUAUUUUAUCGUAUCAUAUUGUAUCAUAUUAUAUUGUACCAUAUCGUAUUGUAUCAUAUUUUAUCAUUUUGUAUCAUAUCAUAUCGUAUCGUAUCAUAUUGUAUAAUUUCAUAUUGUAUCAUAUCAUAUCGUAUUGUAUCAUAUUGUAAUGAAAUGUAUCAAAAUGUAUCAAUUCGUAAUGUAUUAUUUCGUCACAUUUAGUAUAUUCACUGUGACAUGUCAUAUGGUAUGGUACUAUAUUAUGUCAUAUUGUACCAUAUCAUACCAUAUUGGAUCAAAUUGUAUCAUAUUGUAGUAUUUUGUUCUUGGUCAUCUAAACAACCUCCUGUGUCUUUCAUAUAUUCCAUGUAUUGAAAACACAGGGCCUCACUCACGAGCUGUUCUUAUGGGGCCCCUUUGUGAAGACAACCCUGAUGUAACUGUUCCCUCAUAUUUAGGAUUAGCUUUAAUAUGUCACUUUAUUGGUGUCUCUUUAUUUUUUGUUUCCAUAUAUGAAUGAUUUUCUGGUGCCUCGUUGUCAUGCUGGUUUUUACCGUAGUGCAGAGUUUUCUGAUUGGCUGCUGUGUUUUAUAGAGGAGGAGGACUCUGAGGAGGGAGGGGAGCAGGACAUCAUGCAGGUUCUGGGGAACAUGGUCAUGGCUCUGCUGGUGAAAUACUGGAUCUACAUCUGUGGUGGCAUGUUCUUCUUCGUCAGCUUCGAGGGGACCAUCGUCAUGUACAAAAUCAUCUACAUGAUGAUGUUCCUCUCCUGCGUGGCGCUCUAUCAGGUAUCAAAACACAAAUGUUUUUACACUGUGACCCUCGUGUUUCCCUUUAUUUAACCCUGAAUUAUCUUACUAUCCGGAACAUUUAUCAGUGUUUUUAAAGGGUUGUUUGUCUUCUUUUGCUGAGCACGCUAAUGACAAUAAAUACAACAAGUUACGGGCAUCCAAAAGGGACCUGUUGUACCUACAUGAGCCCACGGAUACAAUGUUGUAAAGUUUCCAAAUUCAAUUUCCCAAGGACAGAAGGUGCUGACAAUUUUAACCGUGCCAUAAAGUUUGUGUACAGCAGGCUCAUAAUCCCUGUGUUUUAUAACCCCUAUCACAGUAAAACAGAACAGUCCUCCUAAAUCCAGAUGUCCCUGUGCGUCACGUUUAAUUUAAUGCAUUACAGCUGUAAAUCCCAGACAAUCAUUUCCCCUGAAAAACAAUUAUCACAAUUGUUCUUAUCUAGGUGCACUUUGAGUGGUGGAGGAGGAUCCUGAAGUACUUCUGGAUGUCCGUGGUGGUUUACACAAUGCUGGUCCUCACUCUGGUCUACACCUAUCAGUUUGAGACCUCACCGGACUUCUGGUCCAACAUGACGAAGAUGGACAAAAAAAGGUUAAUUUUGACUUUUUGUUUAUCAAUUUGCACAUAAAAUCAGCUCCAGGACAGUUUUACAGAUUCGUAACUUUCCCCCUCUGCAGUGCCCUCCCUGUUCAUAACUCAAUACGUGUAUCAAUAGAUGAAUAAUUAUUGACUUCUUCUGUUUUCUUCUUGAAUCCAGUUUGGAGGACCUGGGCUUAGAGACGUAUUCUGUCCCUGAGCUGUUCACCAGGAUUUUCAUUCCUACAUCCUUCCUGCUGGUGUGUAUUCUGCACCUGCACUACUUCCAUGACCGCUUCCUGCAGCUCACAGACCUGCAGGCUGUGGUGGCCAAAGAGGAGAGCACUAUCUACAGGUGAGACACGCUCAGGUUCUCCUGCCUCUUUACAGUCUUUUAUUUAAAUACAUGUACAGUGGCCUAACAUGGCGGUCAAUAGAGUUUUCUCCUUAAAGUCCCACUCCGAUUGUUGUUUUUCACAAUUUAAAGUGUUCUCAGUGGUCUUUAAAUUGUGACUUUGAAGUUUUUCGCCAAAGUCGCAUUUCCUGUUUGAUUUUCAAGGGCUUUUCUUUUGCAGCGCUCCAGUAGCUCAUUAGCAAUUCGCCUCUGAGUCGUGAGUGGAGACAGCGCACUUCUCUUCACGCUAGCUUGUAGCCUAACAUUGCCAGUGUAGUAGAAGUGGCAGGUAACAGAGGAGCUAUUCAGCUUUCUUACGAGCAUUGCAAUCCACUAACGCACACACUUGUUCUGCGAUUGUCCUCUCUGUUUCUCAGAGUCUGGUCUGCAUAGUGGGGCUCAGGGGGCGGAGCUUGUAGUUGUGACAUAGGAAAUCUCACUGUGUCUGAGUCUACAGUUUGGGUUUGCAGAAAUACUCAGAAAUGCAAGUUUGCUUUUAGUUUUCUCAUGAUAUGUCCUGUAGCAUCAGAAAAAUGUCAUAUGAAUAUAUAGACAACAAGAAAAACAUGAUUUUCAUCGGAGUGGGUCUUUAACAGAAACGUCUGUAAUAUGCAUCCAAACUUCAAUUUGUCUCAGAAAACAAAAAGAAUGGAAACUUUAAUUUGUCUGUUUUUCUUCAUACCUACCAACAUGGGUCCCAAGGUGGGGUUUGUCCCCCCACAGGGGUCCCGAACAGAGUCCAAACAAACCCCCAGCUGUUUAUUCCCACUACAAAAUGUCAUUAUUUCCAUCAGUUCGGGCUCCGUGGGUCAGUAUGUGUCUAAAUCAGGGUCAGUCAAGUAUGAACAAGUGCAGCUUUUAUUCAGAAAGUUGUUUCCUUCUGUGACUUUAAUAUUAUCGUACAUUAGGAGCACAGAUUGAGGUUUCUCUCUCUCAUGAUUUGGCUGAAAAUUCAUUGAAAAUAAGAGUCAGUUACUGCCAAGAGAUGGGCAUUAUUAAAAGAAAAAUGCUUGUGUUAAUCCUUAUUAUCUUGGGUGAACUUGAGGUGAAGCACUAUUGGAAAACCAUUUCAUUUAACGCCCGUUUUCAUUGCUCAUAUGUCAGUGUGUGCGCUGUUCGGUGCUCAUUAAGCGUAAUAACAUCUGUGGUGUUGUGUUUUAACUUGAUCACCUCCGUUGUGUCGCUGCUGCUUGCUCAGCUCGUCUCUGCUCUUGCCUCUCUUUCUCUCUGUGACCUUCUGCCAUCUCACCUCUGCCACCCUCUUUCACACAGCCACGCUAAAGUCAAUGGGCGUGUCUAUCUGAUCAUGAAUAGGUGGGUAACUGCUCGCUUUCUGUGGCAUCCACCACCAUCCCACCUCACCUCUGACUCUCUGUUUUCAGCCCUUGCACUUACCUUGUCCCUCUCACUCUGUUCCUGCCAAUGCUGAUAUGUCGAAGAUCGUCUGAAAUAUCUUACCCCUCGUUUAAGGUUUUCAGGAGUUAUUUUGUUUGCCUGUAGCCUUUCCUUUUUGGGUCUUCUGUUGUCUCUCUCAAUCUUUAACCCUCAUCUAGCCCCCUCAGCACAGAUCCUCCCUCUUCUUCUUCUUCUUCUCCUACUUCGAUGGUUUCAAAACUGUCAACCAAGCAUGUUUGAAUCUGACAGAACUGUUUUCUCCUUCCAGUAUCUGGAUCCCUUUACCCCCUUUUCUGCACUGAAAAUUAGCCCCUUCCUGAGAAAGCUCGAUCACCCCUAACCGCAGGAGCCUGUUGGCCAGUUUCGUGCAUUUUUAUCAAAAUACGUAAAUGAUUUGAAGUGUCAGUUUCAGCCUGUCUUUGUCGGUUUCUCUCCUCACUGUUCGUCUUCACGUCUGUGUGUGUAACUUUAUUGUUCUGAGCAGCAUCAAGCAAAAAAUCCCAACUCAGCAGAGCAAGUAAGUGUGACUAUUGGGUAAACACACACAAAAAACAAAUGCUUGCCUUGAUAUGUGUCCGGUUCAUGCAAGCCAAACCCGACCUUUGACCUCCUCGCUCCAUUGCCUGAGAAGAUUUUAAAGGGUUAACUACUCCCAUCAGCUGCUCCCAUUUAUCCGCUGCAAGAAGAAAUAAUCCCUCAGAAACCCGAAAAAAAAAAACGUUUAAAAAAUCAAGAGAUUGUUUUAAAGAAUGCAAGAGGAAUGUGCACUGCCUGAUGAAACACCAUACCACUGUUGAGUUAACAGACCCAGAGCUGAUGAUUCCCAUCCAACAUUUAAUUCAUAACCUUCUGAGAAUCACCAUAACCAUGUGAGACGGUGUAUUUAUAUACUUAUGAGGACAGAGUGACGUUAAUUAAGAGAGGACUGUGAGGAAAACUCCAAUUUCUGGAUUUUUCUGUUUCUGUUUUUGCAGAUGAAGAUUUGAGGCAGAAAUAUUCAGCCUUCUAGUGCAUUAGUGCAUCAUCAACCAAGAUCCAUGCAGAUCACAAAUAAGACUGCAGAUCUGUUAUUGUAUGACUGAAUACUGAAGUUAAAGCUCUCUCUUUAGUGAAUUACUGUAAGUGUGAAAUCCGCCGGAUUUCGCCGGUAUCGACUGCAGAUUUGGAUCUUUUAAGCAUCGACUGUAUAAAGAAUGGAUGCCGUCUGCCUCCUUGCUGGGUUUAGCCACUCCGAGAACAGCACCCUUUGUUGACGGAUAAUAUGUAGACCUCAUUGUGGGGAUAUUUUGACCCGUCUGCCAAUUUUAGAACCAGGGAUAAGUAUGUUUAGACACCUAAACCACUGAACAUCUUUACCCUCACUAUUUAGCUCUGGCAAUGCUAGUCGGUUAGACAAAUUCAAGCGAGUAGGCCUAAAAUACAUUGCAUCUAAAUUGUUGCACAAGCUGGAGCUGUAUCUAGGCAAUGACCUCUGCCAUAAUGCUCUACUAAUGGAUGUAAAGACGUACAUGACUUCUCACAGCGUGGCACAGUUUGACAGUAUUUUGUUUAUUGAAAAUGAAGUUAAAGUUGUGAGUUGGCUGGUCUGGUAGAAGGCGCUAGCUCUGCUAAUGUUAGCCUUGUCCUAGUCAGAUAAAUUAUGCUGAGUUUUGUUUGUUUGUUCGACUGUUUUCCCAACUUGAGACAAAUCGGUUAGCUGUUUAAAUGACUAGAAAUGACAGUGUCCUGGUCUGGUUCAAAGAUCAACCAACAAUCCCCUAGUUGGAGGACUUUAGAGUCCUGCUGGAGUUUUACGGUUUCAGCAGCUCUCCAGGACAAGAUUUUAUGGCUAAAUUCUGAAUUUAAUCAGGAGCCAGUGCAAAGACCUGAAGAUUGUCUGGAUGAUUUUGUCAGGAGCUUAGCUUCAGCAUGUAGUUUAGGGUUUGCUUUUAUGAUUGCAGUGUAAACACCAUCUUAUUUGGUCAAUUACAUCUCUCAGAGUGGCGCCCCUUAUCUAUUUUGAGCAAGUCUCAGUUAAAGACCGUAUGUUACACAGAGGCUUCACUCAUUUCAGAAUUUUCUUACAACCUACAGUUGCUGAAAUAACAACAUGAUAAAGAUUUAUGAAAAACAAAAUGCAAAUUUUGUCAGGUCCAUAUCAAAAGAGGAGAAGAUAACUUGUUUGUUAAACUUAUUUCGAUCGAUUAUGUCUGAUGAAAACGUUUAAUCUGGGACAUUUUAUCAGAUGCACUUGCAUUAAGAUACGUCUUCACAGAGAUGAAUACGGUCUCAUCAGAUCACCUCUUCUAGCUUCUAAAGCCCGCUAAAAUGUGAUUGUUUAAUGACAAAAGUACCACAAACAGACACUAGAACACUCGCCUAGGUAAAAAUCUAGAUCCCUUAAUGCAUAUUUUAACUUUUUAUGGAGUAGGCAACUCAGCUGCAACCUACUCCUUAUGAAGAAAACCCCAGAAAGCCCCUCACAUGGCAUCAUGUGUGACAAAAAACAUGUUGAAUGUCCUCAUAAGUAUAGAGAUACUGAUGUUUGUCUGUGUGGGUCUGCAUGAAUGUGCCUGUGUCUGAUACCUCCUUAUUUGUCUCCAGGCUGGUGCACCCUGAUGGCAGCCUGGCAGACCUCACCAUGCUCAGCAUCAGCUCCGUGGAGGCAACGCUGCCCAGAGAGGAGCAGGAGCCGCAGGACAAGCAGGAGGAGCAGGGGGAGAAGGAGGAGCAGGGAGGCUGGAGGACCGAGAAGGAGAAGGAGAAGGAGAAGGAGAAGGAAGAAGCGCUGGUUGUUGUGUUGAGUGAGACAAAAACAGGCGACGAGAAGCCCAGGACGUUCUCCGACGGGCGGCAGUCGAGCACGGAUGAGAGCCACCACUGCAGCAUGGGGGGCGAGCCGGAGCCGAGCACGGAGCAGAGUUCAGGUAGUGAGAAACUGCAACACAGGAAGUCCACGAAGUUUAACAAAACCACAAACAAACAGUGUUAAAUACUGAGUCUGCACCUGGUUCUUGUUUUUGAAGAUCUUCUCAUGCGAUGGUGCACACUUUGAUGGAAACUCUGUUAAAUGUUGAAGAGUCACUUGAGCGUGGCAGCCCUGCACUUUGUUCAACCGUCUGCGAACACAUCAGUAUGUAAACAGUUUAGUUAUAUAUGUGUAACAUCUACAGGUGAGGGUCCUGGAGUGAUAAAUAGCCGUGUUAGGUCAGCUCGCCUGUCACGGUUUGAUGAAGAUGCAGAGCGGGAAAAGCUGUGUGUCUGCAGUGGCAAAAACCAGAACGUAUAUAUUGUAUUUCUGAAUGGGAAUCUGCUCCUUUAACUUUGUUUAACUUGUUGAAUGGCGGUGUGUGUAGUCGAACAAAAGCUUGUCAAGAGAUGCCCUCUAGUUUAGUGUUAAAGUAAAUAAUGUGCCUUUAGACUGGCACGCUGUUUGACUAACAUGACAUUUGUAUAGUCGUGGAAAAGAUAUCGGAGCAACAGAGUUACAUACUCUACAUUACACAUGAUACUCUGAGUGUCUCUGAGGCAUCCUGAUGGUUUCUGUGGCAUUUAUAUGAAGUAAUUCCACCAUCAGAGAGUUUAUAAUGUUUGAAGUACUUGAGGAAAAACAAAUUUAUGCUCAUCUGCCUCGGUGCUUUACAAGGUUUGAUUUAAACACUUCACGUCUCAUGUGAGCUUUUCGUCUUCGUCUGUUUUCCUCUGAAGUACAUUAAGCGUCUGCAGGGCGUGUUCGCUCUCCUCACAUUGUUUACAGCCACCCUCAGACACGAGUGUGGAGAUAUUUCUCUCACAUUUUUCUCAGCCCGGAGCUGAAGACGUAUGUUUCAUACAAUCUUGAAAGACCGGGGCUCAGUCUGCAGCCCUGAGUAUCUGCUGGCUGCAGUCUCACCAGCGACUCAUUCAUCAUCCCGAGUAAAGCUGUUAAAAUCUGGUGUAUUGCAGGUUUUUGGGGUUCGGUGAGAUUUACCUCCACUUUUGUGUUCUGACACAGCACAUAGCUCAAAUGCUCACUUUCGCCCAUUACACCGUCCUCUUACAGCCAACGAUCGCUGCGCCAUUAGCAUAUUUACGCAGACAUUCACACCGCUCCUAAAUUAAAAUGCUGUUUAUAUACACAGAGAAUAAAAUAGGUGAUAAAACCUGGCUCUGCAGGGCCUCUCACUUUCUAAUGAGCUGUGAGCUGUACGUGCUAUAUGCUCCUCAGAGUUUCUUAUCCAAACAAUGAAGCCUCUAUUACAACCCGAGGUAAUAUGGCUUUUGUGAAAACUAACACCCUCCACUGAACUGUGGCUGGAGAUUUUAUAUCCUUUGUGAGAAUAUAAAACAAACGUUAAGCCUUUAUUACCAGGUUAUUAAAACAACAGUUUGGAAUUUGCUUGUUAACGAAGAUUUUUUUUGUUUCCAUACAUUUAGUUUGAGUUUUUAUCGCCUGAGAGGGAAAACUUGAUUUCACAGCCAAUUCAACGUAAAAACACACAGAUUCAAACACGGCAGCAGGCAGAUGAAGAUAUCGCAGCACAUACAGAAGGAAGCGCUCCUUUAUUUUGAUGUCCUUUGCCACGAUCAGGAAGGCAGAAGUGAGCUGUGAUUAUUUAAGAAGUGUUGCUGGACUCAGGAAUGUUUGGCAUGUGAAGGCUCUGUUGUUUCAGGUCUGAGGGUUUGGACGCGAGGAGGCAGAUGAUUUUACAGAUACAAUGUCAAAUACUGAUUUGUUAGUGUUGGAGAUGUUAAACAUAACCGAGAAGCAGGGAAAGAAUAAAACAACAUGUUUUUUUUUUUGGUGAUGCUUUUAUAAAGCAACAGCAGGAGGUGGGAGCAGUAGUCAGUGAUGAAGGUGGAGUCUUGCUGAGCUUGUUUUUUUAGAUAGAUAUGACAGUGGAUCCAAGUUUAGUUACUAACCUUAGUUGGCUUAGUUUAUUUCUAAUUGUUUAGUUUUAUAUCUUAACAUGCUGAAUGUGUAAGAGAGGUAAUAUGGACUGUAUGUUUCAAAAUGCAGUCAUAUUUUAACAUGUGCUUAGUAUCGACCUAUAUCAGUAUACAAGCCAAAUAAUACCCGAUGAAGUGACGAAUUGGAUGCCUUAAAAUAUCGGCCAGUGUUGCAUGACUCAAUGUUCAACAUUGACGCAACAGUUGUGAAUUCAAAGCCAAUACUGAUGGUUACACUGAUACUCGUAUUGAUACAAAUACAGGUACAGAUAGUGUUAUGGGUACUUAUGCAGACACUAAUACUUAUAUAGAUACCAAAACUGAUACAGCUACUGAUACAGAUGCUGACAAAGAUUACAGAUUAUGUUAAAGAUUCUGAUACAGAUACUAAAAUGGAUACCAAUACUGAAAAAGGACAGAAACAAUAAAAAUUUGCAUACUGAUAUAAAUAGUUCUACAGACACAGAUAGAAUCAGUGUAUAGAGGUACUAAUACAGGUACUGAUAAAGACACUGAUACAGAUAAGGUUACUGAUACUGAUACUGAUACAGAAACAGAUACUGAUACUGAUACAGAAUACGUGUACUGAUACAAAUAGUUGUACAGAUACAGAUAGAGACAGUAUAUACAGAUAAUAAUACAGAAACUGAUACCAAUACAGAAACAGGAACCUCACAUACAGGUACAGAUAAAGACACUUUGACAGAUACUGACAUAGGUACUGUUACAGACAGUGUUACAGAUACUGAUACUGAUACCAAUACCAUUAUAGAUACAGGAGCCUUAUAAAGUAACUGUCUUUGAUGCAGAUUCUGACAGAGAUACUAAUAGAGGUACUGAUACAGACACCGAUACAGAUAAAGUGACAGAUACUGAUACAGAAACCUAACAGAUACUAAUGCAGGUAUAGAUAAAGACACUCAGACAGAUACUGACAUAGGUACUGUUACAGACAAUGUUACAGAUACUGAUACUGAUAUCGAUACUGAUACAGAUACAGGAUACAUGUACUGAUACAGACACAGAGCCUAAUAACAAUACAGAUAGUGUCACAAAUAUUGAUAAAAGAUACUCAUACUGAUACUGGUAUAGAAACAGAUAUUUAUACAGAUACUAAUAUACAUACUGAUACUUGCAGAUUACUGAUACAUGCUGAAAAGAUACAGCCAUUUAAACAGACAUAACACUUUUAAUGAUACUGAUACAGAUACUGCUACUGAUACAGGCCUGAUACUGAUAACGAUCUUUAUAUAGAUACAGACAAAUACUGCCACUAGAACAGACAAGAUACUUAUAUAUUUACCAAUUCUAAACCAGGUAGUGAUACAGAUACUGCCACUGAUACAGGCAUGAUACUGUUACGGAUACUGACACCGAUACCUCAGUUUCCUGGUCUGGUUUUCAAAUAAUCCAGAAUCUUUGAUGUGUCUGAACUUUUACGAGUGUCUGUCUUUGUCCUACAAACUGCACGUUUCUAAUCUUUCUCCUAGACAGCGUAACACUCUCACUGUGCCGACAUCGCCUUUCACAUCCGACCAUGAAAACAAAUCAGAGUUUGUCCAGCUGAUGACUUCAUCUGUCGAAUAAAAGCUGUCAUCUUUGAGUUAUGGAGCAGGUGUAUUAGCUUAAACUGAUGCGGAACAACAGACACACUUCAGCUACUGACAUGGCACAUGGUGGAUUAUUUACAGAUGGGUCAACGUCUGUAAACAGAGCAAACAUUAUCCAGUACAGAUGUUCCGCUGACACGUGAGAAGUGAUAGAUUCCAGCUUUUCGUACUGGAGAAUGAUCUUUUUUACUUUGUUGAACUGAAACUUUAACCCACUUUUUUAGCGGUAAUGUCUCUGUAGUCAUAAGUGUUUGUUUACAGCUAUAGCGCUCUGGCACCAAAGGUAAAUUUAACAGGCUUUGUCAGAACUUGUUAAUUGGUGUUUUCAUGUGCUUACCCGGAAGAAGAGAGAGCGUCACACACCUAUUUCUGAAAUGUGUUAAAAACCGUGAAAACAAAGUGUAAGAGGAAGGAUAAGAGGGUUUGAGCGGAGGACAAACGGCUGUAAUUAAGAGGUGAAUCCUUGAAACACUUUCCACUCGCACCUCUGCAGCUGUGUUGUUUUUUCCAUGUUAGUUAGUGCGUCUGGUUUUUGUCUCCUCUUCUUUAGAUCUGAAGAAUAAAUGGCACCUGGUGGUGGACCGUCUGACCGUGCUCUUCCUCAAGUUCCUGGAGUAUUUCCACAAGCUGCAGUUGUUCAUCUGGUGGCUGCUGGAGAUCCACAUCAUCAAGAUCGUGUCCUGUUACAUCGUCAUGGUCUCUGUCGAAGAGGUGUGUGACCCAGAGUCAGAGGGUAGUCAGGCUAACUUGAGUUAUUUGCUUGGCCUAAUAAAGCUGCUGAUAUAUGAACGGGAGAGAAAGAAAUCAAAGCAGUCAAAUUAACAUUAUUUUUGUAUUUUUUUUUUAGUUUUUAAGCUCAUCCACUUCUCUGUAAAAAUAUACAGGAAGGUGCCAAAUUGUGUUUGCUAGCAGCUAAAAUUAUGCUCUUCCCUCCUUCCUCCUGUGUGUGUGUCUCUCUGCUCCGUCCUCCAUCAGAGUCACUAAACCGAGAACUGUCCAAAACACUCUUCACACUUGGAUUUUGUGAUACUUUUUUUUUUUUUGCCUUUGUUCUAUUUUUCUUCAAACUUGUUUUCCUAGAUUCCUGAACUAAGACGCUUUAGUUCUUUCGGACCACCAAAUGUAGUCGUUUCAGUUAUGGUGGAUGGCUGUCCACCAAAGAGUCUGGUUCUGUCUGAGGUUUCUGCCUACCAAUAGGAGGUUUUCUCUUACAACUAUUGACGCUCACUGAUGGAUUAAUGUUGUUUUUAUAUGUACCUAUGAUGUAAAUAUAUAAGAUAACAUUUAUUUGCACUUAUGUCAUGUUUGUCAUACCUGAUUCAUAAAUAUAGAGAUAAGGUUAAAAACAGAUUAACAGUCUGAUUCAUGCCUCUGUUGGAAGAAAUGAUGAUUAGAGUUGAAAAACCUUGCUUUUCUUUUUUAAAACUCCAUUAUUCGUAGAAAUAUCCCUCAUAUCCCCUUGCGCAUGACACUCGUUAAUUGUACGUCUCUUUUUAAUCUCCUCAUCACCUGAGUCUUGUCUCCUCUGCAGGUGUCUCUGUUGAACUGUGUGUUCCUGGUGUCCUGGGCCUUUGCACUGCCCUACAGCCAGUAUCGGCCCCUCGCCUCCAGCGUUUGCACUGUCUGGACGUGUGUCAUCAUCGUAUGCAAAAUGUUGUACCAGCUGAAGUCUAUCAAACCUCCAGCAUAUUCGAAGAAUUGCACUAUGGUGAGUAGAAUCACCAGACUUUUUGUAACCUCGUCAUACGACUUAUUUUGAGCAUUGGCUGGGAGGGAAUUUUGCAGUGAAUGACUCAGCCUAAAACACUCCUUCUCUAUCCACAGCCAAAUAGCUACACAGAUGUGCAGAAGAGCGAGAUGAAGGACUCCCUGCUGUAUAAAGAACCAGUGGAACCAGCACACUGGGUGGGCCUGAAGAAGCAUGAUGACCUGCUGGGAUACCUCAGGGUAAGAAGUCUGCAAGCUUCCAGUAAACACACGAUUCCAGCUGAGGGAGGCAACUUUAUAAAAAACAGAGGAUUUAGUCGAAGGAAUAGUUUGAAAACUUAAUAAUAACAAAUACUUCUCUGUAUUUGACGCUUUAACUUUAUUCAGGAGUCUUAUUUUUAUGCUCAUGUAAGGAAAGAGAGGUGUGCAUUCUCUUAUAUGUCUGUCUCCGUCCCUGCAGAACAACCUCUUGAUGCUCGCUCUGUUAGCGUUCGAGGUGACCAUCUACCGUCAUCAGGAGUACUUCAGACUGAGGAACAAACUGUCGCCUCCCGCCGCAAGGAUCAUCUUCCAUGAUAUCACACGGCAGCACCUAGACCUGGGCAUCAUCCCUUUCGUCAAAUACUUCAUCAACUACUUCUUCUACAAGUUUGGACUCGAGGUAUAGACAAGCGGCGUGGGCCAGAAACGAGUUUUAUCAGGAAACUGUCGUCUCUGUCGCUUCAUUCGUCUGUUUCUGAUGUGUUCCCUCAGACGUGCCUGCUGCUGGUGGUUAAUGUCAUCGGGCAGCGUAUGGACUUCUACGCCAUGCUGCAUGCCUUGGCUUUGAUAGCAGUGAUGUAUAAACGCAGGAGGAAAGCUAUCGCUGAGAUUUGGCCAAAGUACUGCUGCUUCUUGGCCUGCAUGCUGACUGUCCAGUACUUUGUGUGCAUUGGGAUCCCUCCAGCGGCCUGUAAAGGUUUGUGCAAUCCACACUGCUGGAUUUAACUGUAGUUAGAUUUAUUUCAUGUAACUAAAGAUCAUCUAGACUUAAAAUUGUUUGGCGUAUUUAAAAUAAUAGAUCUUCAGAUGUGGUUUUGAAAUUGUCUUUGUGAGUUAUUCGCUUUGAUUUAUCAUCUCAAGACUCUUAUCGGCGGUCCUUUUCCGGUUAAAGUGCUCCAUAAAUAAACCAGACAUUAUAAUGACGUAUUUGAGAUGAUAAUGGUGAAUGUUUUAAUUUCAGAUUAUCCCUGGAGGUUUCCGGACUCGACUACAGACUCUAAUGUGGUGAAGUGGCUCUACGUCCCAGAUUUCCUCACCAGACCCAAACCAACUUUCCUCAUCUGUAAGUAAAACCGUUCCUCUUCAUUCAAACUUGAUGUCUGCGCGUUAUCUGCAGAUUUCUGAGUUUUCUCUUUCUCAUCCAGAUGACUUCAUGUUGCUGCUGUGUGCCUCCAUGCAGAGGCAGGUUUUUGAAGACGAGAAUAAGGCAGCAGUUCGUCUCAUGGCUGGAGACAAUGUGGAGAUCUGCAGAGACCUGGACGCAGCGUCUUUCAGCGUCCACAACCCUGUCCCAGACUUCAUUUACUGCAGGUGAUGAUUUUUUCAGCAUUCAUACUUUGAUUUCAUCAUUUAAACUUACUUAUUUUUAUUUUUUUAUCUUUAUGAAAAAGUCUCAUUCUUGUGAAUCCAGUGCAAUAACUACAUGGCGCCCAAACCAAGUUUUCAUAAUUUAGGUUUUCUUGGCAUCAGAGUUGGUGGAGAGUUUUACCCUCCACAGUUGACUCGUGUUGAGUUAUCAUCAGGAUAUCAUAUAUAUUUUAAGUCAUUACCUUGAAAGUGCUUGAAAUUCACUCUUAAGAAGCCGUAAUUGCACUAAUCUAACUUUACAGAUUAUCAUCUAGAUUGUCAGCGUUAAAUCCAGAAGACUUGGGUUGUCCACGGGUUCAAGUCUAGUUUGUAUCUCUACAAAUAAAAAACAUUUAGGGCACUGUGAGAAGUUCUUAACUGGGUUUGAAACAGUCUAACUCCAAAACUGAAACUCUAUGACCUAAAAAAACAAAAUUAGACCAUCAGCAACAAACUUUUUGCUGAGGACUUAUUCUUAAACAAACUUUAGUGCUAGACAAUGAUUAAGGCUGCAUCAAGAGCGGUGUGCCCCACCUCCACUUUUUAUUUUAUUUUGUAGUUUUUUUUUAAAUUUUGUUUUAUUUCUAUUUACCUUUGCUGUUUAUGUAAAAGAAAAAAGCAAAUAAAUAAAAAGUUAAAAAAAAUAUAUAUAUAUAAAAAAAAAAAAAAAAAAAAAAAAACUUUAGCACUUGUGUUCAGGUCUGAUGGUUCAAUAUUGGACACUCACCUGAAAAUAUCAAAGUUUAGAUCAUCUGAGGUAAAGUUUGAUAGUGAGAUAUUAAGACCCCAGAAACAAAACAGCUGUGCAUUCUGUCAGAUGGUGAUAAAAAAAACUUACUUUGAUGGUUUUUUAAAACAUUUUAACUCUAUUUUCUUAAAAAGACAAUAAAUUAGAGUGACUAUAUUCUGAAUAACCAAAAAGAGAACACUACUAGGAGGGGCGGAGUCAUGCGUAGUAAAUUUUGAGGGUUUUUCGCGUCGGGUCGAGUGUUUUUUUUACACGCUUCUAACUCAGUUAAUUCACGCUACACAAACUCAAAACUUUCAUAUAAAACCCUGGACAUUUAAAGGAUUUUAUAAACUCCCCCAAACAAGGCCGGACAGCCCCCCAAAAAAGAGGACAUGUCCGAGUAAAAGAGGACAUAAGUUCACCCGACAAUAAGUAAAAUGUUGAAACUGAAUGUAAAAAUACUCGUUGACAAAGACAUCUAAACACUAAAAAGUCCUCUUACGUAAAAAGCAAGGAAACACGAGGAGGAAAAUCGAAAUGUUAUGAAUAUAACUUCUGUUCCCUGAAGGAGAGGAACGAGGUACAACACAUAUAGUAUGGGAUAUCACGCCCCUGCGUGACCUGACUGAAGACACCUUUAUUCACGCCUUUAAGGCAGAUGAUCUGUGGUGACGUCUGGGAGGCUCCGCCUGCACAUAUAUACGUGUAACACCACAGUCAUCCUUCAGUUCGAUAGCCGCUCUUCACCGAGCUCUGCCGCGCAGCGGGGCAACCCAGUGUUGUACCUCGUUCCUCUCCUCCAGGGAACAGAAGUUAUAUUCAUAACAUUUCGUUCCCUUUCAGUCGAUUCACUCGGUACAACACAUAUAGUAUGGGACAUAUAUACACGCCCCGCAGAGCAGCCACCGAACCGAAGUCAAACCUCCAAAACUUUUAGUGCAUUGUAGACCCAGCAGAAAGGACAGCGUGAGCCACCGAAGGUGCUGUCACAUCCAAACGGUAAAACCGAACAAAAGUGUGCGGUGAUGACCAACUGGCUGCAGUGCAGAUAUCACUCACAGAAACCCCUUUAAACAAGGCCCAAGAGGCCGCCAUUCCCCUGGUUGAAUGUGCCUUCACACCUUGGGGCAACGGGAGACCCCUGCUGCCGUAUGCUAAGGAGAUAGCCUCCACAAUCCAGUGGGAAAGCCGCUGCUUAGACAGCGCCUUGCCCUUGGCUGGAUUAGCAAAACAGACAAACAACUGGUCACAUAAACGCACACUCUGAGUGCGGUCUAUGUAAGUGCGUAGUGCACGCACAGGGCACAAGGAAUGCAACCUCCUCUGCUCCUCAGAUGCAAAUGGAGGGGGGCAGAAGCUCAGCAGUUCAAAACUCAUAGAGCUAUAGGCUGUGGGGAUAAUCUUAGGUAAAUACGCCGCGUUUGGACGCAAUGUAGCCUUAGAUCCAUCCGGAGUGAACUGGGUACAAGAGGGAUGCACAGACAAAGCAUGAAGGUCGCCCACUCGCUUUGCAGACGUCAAAGCAAGUAGCAGUGCAGUCUUGUAUGAAAGAAAUUUCAUGUCUGCUGACUCAAUAGGCUCAAAUGGGGGUCCACCAAGAGCCUCAAGCACCAACCCUAAAUCCCAUGAGGGAACACUGGGUUUAAGAACAGGUCUUAGCCUGCGGACUCCCUUUAGGAAGCGCAUAGCAAGAGGGUGAGCGCCUGGCGUCACACCAUCAAAGCCAACAUGGCAUGCAGAUAUAGCCGCCAAAUAGACCUUAAUUGUUGAGAAAGAGAGACCCUUAUCCAGCAGGUCCUGAAGGAAUGUUAAAACAUCCACAAUAGAACUCUGAAAUGGGAGUACAUUUCGGUCCUGACACCACUGCUCAAACGCCCGCCAUUUAUAGGCAUAUAGGCCCCUAGUAGAUGAUGCCCUUGCACUCUGGAUUGUUGCCACCACAUUUGGGGGUAGACCCUGAGCCAUUAAGUUGGACCUUUCAACAGGUAAGCAUGUAGUUUCCACAGUUCUGGGCGCGGGUGAAUCACCUCUCCUCCCGCCUGGGAGAGGAGGUCCCUGCAAAAAGGGAGCUGCCAGGGCCUCGCUACCAGCAGACUGAUUAUCUCUGCGUACCACGACUUCGCCGGCCAGCGAGGAGCCACCAGGAUCAGGGAGAGCCCCUGCUGGCGCACCCUCUCCAGAAUGGGCAGAAUCAUUUCCACUGGGGGAAAAGCAUAUAGCAGCGUGUUGGGCCAUGGGUGAGCUAGCGCAUCCAUCCCCAGGGGAGCAUUGCAGUCUGUUAUGGAAAAGAACAGGGGGCAAUGAGUAUUUGCUCUGGAGGCAAAAAGAUCUACUUCUGCCUUGCCGAAGCGGUCCCAUAUCUGAGCCACCACUAGUGGGUGCAAUCUCCACUCUCUCACAAGAGGACCCCCCUGGAGAGAAGGUCUGGUCCAAGGUUUAAGUGACCCGGAAUAUGUGUGGCUCUGAGGGACAGAAAAUGAACACUGCACCAUAGCAACAGAUAGUGAGACAGUUUUAACAGGGGAAGAGAGCGUGUCCCUCCCUGCUUGUUUAUGUAAGAAACCACGGUUGUGUUGUCCGUCCUGAUCAGAACAUGAUGGCCUGUCAGAACGGGACGAAAGUGCUUCAGAGCUAAAAGGGUAGCUAGUAGCUCCAGGUAAUUGAUGUGGAGUUUGCAUUGUGCUGGCGUCCACACACCUCUCACUGCUGCGCCCUCGCACAGAGCCCCCCAACCCCUCAGGGAUGCGUCUGUGGACACCACCUUGGGAAAAGACACCCUCCCUAUCGGAGAUCCCUGUUGUAGAAAACCGGGUUCUCUCCACGGGAGAAGAGCCGACAUGCAAGACUGAGUUAUCGUCAGCCUCCUCUGGAGGUGACGCUGCGCGCACAGCCGGUGAGACUGAGUCCAGCGUUGAAACGCUCUCAUUUUUAACAGUCCGAGCGGCACUACAGCGAUCAUAGAUGCCAUCAUGCCUGUCAGCUGUAAAAUCGUCCGGAAACACAGUUUGCGUCCCAACUGAAAUUGUGCAAGGCAGCGGUGAAACGCAGCCACCCUGCGUUCUGACAGACGUGCUCGGCUUGAAACGGAGCAUAUUUCCAGCCCGAGAAAUGAUACCUGUUGACUCGGAGUCAGUGAACUUUUCUGUAAAUUUACUGAAAAGCCCAGUGUUUGGAUGUGCGAUAGGGUCAAUGACAGCUGAGCCGCUGCUCGCUCUCUGGAGCUCGCGAUUAGCACCCAAUCGUCCAGAUAGGCUAAGAUGCGAACACCUUUCUCCCGUAGCGGAGCUAAUGCCGCCUCGACACAUUUGGUGAAUGUUCGGGGGCGAGUGAUAAGCCGAACGGCAGCACCAGGUAUUCGUAGGCUAUGCCCUCGAAUGCAAACCUUAGAAACUGCCUGUGGUCCGGAUGAAUUGCUACGUGAAAGUAAGCAUCUGUCAGAUCGAUAGUUGUAAACCAAUCUCCCGGUCUGAUCGCGCCCAGUAGCUGUCUGAGUGUUAGCAUCUUGAACCUGUAGGUUCGUAGGUAUUUGUUUAACACUCGCAAGUCUAGGAUAGGACGGAGCCCUCCUCCUUUUUUCGGAACAACGAAAUAGCGGCUGUACCAACCUUUGUUCGUUUCCGAAGCGGGAACAACUCGUAUCGCCCUCUUGUUCAACAAGUUGUUUAUUUCUUCCCUCAGCACUGCUGCUGCUUCCUCUGCUACAACUGUGUGUAUUACAGAGUGAAAGCGAGGCGGCCGGACCCUGAACUGUAAGCGGUAGCCGAUGGCAACAGUUCUCUCUACCCACGGUGAGACUGCGCAUGCGCGCCACCGAGAGAGACGAACAGUCAGUCGACUGACCUCCAGUACUGUGGGGGAGGGGUUGUCGCCCCCUAGCGUGCCGGCUGGGAACGGCAACACUUUCUCGCCCAGACCUGAUUGAUUCAUGAUGUUUUGAGAACAAAACGAAACCUUUAUUUGAUUCAAAGAACGUACAUUUGUGACAUUCACACAGUGAACAACAGGCGCCAUUAUUGGGGCAUGUGUAUGUGAGGGGGGGUUGUGCUUGGGAGACUGUGUUAAGGGAGUGCAGCGCCUCUCGGGACCGGACCCCUGAACGAACUUUAAACGCGGCCUCUUUGGCGGCAGAAAAUGAAGGGCGGCAGUGUCUCCGUGCUGCUGGCCCUCUCGAGUCGAUCCCGAAGCUAGGAUGACUGCUGCUUCUUCUUCCUGGGCGCCGAGUCCCUCCGGAAGCUCGGUGGCGGACCCUUGUUCCAAGCCGAAGGGCGUGGGUUCUGACCGGGUACAUAUCGCUUCACCGGCUGGGGCCCCAAGCUGGCGGGCGCUGCAGUCCUCUUAGGGGGAGGCGCUGGUGCCGGUUUGUGCGGAUAACCCUGUUGUUUGGGCCUCGCAUCACGCCUGGGGAUGAUGCUUCUCAAAGCUUCGGUUUGUUUUUUCCUCAGCUCAAACUUAGCUUGAAUGUCGUCGAGGGACUGCCCAAACAAACCGCUGGCCGACACAGGCUCGUCCAGAUAAACCGCUCUGUCCCUCUCCGGAACGUCGGAGAGAGUCAGCCACAGGUGCCUCUGCGCCACCACCGUGGAAGCCAUGCCUCUACCGAGAGACAGCGCUGCACAGCGGGACACACGGAGGAUGUAAUCUGUGGCGACCCUAGCUUCAUUGAGGAGAGGAGUAAGCGGACUGUCAGGAGGCAUACGCGAGCCGAGUUCUGCCAGACACAUAGCUUGAUAUGUCUGAAGCAUAGUGACGGAGCUCAGUGCACGAGCCGUAUUUGCCUGUGUCCUGUAAAUUUUAUCCAGCUGUGACGCUGAAAAUCUACAGUGCUUGGAUGGGAGCGUGAUGGGGCCACCGACACCGUGAUUCUGGGCCGGGGCCAGAUAAGCUGCCAGGGACGCCUCCAUAGGCGGAGGGUUCACCAAUCCAGCUUUUUCAGCUCCAUCUAGAUCCAGAAACUGUCCACAACCGGGCACUGUGGCGCGGGUGGACAGCGGCUUGUUCCAUGUCGAGGUUAGUUCCGCGACAAAAUCCGGGUACAUGGGCAAACUGUUCUUAACAGUCGUCGGUUCGGGUGGGAGAAAAAACCCUGUGAACCGCGACGGUUUUUGAGCUGGAGGAGGAGAGGGCCAUUCUACCUCCAGUUUCUCAGCUGCACGGCGGUACAGUGAGAGGAAGGAUGUGUCGUCCAGAUCAACCGGCGCAGCAGCGGCGGCAUACUGACCUGAAGACAACGGCUCCAGCUCAUCUUCCGAAAAACCCUGCACGUCCAGGCCGAUGUCCAGCACGUCAUCGUCCUCCUGGUAACAAGCAAGCCCGGAUAGCGGCUGGCCAGCGCCCUCGGAGGGGCCCGGCUCAAACCCAGCUGACCCGUCAGCACACUCCACAUGGUCUGCCCAGCUUCCAACUGAGCCUUCGACCAGAAAGUCCUCACCACCGGACUCGGACGAAGCCGGGUCUCUGGACUCGGAAAGGAGGGGGUCGUGCUGCGCAACAGCGGUUUUUCCAAGAAUUUUCUCCACAAACUUGACCCGCCUUCCCAGGGUUGAGCUCCGAAGCCGGUGACAGGACUCACACGACUCGGGCUCAGUCAACGCCCUCCUGGCGUGGACAAUCCCCAGGCAAACGGGACAAGCCUCGUGAAGAUCCUUCUCGUGAAGGGAGAAGCCGCACCCCUGAGGACAGGGGCGAACAGAAGACUUCGCCUUCACCUUCAUGGGCUUAGAGCUCAUAACGAGACUCAAAAGCUGAACGAAAUUAGCGCUCCGCGGGUAGCCGUAGGCUAACACCAACAGGGGCAGUUGAGCUAAAGUCGAUCAAGCAGUAGCCAGAGACAAGACCAGGCUAAUUUAGCAGCAGCUAGUUAGCCCGACUCGGUGUAGGUGUUCUCAGCGAGGUGAAGAGCGUAAGAACUGAAGGAUGACUGUGGUGUUACACGUAUAUAUGUGCAGGCGGAGCCUCCCAGACGUCACCACAGAUCAUCUGCCUUAAAGGCGUGAAUAAAGGUGUCUUCAGUCAGGUCACGCAGGGGCGUGAUAUCCCAUACUAUAUGUGUUGUACCGAGUGAAUCGACUGAAAGGGAACUCCUUUUUAGGUUAGUUUAACCAGUUUGUGACAUGCUGGUUAUGAAGGAGGAAACUGCAGGGAUGCUGAGUUUCUCUGAGGUAAAAAUGGGGAGAGACGUAAGUAAGUAAAACGCUAAAAAAUUUCUGUAUCUUUUCCCCCUCUGUAAUAUUACAAAGAAAUGUACAACACUGCGUUAAAAAUAGACACAACUCUGAAAAGAUUACGUCUGAAAGGAAAUAAACACAGCAUGAAAACUUGAUAGAUCUUUACGACAUUUGUAGGAAAAGGAAAUGUCACAUUUGGUUUAUGGUCACAGAGCUAAGAAGAAGAUAAGAUGUGAAUUUAUCAGGAAGUAAAAAACACUUUCCCAUCCGAGUGCCUCAUUGCUCCAUGAUUUCUGCAUUUUGUAUUAUUUGUCUAAGAAAUACAACAUUGAUUCAGCACCAACAUCCAAGACACGGUGAAAUCAGACACUUGAGUCCAGUGUGGUCAAGCUGCCAAAAGCAAACUCAGUCUAAAACUGUUGUUGCUCUUGGCUGCAGACUGUGUUACUGGAGAAAUCUUAAGUGGGGUGGUGCUGAAUAAGAACCUCUUUACUCAGCAAUCUUUUGUCCUAGAUAAAUAAAGGUGAGAAAAAAUGACAGGAGCUUACUGAGUCAUCAUUGAGUAACCACUGAGAGCGUGAGUCCGAACUUUAGCUGCUGCCCGAUAUUUGAAUCCAGAGAUACCAGAGACUGACUUUACACGUGAAAAAAGACAAGAGUGAAGGUUUUGGAGGCGGGGCCGUACAGCGAGAGCAUCCUGACCUGUCCACAGUCAUUGAUUAUGUGCUCUUCACAUUCCACUGUUUUGAUGCACAAAGUGGACAAGUCUUUUAUUAACGCACUCUGUGUCCAUCAACAAGCCUUACAGCAGAGAGAAAGAGAGCCGUACAGCCUGUCUGUCCACGCCACAGCAGCUCUGCACUUAUUCCAUCGUUUCCCUCCAGGAUCGAAUUACGGAUACGGGGUGGGGGCGGGGGAGAAAUCCAUAAUCCACAAAAACACUCUGUCCGUCACUCCACGACUCAGACGCUUUUGCCCUGUACUCUAACUCAAUAAAUAGCUUUUAAGUAUGGAAAAGGUAUUUUCUCCCCCUGAUGAAGAAGGACACUCACUCAGCUAUUCCGGCCCAUCAACACAGCGUCCCAUCCUAACCCACUUCAUCAAAGCUGCUUCCUAAACAGAGCAGCUGUUAUCGGCUUUUCAUGGUGCUCCAGGUCAGCCGGCUUCCUUUGUGUUCACACAUCAUAUUAACCGUCAUGCUUUCAGCUUAUUAGGCACACACACAAACAAAAAAACACACACACACACAAGACAUGCAGAGCUUUACCUGCGCUGUGUGACAGGAGUCAGGUUUCUCUCUGGUUCACUUUUAUCGAUCAGACUCUUACCGGUGUCCUGACGCUAAGUGAUACACUAAGUGUGAUUGAUGGGUCGAUUACGCACCCUGCAACAGAAUGAACUCGAAUGUUGUUUCGACCCCGAUUUUGUGGGCAACAUGCAUCCUACCAGCAGCUGAGCUCAGAUGGUGAGGGUUGGUUAGGACUUCAAAAUAAAAGCGUAGUAGGAGUCAGAAGGUGCUCCAGUUGGUUUAGCAUGAAGAGAUAAAACAUAAGAAAUCCUAUCUUCAUGAGGCAUGAUGUCCACAGCUUAUAAUAUACUAUGCAUUUAAAGGCUUAUAAAUGUGAACAUACUGCAUUGUAAGCAGUGGGUCUGUUGUUUUUUUUCACAUUUAAAUCCCUUGAAAACUUCUAUAUCUUAUACUUUAUCUCAAAAAAGUCAGAAAAUCAACUUAAAAUACUACCAAGAGUGACACAAUGACUAAAUACACAAAAAUACUACAAAGUCAUGCUACCUGUCGCUAAUUUGCUUCAUUAUCAUUUCACAGCUAUUUGUAUAUGUUACACUCGGGAAAAUAAACACACAUUUAACUAUUCCUCUUGAUUAAAGGAGGCCUAGUUUGCUGGUCAUUAUUGAAACACAUGCAUUCAAAGUUACAAUGUUAGAUAUCCAUUAAAAACCUCAGUUCAGUUUCAAGAUAAUAAAAUAUACAGUGGAAAUGUAACGAUAAAUGGACAAUAACUACUCCACAAGCUGCUCAUCCCCUCCCACAUUAACUCCUCACCUGUCUUUCCCUCUUUGUUACGGACUGGAUGGGGUGGAGUCACGUCUCUGACGUAGGACAGGGUCUUAAAGGGACAUGAGACCAUAGCCUACCUACACACAUCCAAAACCAACUUUUACGUAUUCAUGUUUUUUGACACCUAAUGUAUAGAUAUGGGCAAAAUGACAUCGGUGAUUGUUGUAAAUUUCUGUAUUGGAAAAUUUUCAGUGUAUCGCCCAGCCCUAUCUCAUACUGUGUUUUCUCCAGUGUUUACCUCAUGUAGUUUUGUUAUUUCUCAGUCGUGAACAACAGUUACAGUUGUGUCAUUAACCUCUCCUGUCUUUUCCCACCGCAAACAAACCAGUUAAAAUAAACUGGACUUCUUUUAGUGCGUCAAAAUAGCCACAGUUAGUCCUUAAGAGUUUGUGAUUGCAAACGCAGAUUGUAUCUUUGGAGAAUUGAUCAUCAUUUGUGAACUUAAAAACAGGAUGCCCUUAAAAAAAUCUGGACUUACACAAAAUGUUGCCAACAGCUGAAAAGACCAUGAGACUCUGUGGUUUUAAUGAAUAUCUCUGCAGACGUAUUUUAAUAUGGGAUCACAGAUAAUAUAUGUCUGAUAUUUAGCUCCCACCUCUGCUCUGUAGGUCCUACCUGGACAUGAUGAAGGUCAUCAUGUUCAGCUACCUGUUCUGGUUCGUCCUCACCAUCAUCUUCAUCACGGGAACCACACGCAUCAGUGUCUUCUGUAUGGGUUACCUAGUGGCCUGUUUCUACUUCCUGCUCUUCGGAGGCGACCUGCUGCUCAAACCGAUCAAGAAGAUCCUCCACUACUGGGACUUCCUGAUCGCCUACAACAUCUUUGUGAUCACUAUGAAGAACAUUUUGUCUGUGAGUUGUCGAUUUCAAACUAUCCACAGUGAGCGAUAAUGCGACUCUAUGAUAAAACACGAAUAAUAAAUCCUGAUGGUGAUGUUUUUGCUCUCAGAUUCUGGCCUGCGGCUACAUCAACGCUCUGGUUGUGAAUCACUGCUGGUUGAUUCAGCUGCUGAGUCUCGCCUGCACCAUCAAGGACUACAAAGACACAGUGAAGCCGUGUGAGUGGACCAACAUCCUCUUUCUCUUUGUAUUUUCUAUUAUCUGUUAAGGUGAAAGAUUUAGCAAGAAGGAUAUACUGACUGUCAUACGCAGGAUAUGAAUGUACUUCCUGCAGAGCUUUAAUCAAACCACCUCUAUAGUUAAUUCUCAGGCCGGUUUUAUUCAGCACCGCCUUAUCUUAAUCCCUCCAAGCUACUGAUUAACAGUGAAUAUAAACACUGCCACAAUCAUGUCAUUGACAGAAUAAGAUUUGCUGUGUUACAGCGAACGAGUGUGAGCUGCCCAGCAACGAGGCCGGCAUCAUCUGGGACAGUAUCUGUUUCGCCUUCUUGCUGCUGCAGAGACGAGUCUUCAUGAGCUACUACUUCCUCCAUGUGGUGGCUGAUAUAAGAGCCUCGCAGAUCCUCGCAUCCAGGUACACUUGCUGAGGCCGAGGCCGUAUGUCAGAGAAAAGAGCUGUUGAGCUUGGGCAGUUCACCUUUGCAGCGUUUAUUUAAACAAGGAAGAAAAAGUUGACGGUUUUCAUGAAAGAAAGUAAAAUUCUGACAGGAACAAAUCAGGGAGUGCUGUCGAACUCAUCAUGUUUCAUCUCUUGUAACUCCAGAGGGUUUACUUCAUGUUUUAUAUUGAUAUGGAGGGAAAUUAAAUUUCGAUAUGUAUUGUUAUCGUUUUAUUGCCCGGCCCUGUGUACAGGACAAGUUUGUCUACAACAGGCGAAAAAAUUGACCUAGGAAGAAAGUUCCUCACAGGAGCUUAAAGCUGCAGAGUGACACCAGACUGAGACAUUAUAGUUAAAGAUCAGAGGGUUCAUAGGUUAGUUUAACGUGUAUUUGGGGUCAUCAAAAAGUGAAAAUGACAGGCUGUUGUGUGUUACAGAGGGGCGGAGCUCUUCCAGGCCACCAUAGUGAAGGCGGUGAGAGCCAGACUGGAGGAGGAGCGCAAAUCUGUGGAGCAGCUGAAGAGACAGUGAGGCUCUGAAUAUUUCACUUUGCUUUGGAUGUUACCAAAUACAAAAAAAAUUUGGUGUAUAUUCAUGUAAAGUUAAAAUGAAAAAUGCACAUAAUUAAAACCACAGAAUUAGGUACACCAUGCUAGUCCAGGGUUGGCCCUUUUUCACCUUCUAUAAGCUUUGUGACAUGGCACGUUAGCCUCAUUGACGUCCUGGUUAGGUCUAUUUCAUGGUUUUGAUGAUCUGUCAUCAGACUAGCUUGGCUUUAUAAAGUAAUAUGUGAAUAAACACGGUCAGAAAGCCGUUAAAGACAGUUCACGGUUAAAAACGGAGAGGUCUGACUCCAUCUUUAUGAUUCCAGGAAGCCAUCUCUUAGUAUAUGAUACUACAUAAAAGCGCUGUAUUUCCACCACUUACAGUUAGCUGAGGAGUUCCUCAUAAGCACUGAUAACAUCCACUCACCCGCUCUAAUGAGCACUCUGACGUUACGUAACGUACACUAAUUUCCAUAUGAAGUCCGGCGAUGUUUAUGUGCUUGUUCCCCUGUGUCGAUACUCUGUGUCUCUUCACCGUCUCUCUGAUCUAAUCAGGAUGGAGCGCAUUAAGGUGAGGCAGCAAAAGUUUAAGAGAGGCAAGGAGAAGAUGCUGAGCAUAGCACAAGAGUCUGGAGAAGGACAGACCCUCGUCCAGGCCGAGGAGGAUGAUGAUGACGGUAUGAUGAAGGCUGUUAGGGACUCGCUCUGGUGUUUUUAGGUUUGAUGGCAGCUAGCAUAGAAGUGAUAAAAAGUGUGUUUUCAUCAUGUAUUUCCUUGAAAAGAGCAAAUUAACAGAGAAGAAAAGUACCUUGAAGUUUUUCUUAUUUAAAUGUUGCAUUGCUGUAUUUGUGAAAUUUUAGGAGCACAGCGAACGAAAGCCAAGACCAAAAUAAAGCAGUGGUGGAGGCCGUGGGUUGACCAUGCUUCCAGUAGGUUGACCCCCACAAACCCCCCUUUUUUCUCUUCCUCCACUCUGAUUGGCCCUUGUGUCCUUGACCAGAACGCUGAGGAUUCCCAUACUGCCCCUGGGCUCUGAAGGCACCAACACAGUAGCUUUACUCCCCUCCCUAGACGUUAGUCCUUUUCUGUCUCUAUUUAAGGGCCCUUGUAACCUGUAGCUCCUGUGUAACUGUACACUGUGUGUGUGGAGAGGCUCUUCAGUCUCAAGAUGAUCUAUAAAAGCGUGUCAGUAUCGGCGCGGAGCAGGGUUUCCUUAAAUAGACACGGUGAGACAGCAGAGAAAGAGAAAAAGACUAACGGCUGGAGGUUUGUACUCGACAUCUUGGAAACAUAAACACCAUCACUGGUCUCACCUACAGAGUCCACAGUAGAGAAUCGCUCUGUUGUCAAACAUCUUCAUGCAAAGACAUGAAGCCGGCUCGCCUUUUAUUCUCAGUACUGGAAUAAAGGACAGGAAGAGUCGGUUCAUUCUUUGCCUGCAGACAUGAUCACCAAACAGGUGUGCAGAUAAAAAAAGAAAAAACCAUCAGAGAAGUGACCAAACUUUAAAAAAAGAAGAAGUAGACUCAGAUAUAUAGAUAGCAGCAUUUUCCCAAGUUUCCUGUUUGGUUUGCACUCAUGUCUCAUCUCGUACUCCACCCCCACAUGACAUCUUCGAAUCACUCCUCUAUUUUCUCUCCGUCAUUCGAUGUUUCAUCUUCAUUUCCCAGCAUCCUCCCUCACUCCCCCCGCCCACUGCGGUUCUGUUCAAGGACAUAAGUCAGCCUUGUCUAUCCCAUUGCUUCUAACUCUUAACUAACGCAGACAGGAGUCACUGGCUCUGUCGUGAGGUUUAAAAGGCGAUUACUACAGCAAGAGUCUCUAACAGACGUUCUUCACUGCUCACAGUUUAAUCAGUCAUUAGUUGAUGAUAUGUCCUGUGUUUCCUGUCAUUCCUCUGACGUUUGAGUCUGAAUCAUAACACACUGUACGCUAAGAUAAAAGUGUAGAGAAUAAGGUAGAGUUUAAUGGUAAGUGGUUUGACUGUCACGCAGCUCUGUUUCAGCAAAGACAACCUCGCCUCAGACUCAUUUGAAAUGCUUUGGAGAUGAAUGUCUGUUGCCCGUGUGUUUGACUGAAUGUAACUCAACCUUCUGCCCCUUAGUGGUUAGAAGUGGAGACUAUUACUUGUUUGAAACUGACAGCGAGGAGGAGGCGGAGGAGGAGGAGGAGAAAAAAGACGACGAGCCACCCAAGAAGUCGGCGUUUCAGGUGACUUCCAGGAGAAAACUCAUUUUCCAUCGCUGAUAUUUAUUCACUCAAUUACAUGUUUUUAUCACUGGUGACAAAGUUCUGCGCUCAUGAGUGUAUUUUAGAGUUUGUGGAUAGUUAUUAUUGAUACUAACACUCACACUAAUUGUUUAUUAAUCCUCCCUGCUUCCUAACAAAGCUGACACCUGCUGUUUCUAACAAUCUGAAAUAAUCCUCCUAACCUGACCUAACCUCUGACUCUGUUGUCUCCCUGUAGCGAGCUAUCGGGAAGUUUGUCUCUGCUGUUCUGGCUUUGCCCAAGUCUGUCAUUAAGCUGCCUAAAACUAUCCUGCAGUAUGUAGUCAAGGCAGGAAAGGUACUCACCACCAUCAGCGAACACGGCUCUCUGUCUGCAUGAACGUGUUAAAUACCGAGAUCAUCCAGAGAGAGCCGCCCUCUCCAGCUCAUGUUUAGUGUCAUGUAGAUUAUCGAACAUCAACUUGACCUUUUGCAUGUUCCCUCCUGAAUGCAUGAGCUUUAUUCGGACAGGGUUUUGGUUUUUGAGUGUUUGUUUUGUCUUUUCAUGUGGUCUGCUGCUGCGCCGAGCUUGUUUUAGUUGUGAUGCAUCCAGCUGUCGGUCCUGGUGAGAGACAUUGUGUUUUAUGUUACACUGGUGGUCGUGCAUGUUUCUCACAACUGAAUCCUGGGUGUUAAUGUCAAUGUGCAACUGCAGAUAAUAAUCAGGUUUUAUGACCGAAAACAUGCAAACUGCCACCUUUUUCUUUCUGCUUGGUGUUGCAUGUGAGACCCUUUCUUCUCUUCUGUAUUUAACUCCUACUCUGUCCUCCAGUUUCUCUACCACGCCUGGAUCACAGACCCCAAAGCCGCACUGAGAGCUCGAGGCAAAGAGAAACGCAAGUUCUGGAAAAAAUACACCAAAGGAGUCAGACACAGAAAAAGCAAGAAAGAUGGUGAGAGAGUUCAACAGACAAAGACUUACAUGAAACAAACUUUAGUGUCAGUGGAUUUAACCUGAGGUGUCUUUACUGCUCUCCAGCGGGUCAUGUGACCAUAGACUUCGGAGAGCUCUCAGAUGGAGGAGAUAAAAGUGAGGAGAGUAAGAAGUCUGGUAGUCCAGGUAAGUUUCUAUUACAGACUUUUUUUAAUGAAAUCUUUUAACAAUUUCUAGAUUACUGGCAGUCAAGUUUCGGUUUUGGAAGGUUUGUGACCCUAAAUACUCAAUCAGGACUUAAAUUAUAACAAACAGUAAUAUAACAGUGGUCAUUAUACAGUAUUUGUUCUGGGCUUUUGUGUUUGGCCGUAAAAAAAUAAGAGAUGAAAUAAUUUGAGAAUUUCCCUUUAAGCGUUUGUGGGUAAUUUUCAGUACAUGUCAAUUCUGGCGCCCCCUGUGGCCAAAGAAAUCUUUGCUUAUCCUGUCCUCGAUGUGCUUGAGUUUUGAUUUUAGACGAAUAAAUCUUCAACUGCUGGUUUUUGACAGUCAAAUUAUGUCAGUUAUUAUUAUUAUUAUUAUUGUUAUUAUUAUUAUUGUUGUUGUUGUUGUUGUUGUUGUUGUUAUUAUUAUCAUUACUACUUCUAUAAUUAUUAUUGUUAUCAUUACUAUUAUUUUUUUUAAUCACUAUUAUUAUUAUCAUUAAUACUAUUAUUGUUUUCAUUCAUUCAUUUAUUUUUUAGUCCCGUUUUUAACAUGUUUUCAUAUUUUAAUGUACUCCCUCCCUUUGCAUUAUUACCCUUAUUUUACCUUAUCUUAUUUUAUUAUUUAUGUAUUUAUAUCUCCUUCUCUUUUAUCUGUCCUUUAUCCAUCUUCUUCCUUUUCACCAUCCUGAUGUGAUGCCGUCAACCAACCGCCAAUCUUCCACUGUCCAUUUCUAACUGUCUAUUUUUAACUGUGCUUUUUUUCGUAACUGUCAAUUUCUCUUUGUUCGUUUCUGCCUUUGUUUGCUUCUCCUGUUAAAGCACUUUGUAAAGAUCUGUUUUUAAAGGUGCUAUAUAAAUAAAGUUGUUGUAAUUAUUAUUAUUAUUAUUAUUAUUAUUAAAUGUAUUAAUAAUCAAGAAUAUUUGUGGAAAUAGUAAAAACAGAGCUGUUUCUUUAGCUGCUCAGCUGACACCCUCACAUACAGAACAGCAGCUUUAAGUACAAAAACACCUUUCUUUUUGGGACUAGAUUUUGGUUACACCUAUUAAACUAUCAUAUUGUAAUAACCUGGAGCCACAUAUAUUUAGCUUUUUUGUGAUAAACUGUGGUGGUUGUUCCUUUUUAAACAACACCAAAACAAUCAUUAUUGGUGAAUUUUUUGAAGAAAUCUCAUGCCAAUCUGAAAAAUUUUGAGGUUUGAAAUGUGCCCCGGAAACUUUAAAUAUUUGAACUGUUAUUUUUCACUCCUCUCCUUUUAGAUAACAUCAUCAAGCGAGUGUUCAACAUCAUAAAGUUCACCUGGGUGCUCUUUCAGACGACGGUGGAGAGUUUCACUAAGUGGAUGAACGACAUGUGCAGAGAGUACAUCGACAUCUCCACUGUGCUUAGGAUAGAGCGCUGCAUGCUGACCAGAGAGGUCAAAAAGGUACAAAAUGACGUUUUUACAUUUUAACCCACAUUAUCUAUCCGAAAGAGUCCUAUGAAGAAGACCAUGAUGACUUCUUAACCAACAGGGAAAUGUGCCGUCCAGAGAGAGCAUCCACGUCUAUUACCAGAAAGCCAUGAGGCUCAACAUGUCCAGGCAGGCCAGCAUGGAUAUACUCAGUGAGGACGAGUCGGCGUCAGGCUCCUCCAGGGGCAGAAGAAGGCGAGGAGGCUACCGCAUGGAGAGCCAGGACUCCACUGCAUCCAGAGACAGCAUAUCCAGGUACACGGAUACUCCUGAUGGUGGUCAUAUUUAUCAGUUAUUCAACAUUUCAUCUUCAUUUCCACCAACAAUUCAUGUUUUUUUUACUCAUGUGACAAGGUAACCAGAGCAACCUAACAUAGAUCUCAUCUCAUUCUUCUCAUUUACUUCUCAUCCCAUCGGUCACUCACCACCUCUCAGUGCCGUGACUGAGGCAACCACGCUCUUUUCCCGCCAAUCCACGCUGGAGGACUUGGACGGGAUGCCGGAGUGCAUUCCUAAAACCAGCGAGCGGGCCAGGCCCAAACUGCGAAAGAUGUACAGCCUGGACAUGUCCAAUUCAUCAAUGGACAGCUGCAGCAGCUUCGUGUCCAGGUGCUUGGCCCCCGGCAUCACCCAUAUACAGGACACACUUACCAUGAAAUAUGUUUACAUGCACAGAGUAGCCUGUAAGCUGCUUUAAACUAACAUGCAGCCCUGAAUCCUCUUCAUCAGCUUAACCUCAGAAACCGUCAGCAGGUUGGUUUGUUUCAGUGCUUUUACAAACUAUAGAAGCUCUAUUACAGGUUUUUUUUAAACAAACUGUGGUUAGGUCCCAAAAUAUGACACCUAAUGCUCCAAGAACUUAUAAUAUCAGCUUAACACUUGAUUUUUAAAACCCAUUUUCCAGAAAAGAUAGGAGGCUGUAUGAAAUGUUGCUAAAAACAGAUUUUAAUAGUCUAGUUAUAAUUUAAAUGCUCUUUUUGAUAAAAAAUAACCUAAACACAACAUGCUGAAACUGAAAAGUUUGACUUUUAACUUUAAAUUUGAUGAACAUGUUUCAGAAAGUAACGAUAGAGACAAUAAAACUCUUUAAAAAAGUUUUAAAAGACUUAUCUGGAGGAACAUCCUCGGACUAACUGGGUGGAUUUGCAACAGGUUGGUAACAUGACUGGAUUUAUGAAAGGACAUCAAAGGGGCUGAGUCUGUCAGGAGCAAAGAUGAGAUGAGGUUUACCAAUCUGAGAGAACCUGUGUAAGCAAUUAAUGUGACAAUGUCGGAAAAUGUUCCUGAGCGUAAAACUGCAAUUUUUUUUAAUCAAUCAAUCAAAUUUUAUUUAUAUAGCACCGAUUCACAGUGAAAAAAGAGCAGGUCUAGACCACGCUCAUUGUUUGAUGAAUUAUCAAGACCCAACCUUAAGAUGGGACAGAUUUGACCCAUCUCAUAUAACAUGAGUGACAGUGGCGAGGAAAAACUUCCUUUUAACAGGCAGAAACCUUGAGCAGGACCAGACUCAUGUUAGACAGCCAACAAGCCACUGCUGGGUUUGGGGGAAAUACAGAGAGAGACAGAGAAGGAGAGAGAGAGUCGAGAAGAGAGGGCAAAGGGGGGGAGAGAGAGAACGAGGGAGAUAUUUUGGGGAUAUUCUCUUCUAUGGAACAUGACAGCAGUGAAAGAUCCAGAGAAAGAGGAAAAAAAGUCUUGAAAGAAGAGGGACGAAGCCCAGAACUAGUACUGGAUGGCUGUGAUUUUUGUGCCUUAAGAUGGCGCCGCAGCACCGACAGUCAUGACUCUGUAGUGGAAAUCACUGCAUAAGCUCAAAAUCACCUUGAAAAAACAACUGAGUUUAUCCCAGCACCCACAAAUGCAGGUUGAGGCAGAAACCUCGAACUAAACCAGAAUCAUGUGAGACAGAGAGCGAAUAGAAAGAGAGAGACGCAUAUCAAGAGGAAAUCAGGAUCCAGAACCACAGGUGACUUCUCGAGGCCUGAGCCCAAACCAGAUGGACUUACGUCAGUCAGAUGAAGUAUUAAAAUGAUUCGCAAACCAUCAAAGUCUGUUUUUAUCAACACAGUGUCUCUACUUUUUUAGAAUUUGUGUCCAAAGAUGGUGUUAAACACACGUCACCCCAUCAUCAUCAUAAUUAGAGAACAGUUGGAAAUGAGUGUGCAUGUAAACAUAUCGACUUUCACAGGCAUUACCAAAAUCACUGCAUCUCCUCACUUCAGUUCAUCCAAGUUUAUCCCUCGCCCCUCUUCACAAUACAUUCAUAAUACCAAAGUUACAGAAGUUGAGUUUCUCUCCUUGUGAAUUACUUUUUGCUGCCAUUAUGAGCCGUAAAUCGAGGGGUGUUGUUGAUGGUGUGGCGUUCAUCUUCACCGGUACGCAGAUGGACGUUCACACACCCCUGAUGUUCUUGUCCCCUGCAGUGAAGCGACUUAAUGCGUCAUCCUCUACUCCAGACAGGGCACCGCGGACACCAUCGAAGAAGUGGAGGACGAGCAGGAUCAAGGAGAAGACAGGCAGCAGGUUUGCUGGGAAUCCCAACAGCUCGACGAGAGCGAGGGGGCCGAGGGCGGUCCGUGGAGUGACGGAGAACCCAGGGAGAGACGGGAGGAGGAAGAGGAGGGAGAGCGAAAAGAGAGACCAGAGGGCGAGAAGGACAAGGACCAUGAGGGAGUGGAGGGUGAGGAAGGAGAAGAGGUACGAAAUGAACAACAGGGCAAAGAGAGAGGAGAGGCUCUCUGGGAGUCUUUUGGCCCGGAUGAGGGUCCCUCCCCCAGGCAGGAGGAGGUGGACUCUGCCCCCUCUGGACAGGAGAAAGACUUUAUCACUGAGAGUGAGGACGGGGGAGGACAGCAGGACUUCAUGCACACAGAGGGGCGGGCGGGACUGCUGUACACCCCGGAUACAGAUGCUUCCAAAACGUCUGACGCUGACGUUCCCCCCAGCUACAGCAAAGCGGUCAGCUUUGACCGGCUGGAGGUCAGCGACGAUGAGAGCGACAUGGACAGGAGGAGGCGUAUGGUGAUGACCUCGGACAGUCGCUCAGACAGCAGGUCAGACCUGGUGAUGCCCUCCAUGACCACUGAAUUGACCGCCAGUGAACUGCUGCUAAACAAGUAAGUCUAGCAUGUCUCAUUGAAGUACUGAUGAUUGUUUCAGGCGUGUUUAUGACCCAAACAUGAGGAUUUUUUAAAGGACACCUAGUUCACUCAUUUUUACCUCUCAUAAUGCCAGUCUGGGACACCUAAAGAGUUGCUUUGUGUGAUUUACAGCCCAUAAAAAAAUCUCAUAUGUGCGUCCAUGAAAGGCCUAAAUUCGGCGCCUCUCCAGAGUUCUGCCUGAAACGCCUCAUUGUGGCUGCUUCCCCUGUCAUAAAAACUUAGACGCAGCUUGUGGGUGUUACUUUUCAUUCAGCUUCGGAGUCUCCUUUGUAGUUGGCGCCCACUUAGCUCCUCAUUUAGCACCAUCAGCAGACAAUAGCUGUAGUUACAUAAUCUGCUGCUGCUGUAAUGCUGCUGAUAGUUUGUGGUUCUGAGCCUUCAUAAAGGGUCUUUAUAGGUGGAACAGACCCAGGUUUCAGAGACAGCUGAGAUGUGAAUCUAGUUUAUUUAGCCUUUGUGUACACAUGAGAUGUGUGAAAUGGUUGUGACUGUUGUUGUCCUGAAAACAGAAAAUAUGAACAGGUGCUGCUUUGGAGCUGACUGUCCUUCAACAUGGUGCUAAUGGGAUAUCAGAGUAGGGCUGCGCGAUAAACCGAAAAUUUACCGAAACAGAAAUCUACAACAGUAUCCGACGUUAUUUUGCCCAUGUCAAUAUAUUCGGUGUAAAAAUAAAUAAAGUUAGUUUUGGAUGUGUGUAGGUAGGCUGUGGUCUCAUGUCCCUGUAAGAUACUGUCCUACGUCAGAGACGUGACUCCACCCCAUCCAGUCUGUAACAAAGAGGGAAAGACAGGUGGGGAGAUGGAGGACGGUUCAAAAGUUGUAGCGGCUGAAGUAGACAAAGUUAAUGUGGGAGGGGGUGAGCAGCUUGUGGAGUAGUUAUCGUCCAUUUAUCGUUAUCGAGGUGAACUGCUCAAUAUAUAAUGAUAUUGAUUUGAGGCCAUAUCGCCCAGCUCUGUGUCAGAGCCUGACAUCAGGUCAGGUCCAGCAAAGUUGUUGAAAUACGCCAAAAACACUUCCACUGUAUUUUUAAGUAUUAUAAAACUUAACAGAGGUUUUUGAUGGAUAUUUAAUGGACCUAUGGAUAAUGAAUGCAAAUUAGCAACAGGUAGCAUCACUUUGUAGUAUUUUUGUGUAUUUAUAGUAAUUUUGUCACUCUUGGUAGUAUUUUAAGUUAAUUUUCUAACUUUACUGAAUCGCUCUGCUCUUCUUUUCUGUCUCAUGAGUUAUUUUGUGAAUCUUCAUGGUCCUAAGUUGUCUCAUCGCUCCUUGAAUUCGCUUCUAAAAUAUUCCAAUAGUGUUAUCCACACGUCCCUCCAGCUGAAGGAUCAUCAGCAGGAAAGGUAGUGGUGAUAUUUUUGUGUAUUUGGACACAAUAACAGCUUCAACUUGGCCGUUUGGGCACUUUCGGUUUGAUGCACAUGCCUCCUGGAGAUGGUGUGGUCUGUAAAAUGCUGACCUCUUGCACGUAGUAAGGAAAAAGUCUAGGUGCGCACAUGCACCUCUCUCUGAAUUUCUUUGUGGGUAUUUAUUUCUUUGUGGCCUCACCGUGCUCGUUUUAAGGUUUUGUAGCAUCAUGUUGAUUCUCUUAAUAGUCAAACACAUGAAUAAUACAAUACAGUGAAGCGUUUUUGUGCAAUAAGAAGAUAAAACCGAUCAAUCUGUCUCCAUCGCUCAGGAUGUUUUACGACGAGGAGCUGGAGGAGUCUGAUAAAUUCUACCACAACCAGCCUCUGAUCCUCCAGCUCUACUACGCCCUCUACAACAUGCUGGUGGCUCAUUCAGAGAUGGUGUGCUACCUGGUCAUCAUCAUCAACCACAUGGUGUCGGCCUCCUGUGCUACCCUGGUCCUCCCCAUCACCAUCUUUCUCUGGGCCAUGCUGUCAGUGCCCCGCCCCAGCAAGCGUUACUGGAUGACAGCCAUCGUCUACACUGAGGUUCUGAUGUGAUUUACAAACUGUCGACUAUCCUGAGAGUAUUUAUUUCAAAAAGCAGAAUUUGAUCAAAGUAAACAGAUCAUUGCUUUAAAAUCAAGGACUGAUGAUGGGAUUUUAUAGAUUAUUAUAAACAGUCUUUUUUUAUGUUUCAAAUUAAAAUUUUCAACCCAGUAAUAACAGCUUCACUAACAGCUAUUUGUUUUUCUUCUAGGUCACUAUUGUCACCAAGUACUUCUUCCAGUUUGGCUUCUUCCCCUUUAACCAAGGCCACGUGGGGAAAGAUAAACCGUAUCACCCUCCGAACAUCAUCGGCGUGGAGAAGAAAGCCGGAUACGUUCACUGUGACCUGGUCCAGCUGCUGGCUCUCUUCUUCCACAGAUCUAUUCUCAAGGUGAGCACAGACCCGCGUGAUUUGGACAAUAGUAACCAGAAAGUAGUCUGUUUGACUCUCAGCAUGUAAAUGAUCAUUCAUUCACUUGUUUAUUAAAGGUGGGAUAGUCAGGAUCUGAGGAAGUGCCAGUUUUUGGGAGAAAUCUUGAAUGUAAACACUACCCCUUCCAACCAGUUUUCCCCUCAGCUCCUCCUCUCUCCUCCCUCUCUGCUCCAGGAAGCCCCACCCACAAAUGGACGCUCCUGCUCGCUUGUAUCUUGCAGAUAAAUACUUCAGAUAAUCACAAAUGGGACCCAGUCAAUGUAAAAGUAAACAGCAUUGAUGCUACUGUAGAUGCCAACAGACUACCAGCAAACACAAUGUUUGCAGGACUUCUACAACUAGGAUAAAGUGACAUAGUCCAGGACCCGAGGUCAACAGUUUAGCAGCGCUACAACAUGCAGCAGGUCCUGUUUGACAAGAAACACUUCUGUUACAGACACUUGGCUUACUUUGUUAAAGCGGUUUACCUGUCCAGCAGAAAGGUUACAGGGUCAAGAAGAUCCAAAAGCGUCCCCCAUCGUUCAUGCUUCAUUGAUGUUGACCCUGAUUUUAGCUCUUGACCUCCUUUUUAAGCGCCUGUUGUUCCGCCAGAGUCUUCGGUAUUUACUUUGUUUUCUUGCACGUGUUGGCAGUCGUGGUCAAAGGAGGAUUCAGACAAUUGCCCGUACUUUCUGGUUGGUUUCUACUGUCCAAUAUUGUCGCACGCUAACUUUGUUUGACCUCCUGAACCUCAUUUGAAGACGUGGAGCGUGCCUCAACACAUGAGGGAGCAACGUCUGCCUUACAACCAAUCAGGUUGAGGAGGUGGAGAGCAGCUUUGUUUACAGGCAAAAUGAGUGGACUGCUAAAAAAUUGAAAAAUGUUGACCACACAGACAUAAGAGAACACAGCGAUAUCGUUAUAGUCCCAAAUGUCAGCAAUAACUAAUAGCUAUUGACUGAUAUUAAAAGCUUUUUUGUACAAACACCACAAAAAAGACGCGUCUUUAACGGAUUCCUGCCUACACCACCUUUAAUUUAAACAAUGAAAGGCAAACAACUGCUUUUUGUUUGGUUGUGUUGUUUCUCUGAGUAAGGGAACCUUCAUGAAACAAACUAUUGAUUUGACCCUCGGCCUGGUGGACACACCAUGCAAUCACACACCUACACAUACACACACAAACACCUGGACAGGUACACACAGAGGACAAAAAGAGGUUAGUAACACAUGAAUCCCUCCCGUCAUUUGUGGUUUUUAUUCUUGUCCCAUUUCCAGUGCCAUGGUCUGUGGGACGAAGACGACCCAAAAGAAAAGAGAGCGCCAUCUCGUCAGAGCGAGUCGGAGGACGAGAGAAAGGACAAGGAAGGGAGUGAGAGGGGAUCUGAACCAGCAUCCUCGCUUUUCAACGAGAGCAGAAGCUCCACUCACACUUUGAGAUCCAUGAACUUUGGGACGUCCAUCGACUCAGGACAUUCAGGACAGUCAGGACAUUCAGGACACUCGGGACAGGUCCAGGUUCAUUAUCCACAGCAGCAGACAUACCAGCGCCGGAAAAGCUCCAGUGGAGGCUCGCACAUUUCUCACAGAUCUCUCCACUCCUCUGCGAGGUCCAAAAGAGGUAAAAGUAUAAUUUUGUACGAACACAAGCAUAACUCUUCUCACAGUUGGAAUCCUGGGUACUACACAAAAACGACAAGAAAUCCUUUGUCUUUAUAUCACAAAAAACUAAAUUUCCUGUAGUCUUAGAGCUUGACCCGGGGCUGAGGUCUAUGUGUGUGAGUAUGUGGAUCUCUGUCUCACUCAGUGCUUUGUCACGGUUUAUUUGCAACCUGAAAUGCAAAUUGUUCCCACAGGAAGUACGGCGUCCCACAACAGCAGCCGCAAGGAGGGCAGCGUGAUCAGCGUCCACCAGAAGACACGUAAACAGAUGAUCAUGGAGAAGCUGAGGGAGCAGCUCCUCAAAGGAAAAGCUUUCAUCUUAAAGCGGUACAGUGACGCACUCCGGGUUCAUUAGAGUCUCUGUUUUUGUCUCGUCUCCACUCAUGGCUGCUUACAGGUCAACGGUCGUGACUGUCAUUAUGCAAGAGAGCGAUUUUAUGAGCGCAUUGAUGUAAACACAGCUCAGAGAUAUGGGAAAUCAUUUCAACGGGGCGACAGCUAAAACAUCUCAGAGGUCUAAAUUUGGAGCUUUAAUUGGUGCGUUCCCGUUGGACCAGGCUGUGUCAUUACAUAAGAACUGUGACUGUUAUUGUUCUCAAAUUAGUCAGAGAGGAUCCAGUGGUUUCUGAGAUAAUGUCUCGGACAGGAAGGUGAUAUUUUUUUAUAUCACAGAAAGUUUCAACAGAGAUUUAAUUGACCUUCAUUUUUCUACUAUCAAGGCAUCAGGAAUGCUGUGAUAUAACACAUGAUCUGGACGCUAAGUGAGGCGCACAGGAUGUUUUCAGUCCCUUGUUCAUUCAAAAAUGUGUUUCGGACAUCACAUGAUGAAAUUAACUGUGUCACAGUCAGUCUCUCUAAGAGAUCAGUGAUCCUACAGACAGGGGUGUUACUAUUGACAUAGCAAAUAUCAGAUAUUGAUAAAAGCAAAAAGUGGUACCAUAGUAACACAGAGUUCAUCGUGUUGGUCUUUAUGUGUGUCAUUAAACUAAGGUGACUAGACAUCUCCAAUUUCCAGGGACAGUCCUUGUUUUGGAUGACCUGUCCUCGGCUAAAACUGUCCCCACAAAUGUCCCGAUUUAAGCGUUCAUGACGAGAACAAAAAUGUUGCAUGUAGACUAGAACAAUGGUUAUUAUGGUAGCCGAGUAGGUAGAAAGCAAGAGAAUGCAUGUUGCGCGCAGUCCUGAACAACUGUUUUUUGGGGGGUUUAUUACGGGGGGCGUACGCUGCUACAAAGUAGUACCAAGAUGUUGUCUGUGAAUUAAGUUCUAUGGUUGUGUGUAGCUGCAGCCUGCUACUACGCAGUUGUUUGCUGCUUGGUUCUAAUUCAGCACAUGAUUGGUUCAGCGUGAGGUGUACUUAAAGCAACUUCCCUUUUCAUUGGCUAUUCGUAUAGUCUACCAAAACAUGUCAGAAUGCUGGCUGUUGAAAAGCAUAUUGACCGUGUUUCAUAUCGAUAUCGAGGGAAAUAAAUUUUUGAUAUGUAUUGUUAUCGUUUUAUCGCCCAGCCCUACAUGUAAGUUAAUAUUAUUUAUUAGUAAACUUUAUUAAGUGAUGUGUUGCAGCACUGAUCCCUACUUUGAAUGAUUGUGCUGGGUUUCUUUCAAGUUUGGUCGAAGGUGCAGACGCUUCCUGCAUUCUCAAGAUAGCAACACACAUCCUUUGCACCUGACCGUACUCUAUUUUCAGACCAAUAAAAUCCCUGGACACAGACAUGGGCACAAGUUCACUCACUGUCUGAACAACAUGGGCACUGACCGUAAAAAUGAAGAGUUUGUUGGAUGGAAAGUAACUAUAAUUCUUAUGCUGCGUGCAUCAGGCUGACGGUGGAGCUGAGUCACUAACAAACAACGUAAUAACUCAUGUAAAAAUUAAGAUUUAAAAAAAUAAACACAAAAAUAUCCCCCAAAAACAUCCUAAGAAUGCCUCUAAACAAUGCUAAAGCUGGUUUGAACCAUUAAAAAAUAGUUGUAUCAAGAUUUAACAAAACAAAAAAAGAUUAAAAUCUUAAGGAAGCAGUGCAUGUUUCUGACCUGACCUCAAAAAAAGAGGUUGCAGACUUAAAUCCUUGCGUACAUCCUGAAGGAUUUUUCCCCAAAAUUCAGAGAUUUCUUUGAGACACCUGAGAACGAAGACCAGAGAUGAUUGCAGGUGUUACAGAGUGCUUUAGUGUCAGCAUGACAGCCUUAUCUUCAGUUCUUUGCUCUUGAUGAUUUUGUGUCUUUUCAUUUCUCUGCAGAGUCAUGGAGGUCUACCUUCCCAUGCGGCAGUUCUUCUACAAUCUGAUCCAUCCAGAGUACAGUGCGGUCACAGACGUCUAUGUGCUGAUGUUCCUCGCUGACACAGUCGACUUCAUCAUCAUCGUGUUUGGAUUCUGGGCCUUUGGUGUACGUUUAUUUCGUGUUUUUUUCCCCUUAAACCAUGAAAAUUACACCCCUUAUUUGCACAUCACUUAGAGCCUGUUUAAUUGAAAACAGUGGAAAUUAAAGCUAUUGACUGUCAAAUUGUUUUAUGGGGUAAAAUUUAAUCACUAUUUUAACAGAAGUAUAAUGUUUGAUACUGAAUCAACACUGUUUAUUUAAAUAAGAAAUAAUAAGAGUCCUGGAGCAGAUCCUUGAGGUACACCAUAUUGCACUUCCCUUGUAGAAACACGUGGCUGCAGACAUCACGUCAUCCCUGUCAGAGGAUCAGGUCCCGGGGCCUUUUCUGGUCAUGGUCCUGAUCCAGUUUGGGACCAUGGUGGUGGAUCGAGCCCUCUACCUCAGAAAGUCCGUCAUGGGAAAAGUCAUCUUCCAGGUCAUCCUGCUCUUCGGCAUCCACUUCUGGAUGUUUUUUAUCCUUCCAGGAGUCACAGACAAGUAAGAUCUCGAUCUUGCUUUGGUGUCAUUAUGGUUUAGAAAAGAGGAAAGUUACCUGAUUCUUGAAUAUUUAAAUCGGUCUCACUGCUCUUUCUCUUUCACAGGCGUUUCAGUGACAACAGAGUCGCCCAGGUGUGGUAUUUCGUCAAGUGCAUCUACUUCGCUCUGUCAGCCUAUCAGAUCCGCUGUGGCUAUCCCACUCGUGUUCUGGGAAACUUCCUCACAAAGAGCUACAAUUAUAUGAACCUCUUCCUGUUUCAAGGGUGAGUUGUGUUGGGAAAGAGUUAUUUCUUCCAGCUGGGCAAACAGGUCCAAGGCUCAGGUCACACCAGGGGGCUGAUAAUUAGCUACUGCUGAAAGAUAUGGAAACCAAGUCCCUCCUGAACCAGAACUUACUUGUUACUGACUCAUCGCUAUGGUGACAGUAAUUUUCUUGAUCAUAGAAAAUUAAAUUGAAAUCAUGACUCGUGAGAUUUAUAGACCAAUUCUAUUUUUACCGAAAAAGAAAUGUAUAGAAGUUCUUCUAAACCCCAAGAACGUGCUCUCCCUGUUUCAUUUCUUUAAAGGAAAAAAGGCCAAGUGUGUCUUUAGCUUAGUGUGUCGAUAAUACAAUAAAACCUGUCAUUUAGAUUUAAUUGUAAAGUUUAUGUUAAGGUUCAUAAUACGCUUCUAUUGCAGUGUCGACCAUCAACAGCACAAUCCUCUAAAUGAACUCAUGACACAGACUCGAUUUCAUCCUCUGACUGAAGGACUGAGAUUUUGUCUGUUGUUUCCAGUUUCCGCAUGGUGCCGUUCCUGACAGAGCUGCGGGCCGUGAUGGACUGGGUUUGGACGGAUACCUCGCUCUCUCUGUCCAGCUGGAUCUGUGUGGAGGACAUCUAUGCUCACAUCUUCAUCCUGAAGUGCUGGAGAGAGUCUGAGAAGGUGUUAAUCAUAUGUGGCAUCAGGAAUCAGACUCACAGCCAAAGCCUGUCAUGCUUAAAUUCAUGCUUUUGUGAUUCACUGAGUUCGUCUUAUUUAUCUAGAUGUGAAGUUUCAGCUCAGCUCAGAGUUCUGUUACAUCUGACUUUCUGCAAAUAACUGUAUUAGAGUGAGCUAAUGUGAUUUAUGAUCGACUUUGUUGACAAAAAUCAGUGAACAACCCUUUUUGUCCCACCUAAAUAUCUGUAGUUGGUCCGAUAAGCGAAAUCCUCUAGGAAACUCUAAGCAAAUCCACCUUAAACAUCUGUGAUGUAGAGCAGCAGUGAAAAUGUCUCACUGUCAUUUCUCUGAUCUCUCCGCAGAGGUAUCCCCAGCCGCGAGGCCAGAAGAAGAAAAAGGUGGUGAAGUACGGGAUGGGAGGGAUGAUAGUAAUGCUGCUGAUCUGUAUCGUCUGGUUCCCGCUCCUCUUCAUGUCCCUCGUGAAGUCUGUAGCCGGUGUCGUCAACACUCCUCUGGAUGUGUCUUUUGAAAUCACCCUUGCUGGCUUUCAGGUAGGGAUUUAGUUUCUGAAACUGGAGAGCCUACAAGGUGUUAGUCCAAAACGUGAUCUUUUAUAAAUUAAAUCUCUGCCACUUUAAGAAACAAGAUCAUUUCAGUAAAGUAAAAAAAAAAAAAAACAGAUUUAUUUCAAAGUCAGGCCUUGUCUUUUAAAGCAUGCAUGUAAGGCCAAACAGUGAUUGCCUGAGAACACUCGAGUGCAGCGUAACCAUAGACUGUAUAUACUAUGGACAACUUGGUUCUGCCUCCCGCCUGUAUACAGAUUUGAAGCCAAAAAGCUCUCUGUAUUUCUGCGAUUCUUCUUCAUUUUCCUGAAACCAGCAUUGCGCAGUAGCGUUGUGCGCAUUCGGCGGGAGAGUCGCCGAGAGUCCCUGUGAUGACGCUCGGCUUAAACAGCGUAUCCCCCGGCUGAGCUAUGCAAUCCCUGAACGCCAAUAGGCUGUAUCAGGUGUCAAUCGUAGAAAACUUGAGCCCCCUAAUAACUUUUAAAAACGGAGCUUCACAGAAAAAAGAGGAAUUGAGCACAAACCAGUCUGACAGUAACUACAUGUCAACAUCGCAACCAGGGGGGAGAAACAUUUAUAUUCUGUGUAAUAAAUUAAAGUUUGUCUACAUUUCCCUAAGUUUUGCAGGCGGAGGUGGGAUUUAUGACCUAUACUGCAGCCCGUCAACAGAGGGUGCUGUUCUCGGAGUGGCUUCACCCAGCGAGGAGGCAGACGCUGUCCAUUUUAUAUACAGUCUAUGAACUUAACACUUGUGCAUUAAAACCAGAAAGGAAAAAGUUUUAUCCUCAAACAUUAAAAAGCUUUUCUCAACUUACUACAAAUGUAUUUUUCUUGCAGCCCAUCUUCACCAUGAGUGCUCAACAAAAACAAUUACAGGCUGUGGAUCAGGAGAAGUUUGACACAUUUAUAAAAAAAUACAAAAGUGACCCUGUAAGUACCAGAAACAGGAUUGUGACCUCCCUGAAACGAAUCCACUGACUAUUUUAGAUUACUGUUUGAUGACCUGGUGAGAGUGUGUCACUGUGAGUCCUUACAUGGUUUUAUCCUGUUACUAGGAUGCUUUGGAGUGGCUGGGGGGGUACACGCCUGAUGACCUGACCAUUGCAGAGCUGAAAGGCAGCUCCAACUCUCUGUGGACCAUCAGUCCACCCAGCAGGAAUAGCCUGAUAGAAAUGUUGAACAGUGGCGAGGAAUUCCCCAUCACAGUGUCCUGGUCUGUGCAAAGGUAACCAAGUGGUGUUAUUGCAUAUCCCUAGCCUGGCUGGGCCAUCCAGUUGAGUGAAUCACUUGCCGUUCCCUCCCACAGCAGUCUGGACUUCGGCUAAUUGGGAGCCCUAAAAGUGGGCGGGAGUACUUUCCUUGAUAGACAGACUACUGUAACCAAUCACCGUAACCAAACAUCUGACGUCAUCAAAGUGCGCAACUGUGUUCCCUGCUGGGCUCUCAAGCAUCAAGUAAAGGUUUGGUAAUAUUUCAACGUGUGCGAGCAAACAAUGUCUUUUACGUCUUCUUCUGCGGAUAUAAACGAUUUCUGCCAACUUUGCAAAGUCAACUACAGAAUUAAUGGCGUUCUGAAUGAACGGCGCUUUGAAAACUCACGCAGCAGGUGUUGGACGUCACCAUCUACACAUGGACCAAUCAGGGGGAGCCUUUCCCUGUUGUCCAGGGAACAAUGGAAAUACAGUCACUGAUUGGCCCGGUUAUUUUCUGAUUUCUAAUACACGCUCCCAAUUGGCUGAAGUCCAGACUGUUGUGGGAAGGAACGGCAAGUGAUUCACGCAACUGGAUGGCCCGGCCAGGCUAGCAUAUCCCUCCAUGAUGGUGGCCCACCACUUUUUAACGCUUCUGUCUGUGGCUCUAGGUGGUGGUGAUCUAUGUGCUGCUAAUGAUUAAACUAGGUAAAUUAAAGUAGGUAAACAAUCCCGUCAGUCAUUUUCUGUGUGCUGUUUCUCUUGUGAUUUCAGAAACCUCACCCUUGGUGCAAAGGCUGAAACAGCUUCUGGAAAAAGAGUGACCCCGCUCGACCCAGCAGCAAAGUCGGCCAUUGUUCGUCUCCUUAAUGGGAAUCAGACUGAUGCUUCUGUGUGAGUGCAUCUGCUGCUGACUCUACUAUCAAAGUUUAUUUUUGGGGCUUUUGAAUAGACACUUUGAAGGAGACAGGAAAUGUGGAACGAGAAGGAGGGGGAGUGAUACGCCACAAAUCUUCCCAGGACAGGAUCUGUACGACGAGUGUAACAAGGGCUUCAGCCUUGAGACGCCUCCUCUGAGCUGAACUGAACUUAAUACCCCUGCCCUGUGCUCUUAAGCUGAACACUCAUAUCAGUCUGUGAAGGACUUCAUUAAGGUUUUUUUGUGACCUAAGUAACUCUACUUGUUGAAAAAAAUACUGCCUCUGUGGCAUUAUCUUUUGGUUCAUGGAUUAUUGACGCCUCAAAUUUGUCACUUUGGUCAUCCUCCUUUUUUUUAGUGCUGGUUUAGGCCAAUACAAAAAAGAGCAGUCGCAGCAAACUCCUCUGAGCGUGUUUGAGUCUAAUCAAAAGUGAACUUUUUCUGUGUAUUAACCACAGGUCGUGAAUUUUUAUCUAAAUGAGACCAUUAAUUCAAUGAAACAUAAGAAAUCCACAAAGAAAGAGUGUACUGAGGUGAAUGAAAGCAUUAGGUGGCAUUUUUUCUUUUAUUACACACUUAAAUUUAACCAGACUUCUUCUUGCAGUCAGUGAGGUCGCCCCCCGCUGGCCAUUUGGAAGAAAGCUGAUCUGAUGCUGUGAAGUGUUGGCAUAUAACACUCCAGUCUUCUUUCCAAAGUUCAGAGAUCAUAGAGAUCAGGGCCCCGAACACACCACCAGACUUCAGGCCAACUUCUCUCUUACCAUUACACAGGACAACAAACAAAAGAACAUCCCAAAUUCUGACUUUUCAACCAUUUCAUCUCUGCUUUGACAGCAAAUAUCAAACCAUGUAGCAAUAACAUCCUCUCCUCUUCUGCAGGGUCCUUGAAGAUAUCUUCCCACGUUUCCUUCGAGCCCCGAGUGACUCAGAUGCAAAGCCCGUAGAGGUUCUCAUUCCAGGUGAAUAUUACAUACUGACAUACUGAUACCUGAGUUUUUGAUUCAAAGCAUAUUUUGUUUUCUCAUAUGGAUCAGGACUCUGAGAUUGUUUUAAUUUUCCUCUGUUUUAUUCUGAGUCAAUAAUAUGAUUCUAUUCUUUAUGUUUGCAGGUAAUGAGAAAACAAAGAUGAUGAACAUCACCCUGACCCUGACACGAAUGACAAGCGCCUCAGGUCAGGUCCAGGAAUGGUGGAAGGUCAACCAGACCGAGGAGGGCCCGAUAGACAUAAGGAAUGAGAAAAACAAGUUUGCAGAGGGUCUGGAGCUCUACGUAUUCAGUGACCAAGUCAGCCCUCCGAGUUUGGGCUUUCUGGCUGGAUACGGGUAUGUGUGACUCAACUCUGCAUAUAAUCGCUUUCUCGACAUGCAGGAUACAUGUCUGUGAUUGUUUCCAAACAGCAGCCAGUGAGCAUGCUGGGAGUUUACAGUAAUGACUGUUAUUAUCAUGGCGGUUUUAACUCACACUGGCUGCAAGAAAAACAUUUCAGAUAGUGGCUCUCACCAAGGGAUUAAAGAAGAUUAACAUAAACGUGUGAAAAUGGUUUUUAAAGCUCUCCUUACAGACGGUUUUACAACGCCUGCUGAUUUGUGAUCGGUCAGUUGUACUGCUUUGUAGAAAUCAGACCUCUUCUCAUACUUAAAUCCAGACCCAGACCCCAGACUUUGUAAGGCAGUGGUUCGAAAAUUAAAUAAAUCUUUUGCCAAGGAAACAGAAUAUAUUUCAAAUUUUCAUUGUCUCUAACUUCUUGUCUCUCUUUCUCGUCCAGGAUCAUGGGCCUGUACGCCUCUGUGGUUCUGGUCAUCGGUAAGUUCGUGCGCGAGUUCUUCAGUGGGAUCUCCCGCACCAUCAUGUUCGAGGAGCUGCCCAACGUGGACCGCAUCCUCAAGCUGUGCACAGACAUCUUCUUGGUCCGAGAGACGGGGGAGCUGGACCUAGAGGAGGACAUGUACGCCAAACUCAUCUUCCUUUACCGCUCGCCAGAGACUAUGAUCAAGUGGACCCGGGAGAAAACUCAGUGAAACCCAAAUGAGGGGGAAUAAACAAAUGAAAACAAGACAUGAGCUUUCACACUCGGGAGAUCUCCUGGUUUGAGCAGAAACUCGUUCACCUGCUGAGGGAGCAAAAAGCAGCUAAGGACCAACUGUGUCCUCUUUAACUGAGCUCUGAUGGCAGUGGGACAUAUUCAGCUCCACAUGAAUACACUUUUUUGAGUUUUAAACUGGUAUUUUCUACUUUGGACUGAUAAAAAAACAACCACAAAUGCAAACAUAUUAACAGUUGAAAACAAACUUGCUGGUGCCGCAUUUAUCAAGCAGAACUUGGCUUAGUUUUGCAUCCAGUGGACUAAACGAACAGUUGGUGUUCAGUAGCAGACUGACAAACCUUUUUGGACAGUUUUCCUAAAACAUUACAGAUCCUAACCCUCAUAUAGAGAGAGAUUUUUACACACAAAUCUCUUUUCAAUUAUUUUCACAACUGCACGAGAAGGCGGGCGAAGAGAAGCUCAAACUGGCUGCAACAUUAAUCUUUAAGGGCUUCCCAUCUACGAAUAAGUGCGCAGUAAUGACCACGUGAGCACAAUGUCAUGAUUCUCCUCAACUGGAACGCUAAGACUGUGGGACUGUGCAAUGACAAGCUUUCACUCCUCUGAAGUUUUAACAAGGGAUGUGGACUGAAAGAGAGGGCCUCUGACCACGAAACGUAAAACACCUUUUUUUUUUUUAAAGCAACACAAUAACAUCCUUAGAUGAUCUUUACUUGCCUUAUUUGUUUGUAUGAGAUGAACUCAAACUCUUAUCAAGUACAUAUCUUUCUCAGGAAGAGCUGUUUUCACAGAUAUUCAUUGUAUGAGUUAUAUGUUAGGCUUUGAUGGAUUUAAAUGAUUGUUGAAAAGAUGAAAACUAUUUAAAUGGCAUGAAAUUUAAUGUGGCUACUGUCCAGAAGGACUGAUACUGAGUAUGUUUACUGCACAGGCUGUUUAAAGAAAGGAAAACUAACGCUGUGGACUGUUUUCCUGACAGAGAUCGAGAUAAAUUUGCCAAUCGCCCGUGUUCUGAAUCAUCGACAGGUUGGCUGAGUCCAGACCAGCGGAGGGCUGUUUCUAAAUCAGGGUAACGUGCACAAGGUGGAAGACUCUUGCACAUCACUUGUGAACCUCUUGCUGUUUUUAACAUUUAUUAACACUGUGGCACCGACAGCCGUGCUUUCAGUCAUAAAGGGAGAAACAAGCAGCAGACACACAAAUCGAUUCUUUAAAUGAAGGGCUGAACCAUGAAGCUCUUCUGUCCAAACUAUGCAUUAGAGGACAUUGUAGCAUGAUAGAAAAACUUCAUUAUUGUCAUGAUUUUCAGUACAUGUACAUAAAAAAAAGAUUACCGGGACAGGUCAGGGUGGAAUGAAAUGUGAAAAUGAACUUGUAUUGUUAAGGCAAUGUGGUAUGAUAAAGGUCCAGACAUCUGCAAAUAAAUUCAGAAAGGUGUGGAGUUUUGCUGUCAGCUGCUUUCUCAGGAGCAUCUUCUUUUCAACUGGAUCUUGAUGGAAGACAGGUGAGUGAGCCCACGACCCUGAAGAUAGACUCCAUCACCCACUAAACUUCCUGCAUCAACUCUGUGUUUCCUGUUUCACUUUAAGGCUUUUUAUAGGUUUACCAUAAUGAAAAAAUAUUUUACAUGCAUUUUAAUUUCCCAGUUUGACCCAUCUAUUAACAUGGAGGAGGCAAUCUUUUGGAUCUUUACUGCAGCCAGCCACAAGGGGGAGCUCUGGUUUGCCUUCACUGCUAUUGCACAUUGACUGUCACCGGUUUAGAAACGAAUGCUUUCAUUUUGCAGUGAAGCGUUUCUGUCAAGAGUUUUAUAAAAUGAAUAUGGGUUGAUUUUUACGGUGGCUGAGAACCGCCACUGCUGCAAGUAAAUAAGAAUAAUUUCAAAAAAGCCACAACGUAAGUUAACUGCACAAAAAAAAAAGUGACCUUGGAAAAUAAAAAGCUACUUACCGCGAAAAUAAAAGGAUGCAAAUAAAAAAAAAGCCACAACGUAAGUGAGCUGCCAGGGACCAAUAAUGAUGAUGCACUGUUGUUUUACGAUCUAGACACAGAGGACGAUGGGGAGAAGAUGAGCAAAGAAGUUAGUGGAAAUGUUAUUGUUUAAUUUCGCUUUGUAAACUUUUCAGUGUGUCAUUUGGUUAGACCAUGUGGCGCCUGAGUGGAUAUGAAGUUGAACUGAAGCUAACACUGCACCAGCAUCCUCUACUUCAGACCUGGGCAUUUUACGGCCCGAGGGCCACAUCUGGCUCUUUGGAUGUCCCUGCCCAGCCCUUUGUGAGGUCUGUCAAACAAAUUAUCAGCAUGCUAUACAAGUGUGUUGCUUGUGUUAUUUCCGUUUGGACGCACAUGCGUAGGCCAACAUCCUAGAUCCGCAUUCAUGAACAGAGACAAGUUUAAACAUCGGCAUAAUAUAGAUGCCUCUUAGUUGCCAAGUCUGCUUAUUAUAAAAUUACCGUUGGUUCAGCCCUACAACACAGUUCAGGUUUCUCAUGUGGCCCCAUAUGAAAAUUAAUUGCCCAUACCUGCUGUAGUUCAACUUGAUAUCGACUCAGGCACUACAUGGCCUGCAGAGACAUGGGCCUACACCAGUGCAUCAUCAUUAUUGGUCCCCGGCAACUGACUUCUGUUAUUGCCUUUUUUAUGUGCAUCCUUUUAUUUUUGCAGUAAGUAACUUUUUUUUCCCACACUUUUUUAUUGCAUCAUUACCCUCCAUUGUGGCUUUUUUUUUUUUUUUUAAUCUGCACAGUUUUUUAUUUUAUUUUAAAAUUGCAGCGGGCUUCGGUCUCUUUUUUCCGCAUCGGUAGCUAACAUUGAGGCCUCUUUUUUUGCAUUCUUUUUUAUUUGCAGCAGUGGUGGUUCUCGGCCACCGUAGAAUGUUUUAAAUAAAUAAGUUACUUGUAUCUUGAUACAAAGGACGUUCACUUAGUGAAAAAACCCACCCAUCUCCAUUACUUUAUUGAUAACCUAUAUCUGACCUAUCAUAUGGCUGUUGCCUGUCAUGUUCACCACUACCAUGGACUCAAGUAUGAAGAUAAAUGGCCAGUGGGAGCCUCCUCAUCGCCGGGGUUGGUUAAGUAUCUCCCUUAACAGUUUGUGGAGGUUUGGAGUCCAAAAACCGCAUCCGACCAUGCUAGCUUGUUACCUUAUCUAGUUCACCUCCAACAACUGUACUGCUUUAUAAAUCUACGAUUUUGCCAGUUUGAUGUGUUUUUUAUAACUGAGUCAACGCAGUACAUCAUAUUCGGUAAAAUCACCCUACAUCUGAAG